AUCUGACUGGCCCUGAGUAAGCAUGGUUAAGUUUCUGCUUCAUGGCUCUCCUUGGACACACACACACACACACACGGUUUUUUAAAGCAAGCCUCUGCAUCUAUGUAGUCAUUUCAAGCCCAGUGCAUCUGUCUGCCAUGCAGUCUCCAGCUGACCCUGACGUAAUAUGUGAGGCAUGUUACUCAUUUCAGUUCAUGUGAAGGAGAGUGGAUAUUAUUUAGGAAAGUCUCGCCCUCCAAGAGUAAUUUUUCCACUACAGCUGUACACAUGGACGGUGCACCCAAACCCACACUACCUGUGCCUUUGACCUUACUUCUGGCUGCUUCUGUAUUGUAUUCAUCUUUGUCUUUUGGAUGAAUGCAGUGGUGGAGAUUUUCAAGACGUCUCUAAACUAAAGGUGUCUCUGGCAGUUGGUGCAUUGUGUUUCAUAUUGUCCGAUUCCAUCUGGGAUGACUUAAAACACCUUAGCAAAUACUUGAAGUUCUGAAAAAUGGUGCCAGUGGUGAGCCUGUUCUUUCACUAUUUUAUCUAAGUGUGGUGUUCACGUUUGUUUUCCAGUUGUUGCUUGUGAAUGGCUUCAAGAUGUUUUGCAUAGUCCAGGGGAAAUAGUUAUAGCAGAUGGCUUUAAAUUAUGACAGCCUCUGAGUUUGCCGCAAUUGUUUCAUCAAACUAACUACAGUCAUACCUCGGGAUGAAUACGCUUCGGGUUAGGCAAAUUCGGGUUGCGCUCCACGGCGACCCAGAAGUAACGGAGCACAUUACUUCUGGGUUUUGCCUUGCGCAUGCGCAGACCGUCAAAAUGACGUCACGCGCAUGCACAGAAGCGCUGAAACGUGACCUGCGUGUGUGCAGACUUGUGGACACGGGUUACGUUCACUUCAGGAUGCAAACGGGGCUCCGGAAUGGAUCCCGGUCGCAUCCCAAGCUACCACUGUAUUAAAUAUUGUCCAUGGAAUGGGAGGGGGCAGCGUUAAUUAAUACUGUCAAUCCAGUCUCACGCAUUGUUUCUUUUACAUAAAGGUAAAGUUAUCCCUGACCGUUAGGUUCAGUCGCGGAUGACUCUGGGGUUGUGUGCUCAUCUCGCUCUGUAGGCCGAGGGAGCCGGCGUUUGUCCACAGACAACUUCUGGGUCAUGUGGCCAGCAUGACUAAGCUGCUUCUGGCGAACCAGAGCAGCACACGGAAACACCGUUUACCUUCCUGCUAGAGUGGUACCUAUUUAUUUACUUGCACUUUGAUGUGCUUUUGAACGGCUAGGUGGGCAGGAGCUGGGACCGAACAACGGGAGCUUGCUCCGUUGCAGGGAUUCAAACUGCCAACCUUCUGAUCAGCAAGCCCUAGACUCUGUGGUUUAGUUAAAUAUAGUGAUUCGGCAAAAGGGAGUGUAGAUGAUACCAUUGCAUGUAUGUGAGGGUUGCCUUACCUCCCUCCACCCAACCAACCACCCAUAUGUAAAAUACAACAUCAGUUCUCUGUGGAACUAUGUAUGUAUGUACGUACGUAUACACACAUAUGCAUACGCGCAAGCAGUGAUUAGAGCAUGGAAGAGUCUGUUUUCUCCAGCGAGAAAACUUUAUAAAACUAUUCCUUUGAUUGCAUUUUAAAAGUCAUUUUGUGAUCCACUGCAGCAAGAAAUUAAACUUUAUCCACAUCAGUAAUUCUUUUACAGUUAUUUCACAAGGCCAGAAUCCUUAGCACAUGUAUUUAGAAGCAAAACAAGAAAAAUCGCUUCCUAUUAGGUGUGGCUAAGACCAGAGGAAAGCUAUGCAUAACAUCCCCGAUAUAGUGGUACCUUGGUUUACAACCAUAAUCUGUUCCAGAGGUCCGUUUGUAAACCAAAACAGGUUGUAACCCAAGGCAUGCUUCACCAAUGGGCCUCCCAAAAAAAAUUGUUCAUAAUCCCCGCAAAAAUGGGUUGUAAUUUGAAAAAAGGUUGCAAACCGGGACACGUACCUUUGGGUUUGAUGUGUUUGUAAUCCAAAAUGUAUGCAAACCAAGAUGUAUGCAAACCAAGGUACCACUGUAUACCACUGUACCUCCUAUUUUGUAACUUCAGAGCACUCUUACAGGUAGAGGGGCCAGAUGCUAAAGACGACAAAGCCCCUGCACCUUUAUUUAGUGCUGUGCCCCCACCCCACAAAAUCCUCUUUUCUGGAAAAAAAAACAUUUUCAACCAUUCUCUGUCUUGAAAAAAAGAAGUUGGUUCAAAAAUUAUCAGAGGGCAGAGAAACGUUUGGUGAAAUUCCUCUGGGUGGGGUACAGGAUUGUUGAUGUGGCAAGGGGCACCUUGUGCUUGCCCUUUCAUUCUGCAAAUCAUGCACUCUGAAACCUUCCUGCAUGCUAGUACUUUGAAUAAUGUCCAGAGGAAAAUAUCACAAGGUAACGCCUUCCCAGAAAGGUUCUUUCAGAUCAGAAAGUGGGAGCAGCUGGUAAGACUGCAAAUUGCUGUGAAAUGUUUACUGGAAAGAAAACAAAACAUACAUACCACCUCACAGUGAUGAUAAAGUUAACUCAAAGCCCCACACUAGGAAUGGGGGAAAAAAUUGAUUCCAUUCCCAUUUAGAUGUGAGUUCACCUAAUUUGCACUUUCGGAAACAAGGUGUAAACUGAAACACAGCUGUCCUUCAAAAUUCACACCUCUCUGAAUUUUGCAGUGCCAUUCUCCAACUAAGUAACAUGUACAAUAAUGCAUAUAAUCAGGUGAAGAGUCCACAAAAAUGCAUCUAUUAGUGAAAGUAACAUGCAAAAAUGCAUUGUUUUGGGGAAAUUGUUUUGUAAAAUAUGCAUAUAUUAAGCAACACCGCAUAUAAGCUUAUACAUUAUACAAAUUCACACUAAAAUGCUGGCAAAUUUCCAUGACUUUUUUUUUUAAUGCAUCUUGCCAUGGAAAUGUGGAGAACUGGAUUUAAGACUGGAAAAACAAGAAACAGUGAAGGAAAAUUGACAAUUCCCUCAUUCCGCCCCACAUCCACCAAUGUUCUAAAGAUGUUUUCAAAUGUCCUGACAGUGAGGCAGAAAAACAGAAGUCUUUUCCACAGAAAAAUAAACGUUUCACAAAACUGAAGGACCAGUUUCAGCACAGUGCCACCUUAAAUAGUUCUGGAGAACAUAUAAUUCUAGCAGGUAUAGCUUGGAGGACAAAUGCCUUAUUAAUUUAUCCCUAUCAUUUUUAUCUUUUUCAUAUUUAAUUUACAACUGAAAAUGACGCUGAAAUCUUUUGAAAUACAUCUUUAAAUACUGUGUUUCACAAACAAGAUAAUGUACUUGGAUUUAAAGAGCUCUAGUUCCAAUAAAACCCAUGGAAUUAAAUUAAGUUAAAAGCAAUUAUUGUGUACUGUACGUUUCCGCAGGUCCCCCCCCCCUUGUAUCCAAGUACACAUAAAUGGAAAGGAGUGAAAUUGUACUGGUUCAGUUGAAGUAAUCUGUGGAUUAGAUAGACUUUCCCUUUGUUGAUUUGCUGCUUCACUCAAGCUAUAUGAAAGCAUGCUAAGUAAUUCUACAGGGUAUUUGACUCCAUAGAGCAUAUGGUGACACCCCACUGCUAUUAUAAUGGAAAUAUUAAUCAAAUUCUCCACCAUUUUUUUUCUCAUAUAGCUUGAUUAUAAAUCUCCUUUUAAAUUGCAUUCCAUUAUUCUCAGUUCCUUUCUUUAUCUUCCUUCUUUAUAAUCUUGGGAAGGAAGCAAACCUCUUUAUUGAUUUUAUCAUCGUCCUCAGUUCAUGAUCACUUACUCAGGGUAUGCAUAUUUUAGCCUUCCCUCAUCAGUCAUAACAUUCAACAUGCUAGACAUCUUAUCUUUCUUUCAUUUCUUUCCUUAUCGUUAGUUUCUUGUAAUUAGAUGCUUGGUACCUAAUAAUAAUAAUAAUAAUAAUAAUAAUAAUAAUACUGUAUAGGGUUCUGUAUAGGGUUGCCAUACAUCUGCAAUUUCCCCUCACCGGCCCUCAUUAACAGCAUCUGGGCAGAAAUCGCUGACAUGUCCGGGAAAAUCUGGAUGAAUGGCAGACCAUACAAAACCAAAAAAGUUCAACAACUUUGGCCAAAAAGGAAGGAAGAAGAGACAAGCUCAACAACUUUUGUGUCUGGAUUUUCACUUUUUGAAAUAUGGCAACCCUAAUACUGUAUGAGGAAGCAGUUCAUGUUUGCCAAGUCUGUGACAUGUACAUAGUGAUAUUUGUGUAGUAUUUGAUCUGUCCCGAGGCUAGAUAGAGCCAAGUAAACUGAAUUUUGUUCACAGUCUUGAGAAAUGGAUACUGAGGACUACUUCAAGAGUUAGGCAUUGUCUAUGUGAGAAGUGUAUUUGUGCAAGAAAACAAAAGUUAAAUCCACAUAUUGAUUAUAUUGUGUGAUGAUUGCUACCACAUCUAUUUCAUGUCAGCCAAGACCAAUUAAAGCGUGGAAUUGGUUGUGACUAUCUACACAUAUCUAACGUGUGAUUUUUCUAUGUCAAAGUCUAGAAGUUAAAUAAAAGAGUGAUUGUCAUGGACUGGCUGGAUGCAGAGGGGUGGUGGGAGGCAGCAGCUGGGGACCCCCCAAGGGAAGAAGGCUCAGAGCCAGGGGAUUAAUGGUGGGUGGUCGGGGGAGAUUAGGGAGCAGACUGAGAGGAGGAGGUGUCAGAAGCUGAAGAGGUAACAGGAUUUAGUGAGCAGGAAGAGUCUGGCAGAGAGAAGUCCAGAAUCAGAGGCAGAAGCAGGAGCUGGAGGAAAGGGGAGCCAAGAGGCAGAGAAGAGGCAGGCUACCCCUACCCCUGGUUUCACAAAACCACAAAAGGUAUGAAGAGGGCAGAGCAAAGCCAGACAAGGCAUCACAGUCUCAGAUUCCUUGGAUCAGGGGUCAGCAAACUUUUUCAGCAGGGGGCCAGUCCACUGUCCCUCAGACCUUGUGCGGCGGUGGACUAUAUUUUGGGGGGAAAAUAUGAACGAAUUUCUAUGCCCCACAAAUAACCCAGAGAUGCAUUUUAAAUAAAAGCACACAUUCUGCUCAUGUAAAAACACCAGGCAGGCCCCACAAAUAACCCAGAGAUGCAUUUUAAAUAAAAGGACACAUACUACACAUUUCACACAAGGUAGUGAAAACACACUGUUUCCUGGACCAUCCGCAGGCCGGAUUUAGAAGGCAGUUGGGCUGGAUCCAGGCCCCCAGGCCUUAGUUUGCCUACUCAUGGCUUGGAUGAAGGAGACUUAGAGAGUGGUGCCUCAUUGGGGCAAGAUCUACUGGGAAGAGUUACUUUGCUCACUAGGCUUGAGUUCAGUGAUACCUUGUGAGUUAUUUCUGACCUGCUCCCAACACUUGCCCCUACAGUGAUGUUUGAAGUAGCCCUUAAUCUGUAGAUACCUAUUUAUAGGUUUACCUGCAUAUUUAUGCUGACACUUUCACAACCUCAGUUUGUAACACUGGCCGAUAUCCCUGAGCAAGUAUACAGUGCUCCACAUUUGUUUUGUGACAGUGUUUGAUGCAGUCUAAUAGCAUUUCAUGAAGCUCAUAUUCAAAAACCAUGUGCCGAUAUUAAUAAAGAAAUAAAAAUCCAUAAAUGGUAAACUUGUCCCGACUCUACCACACAGUGGUGACAAAAAUAAAAAUCAGUCUAAACUGUGGCUCCAGUCUGCAUUGAAAUGUUUGUGCAUAAACCCCCACUUUAGAUUGGACAGAACUUGCCACUGUGUAACUGGGCUAGGAUUACAACCCUUUUGUCAGUGUUCCUCAAAUUUCUAUUCAUAUCAUUCUCAGAAAUGGAUAUUAAAAAGCUAUUCAUGGUCAAAAUGAAUGCACCACUGAAAUAUUUUUGCCUAUCAGUAUUCCAUUACUGGGAGAUACUUCAAUUAUUAAUCAGUGGCAAAUUAUGACUUUGAACUUGGACUAAAUAAGCUCCCCUUUUAAUUUAAAGUGUUUAGUGGCACUCCCAUGAUAUUUCCCAUAGAGUCUGUGUUGCUGCAUUGUUGUCUACAUGAGGAGUCAAAUCAUAAAGGUGUCAUUAAAUAUUGCUUUGUGCUAUUGACUCUUUAAUAAGUCACACAAUAAAGAAUGCCCACUUCAACAAUGAAAUGAGGGGGUGUUACAGCAGCUAAAAGCUUUUAAAAUUAAAAUCUACUGCAGUGGUAUUACAUAAAUUUAAAGUGCCCAUAAUCUAGGUUUUAAAAUGUUCAUAAAUAAAGGCUGUUAACAUUUAUGUUGUUGGCUAUCUUCCUAGUAAACGAAAGGCAUAUUGAUCCACUGGGUAUUGUCAGUCCCAUUAGCUUCGUGAUACGAUGUUAUCAAUAUUUCACGUGGAAUAUUUAUUUGUCACAAUUCAUCAACAAACAACUGUUGGCUAAGCGUAUUUUAAUGGGCUAGUUGCAGAAUGAAAACCAAGGUAGCUGUAAUUACUACAACAAGCACAUUUCCCUUCAGCUUCUGCUAACCUGGUGCCUCCAGAUGUUUCACCCUACAGCAGCCAUCAGCACUACCCCAAAACCUCUGGAGGGCACCAGGCCAGGGCUGUUUUACUUUCAGGGUACCGUUUCCUUUAAAAAAAAGGAGCAGUCAAAUUUCACCUUGCAGGAAAGUUUCUUCACUUUCAUCCUCAGUGGAUGUGAGUCAGGCUGGAGCUGCUACUGGAAAUAAGAGGUCUGCAUCUCCUCCUGCUGCUCCUCCUCCUGCUCCUCCUCCUCACUUUCCCAAAUAAUGCAUAAUAAAAUAAUCUGCAUCGUAUGAUGUCAUUGGGAUGCGGGUGGCGCUGUGGGUUAAACCACUGAGCCUAGGACUUGCCGUUCAGAAGGUCGGCGGUUCAAAUCCCCGCGACAGGGUGCGCUCCUGUUGCUCGGUCCCUGCUCCUGCCAACCUAGCAGUUCGAAAGCAUGUCAAAGUGCAAGUAGAUAAAUAGGUACCGCUCUGGCGGGAAGGUAAACGGCGUUUCUGUGUGCUGCUCUGGUUCGCCAGAUGCAGCUUAGUCAUGCUGGCCACAUGACCUGGAAGCUGUACACCGGCUCCCUCGCCCAAUAAAGCGAGAUGAGUCGGCCACGACUGGACCUAAUGGUCAGGGGUCCCUUUACCUUUACCUAUGAUGUCAUUACGUUCCCAAAUUAAUGGACUGCCACUUGUGGGCUGAGGAAACCAUGAAGACCAUGACAUUGUGUCACAUCACAUUGCCUGUUGUAACAACACAUUAUCAGGGAUAAAUGAGGGUGAAACACAAAGUUGUUUUUAGUAACAUUCACGCAUCCCUGGUAAUGCGUAGUUACUGCCUCAUUGAAGUAAGGAUUCCCAUAUUAUAUAGCAUUCAAAAGAAGAAGAAGAGUUUGGAUAUGAUAUCCCGCUUUAUCACUACCCAAAGGAAUCUCAAAGCGGCUAACAUCCUCCUUUCCCUUCCUCCCCCACAACAAACACUCUGUGAGGUGAGUGGGGCUGAGAGACUUCAGAGAAGUGUGACUAGCCCAUGAUCACCCAGCAGCUGCAUGUGGAGGAGCAGGGAAGCGAACACGGUUCACCAGAUUACGAGUCUAUCGCUCUUAACCACUACACCACACUGUGUAUAAUGUGUUGUGUGCCCAAAUCAGCAGCCUUUUAACUGUGUUUAUGUUAAUGUUGGUCUCUCCCCCUGCCAUAUCUUUGGGGUUGUUUUUUUCAGGGGAGGGGUAUGCUAUAGGCCUGUCAGAAACACUAACAUUUAUAAAUAUACCGCCUCCCUUGCCUCACUGAAUAUUCAUGUUGUUUUCAUGCUAUUUGGUGGCCUUUUGGUCCCCUGGCUGGUGCUUCUUCUCAGAAUAAUAUUUUCUUUUUUCUUUUCUUUUUUAAAUUUUAUUUGCAUUCUUACAAUUUCAAGAACCACAUUCACAUUGAAAUCAUUCGUACAUAUCUUACUUUAUAAUGAUGUAAUCAUUUACGACUUCCAUUCUUCCCCUUCGCUGGUUCCUUUGAUUUCCCCACCAUUCCUGCAUAUAUAUGCAUUUAGUUCUCUAUCCCCUUUAUUAUUCCUUUAUUUUAUAUUAUACUGUUGAAUUUACCUUAAUCCUGCUAACGUUUUCACGUGUUUACAAUUAUUUUCCAGAUAACUCCACAAAGUUUUUCCAUUCCUCUUUAUAUAUUUGAUCCUCUUGUUCUCUUAUUUUACUUGUUAAACCUGCUAACUCUGCAUAUUCUAUCACUUUUUAAUUUCCAAUCCUCCUUGUUAGGGACCUCACUCACCCAGAAUAAUAGUUUCUCCUCCUUCGCCUUUGCUGACUGUAGCUUUCACUGCUUGGUUGUGGCAAUUCAUGUGGUUUUGUUUACAAGUGUUCGCUAUGUCAUUGCAUCAGAUAUAUCAUUAUGGCAAUGUGGCAAACAUACGCACAGCCAUUCAGAAUGGCAGUGAGUGCAAGUGAGACUGAGGUUUAGUGAGGGCAGAAAAAUGACGAGGAAAGCAGCACUGGAGAUUAAGCCACAUCCAGCAAGUCAAAAAGAAGCUCUCAUUCAUUAAUGCAAAUAUAGUUGCAUCAGCUAAAAACAGAAAACUGUUCAACACAAAAACAAACAAGCAACUAAGUCAUUUCAGCUCUCCCUGAAGCGCCAUAAUGCAUCUCCCUGAGUAUGUUUCUCAGUAUAAUGUAGUUGUAAAAGACUCCCAGACCUUUCAGUCAUGAGUACUUUAGGAAACAAAAACAAAGGGGUCGUUUGGGUUUCUUGUCUGGUUAUAUUGCCCAUUAAUCUUCAUCCUACUUAGCACCUGAUCUCUCCAGUAAAUUUAUAGACAGCAAGACUCUAAUGAGCUCUUCACAAGUUUACAACUAUGCUUAAUGCUUCUUGAGCAUGUGCCCCGUGCAGUAAUGGAGUAAACUUAGGUGCGCUGUUGCAGGAUUCAUGAAAACUCUUUUCCCUAUUCCGUAUCUACAUACUAUAUUCUUAUUUAACCGAUCUGUUUCUAUGCUACCUUUCAUGUAAACAUCACAAGGUACAUUAAAAUAGCAUUAAGUCUUACUUGCAGAAUAAAAUAGCAAGCCAACAGUAGUCCAAAACAAGCAUGUUACUGUCAACUAGCAUGACAAUGUCGCAAAGGACAAAGAGAAAGCAUUUCAACAGAUGUUAGUAUGCCAUCGUUGUCAGCACCAGCCUUAAUUUAGAAGGGAGGUUAUUUCAAGGAAAAGAUGCCACAGCCCCAAAGGCCCUCCCUCUGGUUGCUGCCAAGCAGAUCCCACCUACCAGGGCCACUAGAGCAAGUUCAUCCACACACACUCCCCACCAGAAAAUCAAAAAUAUUCUUGCACAAACAUGAGUUGCCAAAUGCCAUUGCCUUGACUUGCUGCUGCUGCUGCUGCUGCUGCUUAUAUAGUUAUGGCUUUACCAACAACUCUUUAGAACAAUGCAAUGAAAUGACACCAUCUUUUGCAGAGCUGCGAUUUCAAUGGAUUGUUCUAGAAGUUGUUAAGUGGUUUUUUUAAUAAAACAAACAAACAAAACAAAACAUGAAGGGGAAUUUCCAGCAGCUUGCACCUGUGUGAAGAAACAAAACAUAAAGAAAUCUUACAGUGUCUGGCUUUUAGCUUAUAUUUGGUCUGGUGAUGUCAUCAAGUAGGCUGUCCUCUUUCUGGAAUCAAGUUGCAAACCUUCUCCUCAACUGUAAUUAGAGCUAAGCAGCGGUGUCAGGGAGCAGGAUUUGUUCAGGCUUAUCGCUUGCCUGCUGUCUCUUAGCACCAAACAUCACAAAAGCACCGUGGUGAAAUGAAGGAAUUAUUUAUGUCUAGAUAUGUACUUUCACAUCUAGUGCCUAAAUGCUGUCAUGGGCUAUAAUCUUAUAACCAAGGUAAGCAUUAACGGGUCUCUAUAGCACACAGAUUAUAGCACUUUUUUGCCAUUUUAGAACAUUGCAAUGAUGUGUCAAAGGAAAUAAUUUGGGCGAUGGGGAGGGAAACACCCAGGGACUGGGAUACAGCUGUAGUUUUCUGAAUACCAGUCAGCAAACAGAUACAGGUAGGUAAAUAAUACCUGAUGCAAUAGCAUGGGAGUCGACUGUGCUUCAGAAGUGGCAAUAGCUGUAGGAGAGGAAGGCAGAAUCUGAUCAGUCUAACUGAAGCAUUUCUUGAUUCUUGUCUCCAAAGUUCUUUGAUUCAGUUGAAAGGAAAGCUAUUAAACUAUAUUAACACAAUAUAAUUUAGUUCUGCUCGGGUUGCUGUCGUCUGCCACUCUACCACCACCUAGCAGCUUGUUAAAAAUAUGUAGUGCCUUCCUUUGUUUGUAGAGCCUCUUCUGAAUUUGAGAAGCACUUGAGAAUCCUGGAUUGGCUCUCAGCAUGGGGGCUCUUGGUUUCGUGUGGGAAAUUUGGAGGCUGGUAAGAUAAGGUGAGGCAAGUAUAUGCACUUUUUUGUCAUGCUGGGUUGUAGGGAGAGGAGAGGUUAUUGAUGGUGCCUUGAUUAUUCAUUUGCCAGAGUAACGAUUAAGCAUGCUUUCAUCCAUAUGGUGUCAUAUGCUUAAUCUGUUUCAAAAAGUACAUACCUGAAGCCAGACAGAGAGUCUUGUCUGUCUACUGAAGAAGUCCAUUAAGUACUGGAAAUUUUACUUUCAUUUUUCGCAUAUCAGUUUUAAACGCAUGUUGAUUAAGGCAAGGUGGAUGGAGUUAACCUUUAGAUUGCCAACAUUUUACAGUGCCUGCUCAUUUGCCCUUCAGCAACAGGCAGACACAAUGGAAUCUGCGCUGGCAAAACUUCUCACCUCCAUUUUUUGCAGGCAUGCAAAAUAUGGUGAGCUUUUCUUACCAGUUUUCUGUGUGUCACACUGAUGUUAAAGGCACACACCUUAACCCUUAAUUUGAAAAAAACAAACCCAAAAAAUAGAAAAGGAGAAGGGACCAUCUGUAAGCAAGUGUCAAGCUGGAGUUGGCAACCCAGAAUGCUGUGGAGAAUGGAAGCGCACCAGGUCCUGCCGAUAAGCCUACAUCUACCGCAUAUGUUAAUAUUGUUCUCACCAUUUUGGAGGGGAUGAAUUUGCUGCACCCCUCCUCCCCUGGAAGAAGAAGAGAGGUGGUAUCUCCCUAGGGGCGAUUUCACCCGAUGGGGAGAGGUGGUGACAGGCUAUUUAAGCUUGCUCUGCCCAGCACCCUUUCCUUUAUUCGGCACUCACUCUCCCACCCUUUUGCAGUGUGGACCUACAGGCUACUCAUUUGUUUUCCAUGGACUGAGUAGGAUUUUUUUUUGGGGGGGGGGAGACCCUAAUUGGCUCUGGGUCUUCUCUUUUUGCCUACUCCAUACUGCUGGCUGAUGUUUGUUGCAGUGCUGUUUCUUCUCUUUGGCUAAUUGGUGCAUAAUCCAGGCAGGUGAGAGGGUUUCAGGAAGAAUGGAACACUUAACUGAGUCAGGGUUGGGUUGUGGGUGUCCCUGAGUCACUGUUGUCGGGUAUGUCCUGUGGGUGCUGGAGGUGCCCUUUGGCCUGAGGACACAUUGGGGCAAAUGUUGGCCAAUGGGGCUACAGUGGGCCUGUUGGGCUCUUAUACCCAAGGUCCACACAGUGGGGAGGAAGGAAUCUUAGGAAGCCUUGCUGCAUGCACACAGUGCUAACUUGCCCAGGCCACAGGGGUAAAAAUUAUCCCCAUCUGUUAAUGAACACCUGCCUGGACUUAAGUUGAUUAGGUUACAUUGGUUGAAUCUGACUAGUUAAUUUGUUCUGCAGAUCCUCAAGUUGUUAUAACCUAUUCUUCCAUAUUUGAAUGUCUUGACUCUUCUUCCUGGUGUGCUGGCAAAUUGUGGUUGUCUUUCUAAAACAUGUAGCAGCUCUGAAUGGUGCCUGUUGUGUAUAUCUUGAUAUACAGAACUCCGUAUAUGGAGUGGGGAGUGGGAUCUGAACAUGCAAAGCUGCCUUAGUUAGACCAUUGGUUCAUGGCUAGGUAACUGAUAGCAGCUGGCUUUCCCCAACUUUAGACAGAAGAUCCAAACCUGCUGCCUAGAUCCUUUAACUGGAGGUGCUUGCAACUGCCCCUGGAACUUUCUGCUUGCAAGGUUAAUGGUGUUAAUAGUGGUGCUAAUGACUUCAGAUAUAUGUGUGGCCUUACUGUGCAUUUUCAGGGAGCAAUCUGUGUGGGCUUCCUGCCUAGUUGAAUAAAUUGGCUUGUUUGCUUUAGAAGUCUGCAAAAUCAGAUUUUCAAAGAAACAAAUGUGUCUGUGCUACUUCAUUAUAGGAGUAAAUUAUACUUGUACAGCAGCCAUCAUAUAUCUUCUAAAAAUAGUGAGGACUGAUUCUUAAUUUAUGUAAUUGCUUAAGCUUUGACAAAGAGCCAAUUCUAAUAAGCACACAUUUAUAUUAUUAGCAUGCUGGAGCUAGAAAGAGCUUCUUUUCCUUGUGAUUAUAAAUAUUGAAAAGGAAGUAAGUGCAACAGUGUCAGAUGUCAAAACAGCCCAUGUCAAAACGAAAGCCAUAUACGUGUAAGGAAAUAAAUGUGAAAUAUACUUUUAGCAUCUGCUUGCACAAAACAAUAAUAAGUGACUGACAGCCACAUUCAGUGAAAUAACAGUUCUUGCUGCAUUUGAAAUGCUAGCUUCAUGUUGGCCAAGAAUUUCCUUGUUAGCUUCUUAUACAUACAUAUGUAGCAUCAGUGAAAGAUGAACAGAGUGUUUGAGAAAGCUUGAGAAAGUAUUGAGAGGUGUGUGUUUCUGGAUUUCUGGUUAUAUGUACUUCAAAAUAGACCCAAGGAGGAUUGGUAAAAAACAAAACAAAAAAACCUCUCUUCAUUAGUAAAGCAGUGGUUGUGAUCCAGAACUCUGAGGUGAUAAUAAGUGUCAUGUUUCCUCUUGUCUAUGAAAAGGCAUGGAAUCGUCUUUUUCAGACUGAUGUUCUGACUGAAAAGCUGCUGUUUACAAGGAACUCAAAUGAUAAAUUAUGGGUGGGUGGCCAUGUUGCACAUAAGGUAAAGGUAAAGGGACCCCUGACCAUUAGAUCCAGUUGUGACGGACUCUGAGGUUGCGGCGCUCAUCUCGCUUUAUUGGCCGAGGGAGCCGGCGUACAGCUGGUCAUGUGACCAGCAUGACUAAGCCGCUUCUGGCGAACCAGAGCAGCACACGGAAACGCCGUUUACCUUCCCGCCAGAGCGGUACCUAUUUAUCUACUUGCACUUUGACAUACUUUCAAACUGCUAGGUUGGCAGGAGCAGGGACCGAGCAACGGGAGCUCACCCUGUCGCGGGGAUUCGAACCGCCGACCUUCUGAUCGGCAAGUCCUAGGCUCUGUGGUUUAACCCACAGCACCAUCCGCGUCCCAUAUGUUGCAACAUAAGAAACAACAAAAGGAAAAAAGCUUUGUGGCACUUUAAAAUAUUGACAGCUUUAUUGUGAAAACUUUUGCCACAGUGUCAAAAAAAAAGUUGCCAUCUCUUAAUAAUCUCGGCUACAGAUUAAUUAAACCUAUGUUCCUUGGAUUUGGUAGUGUGGUACAUUGUGAAGCGAGGGGGCCUACAUUAAGCGUGUGAAGACUGUUUAAGCAAGUUGCUUGGUUUUGUUGACUGAAUUCUUCAAGCAGUCAUGUAGUAACGCUGAGGGGAACUGGUGUCAGGUUGAGGGAGUUUGGGAAUGGGUAAAAUAGGAACAAAGAAGUCAAAGUGAGAAAAUGGCCUUCAUUUUCUUUUAAAAAUUUAAGGAAGGUCAUGCUGGAUCUCACUAGAUUAGGCCACGUUUAACAUCCUAAUUUAGCAUCACUGAUUAGGUCAAGUUUAGCAUCCUGCUUCCACCAUAAACCAGUCAAAUGCUUCCAGAAAGCUUACAUGUUUGGCAGAAAGAUAACUGCCUCCUCUAUUGUUUGUCCCCCCCCUUCCCCUGCUCCUACCACCAGCCACUGGUACCCAAUAUGUACAUUGCCACUAACCCAAGAAGCUUCACUUAGCUAUCACAAAUACUAUCAACCCUACAUGAAUUAACCCUUUCUAAAGUCAGUGGCCAUCUCCACAUCUUGUAGCAGCAAAUUCUACACUGGACUUCCUAGCAGUUACAGCUUGUACCAAGCAGAGGAUGCUGCUACACCUGCCAAGCCAGAACUAGUUUGUCUCUACCUGGCUAAUCACAGUGGGGUAGGCAUAACCUAGAGUGAUGUCAUUAGUCAAUUAUUAUUGUGGUAAAGAGUACUUCUUCAGCUCUCCUAAACCUUUGGCCCUUCAAAUGUUGAUUGAUUCAGUUUUUUUAACAGUUCAGUAUUUAAACUCAUUCAGUACUAUUCUCUAUGGAAGGACAACGGUGGAAACAAAAAUGAACUUUAUUUGGCUUAAAAGAAAAAUGCUUCCUUUGGUGCAGCGAUACCUAUAUACUCAUCCUUAAAAUACAGUGGUACCUCGGGUUAAGAACUUAAUUCGUUCCAGAGGUCCGUUCUUAACCUGAAACUGUUCUUAACCUGAAGCACCACUUUAGCUAAUGGGGCCUCCUGCUGCCGCCACACCGCCGGAGUACGAUUUCUGUUCUCAUCCUGAAGCAAAGUUCUUAACCAGAGGUACUAUUUCUGGGUUAGCGGAGUCUGUAACCUGAAGCGUAUGUAACCCAAGGUACCACUGUAAUAACCUGAGUUAUGGUAUAAGCAUGUUUUGCAGGGCUUACAAGAUUUUGAUAGAGAAUUAGUAAAGUCUACCCGGUACUGUAAAUCUUUAAAGGGGGGUAGGGGUUGUAUGUUGAAUUUUGACAUAACAAUGUUGUUAAAGUUUUGCUUGGGGGUUUUUGGGUGGUUUUUUAUUUUUUAAAGGAAAACAAAAACAUUAAUUUCCUGCUUACUCUCCAGUGCUGGUACUUGAGAGGUUUAAAGGGAGAGAAUAAUGUGAGUAAAAUAAUAUGAAAGUGUAUGGUGAGCCCAUAACCUUAAAGAAAUGCAACCAAACCUAGACCUUCAUAGGGGGUACAUUGCUUGAGUGCCUGUCUAGUGACCUGAUAUUUCCUUCUGAAAUGGCAGGACUUAAAAAAAAAGAGAGAAGGGGGGUUAUCGCUUUUUUCACGCACCUCUCUCCCAAGUUCUUGUAACUGAAUUUCCCCCAAAUUCAAGGUGUUGCUCAUAAAGAAAAUAAGGCUGCAAUCCUAACCACAUUUACUUUGGAGCAGUAGUGGAGCAACAAGGGGAAUAUUGCUUUGUUUCCCAGGCUUUGGAACACAGUGCUUCACUGCCACUCACCAGGAGAGAGAGGAGAAGGCCCAAGGCAGCACAUUGUGGUUGCAGAUGAUUGUCUGAUUGGGUCUGCCACUGUGCCCACACCUGUUGAGCUCCCAGCUGCCAUGUCCCACCCCCCACCAGUAAGCAGAAGCUGGGAGAGCACUCGCACCCUGCUGGUCACUACUAAUUUCAAUAGGAGCUAUUCUUGGUAGACAGGGCUAGAAUUGCACUAUUAACAGAAACAAACCGGACAACGACUCUGGGAACAUAUAGAAAACAGUGAGAAAGAAUUCCGGAGACUUUAUGGGUACUGUUUUCUUCUGACUCCAAGGUGCCUCUCCUUUGGGGAAAAAUAAAUUCCAAGGACAGCUGUAACAAGAGAUUGCAGAAUGAGAGAUGGAAGUUUGACUGUGAUUUAGUGUUUGAAGAAGGCUUUUCAAUGCUUGGUUUAUCCAAAAUUUAGCACUUUUUAAGUUUUCCACUAGUUCAGUGGGAAAGUUUGUUGUGAGAAGUAAUUCUCUUCAUAAAGCAUUUAGUUUUUACAUUGUAAUCAAUAAUGAUGUUUUGUAAAGUGCCGUGCAAUUGGCAGUGAUCCUGACUUUGCUACCACUGCUGGGAGCAUCCCUGCAAUGGAACUUCCCUGAGGGGGCUGCUCUGGCCAGCAGAAGUGGGGAGGGAACUUUUACUGCUUCCCCCUGCAGCACCCAAAAAAUCUAAUGCCUUUCUGUUGUCAAAACCAAUCCCGCAUAUAGUUAUCCUUGUGCUGUUAGUUGAAGGAUCAGGAUACCCUUUUAUCUUGUGAAGUAAUGGAACUAACUGAAUUGAAGCUUGUGAAAGUAAUUUCAGGAUCUUAAACCAAAGUUAAAGGAUUUUUAAUGGAAACAAACCUUCCUAUUUUAAACAUGACUAUAAUCAUUCUGAUACAUUUUCAUCAUUUUCCAUGGCAUUUCAUGCAUUUUGUGCAUUGAAGUCCAGAAUCUGUUAGGGUCACCUUUCUUCCUUUAGAUCUGCGUUGUAAUGUGAGAGCUUUUAAAAGCAAGCAGAUGUUUGAUGUAAUGUCUACGAGAUAGCCCAGUUUUGAGCACAUGGGUACAGAAGAAUUAAUGGGUGCUCAGAUCUUUCCCAUCUGCAACACCUUUUCCAUUUCAGUUCAGUUGGUUUGGCUAGUUGGUUGCUAAGGCAACUUUCAAUGAAUGCCCAGAGUGGCUUGCAAAAUUAAACUUAUAAUAAAGUAAAUUGCCCACAAUAUAAAAUAAGAGUUUAAAAUUGGAAGAAAUCAAAUCAGACAAAACUCUUCAUGAAAACCGAUAUGCAGAAUAUUAAAAAGCAUGGGAAAAUAAAAAGGUUUGUACCUGGCACCAAAAUAACACCAAGGAAAGUAGGAUCCACAGCUGGGGUGACACCACCAAUUGGGCCCUUCGUCCUCCUGUUGGAUAGCAUAGCUCCAUGUACACAAAGACCACAACCCUUUUCACACAUACUUAGAAAUAAGUCCCCAAUAAUUUUAAUGGAUAAUUUUAUUCCCAAGUAAAUGUAUACAGUAUUGGAUCGUAACAUCUCUGUGCAUGCCCAUAUGCAGAAAGCUCUUCCUUCCAUUGAGCUGAAUUUGAAUGCAUUCAAAUCAAAGCACACAUCAAUCUAUGAAUUGUUUAUGCAUGCAGACGAGGCAGUUGUCACUAGGGAUCAUGAGGCUGGCAAAUGCUAGAAUCCAGUGGCGUAGCGUGGCGGGUGCAGGGGGGGCCGGCCGCACCGGGCGCAACAUCUGGGGGUUAGGGUUAGGGGGCGCAAAUCCACGGGUUAGGGGGUGCAAAUUACUUGCCUUGCCCCGGGUCCUGACAACCCACGCUACGCCCCUGCUAGAAUCCCUAGCUGUGGUUUGCCUGGCCUCACUGCCAUUGUGACAAACCACAGUUUACUGUGAUAUUUGAGCAGAGCCUUUGUGAUAGAACAAUUAUUCGUUUUUUUUUAAAUGAUAUUUAUUGAAAAAAGAGGUUUUUUAAAAUUACAAAGAAAAAAGACAAAACAGAAAAAUAAAAAAAAUAAAACCAUCAUUUUCAAAUUCUCCACUUUCAUUACCUUCUUUCUGUGACCUCCUCCUCCUCCCUUUUCUUGUAUCUUGAUUAAUAGUUGUCACAGCAAAUCCUUUCCAUAAUUCAUAGUAUUCUGUCAUUACAUUACCUUACUCUAUUUUCAUCUUAUCUUAUAAAAAACCUUAAAGCUUAAAACUUAAAUCUUAUUUUUACCAACUUCUCAUAACCAUUACCUUUUUACCUAAUUCUUUAAACAUUUUUACAAGAGCCAAGUAAUUUCAUUUCAACAUUUUUCUAACAUUCAUCAAUUUUAUAAAACAAUCCUAAUGAUAAAAAAAAAGAAAUAAGAACAAUCCAAUCUUCUUCCAGCAUCCCUUCCUCCUGGUCCCGGGUUUGUCAGUCCUUUUUAUCCCAUUAGUCUGGCACAUUAACCUGGUGAUCUUAUAUCCGAGGCCUUCAAGUCUCUUCCAUGUCCCUUCCGCAGCUCUUCUUCAUAUUUUCCUUUCACUCGUGGGAACUCCAGCUUAGUAGUGUUUUUGACCCUUUUCAACAAAUCAGCCCCUUUCCCAUAGUCCAGAUUAGACUCCAUGUGGUAUUUUAAGACAUGUUUCAAAUUCCCUCCAAAAUUGAGAGCCCCCACAGCUCCAAACAUCUGACGGCCCAUUGCCAGACUCGGAAAGUCCAAACAUCUCUGCAUAGGGGGGUCAGUCCAACCCCCCAUUUCCAAAUCAAUCCAAACUUUAUCUUUCCAAAUCUGGUUUUUUCCAAGUUCAUUUGUCAGAUCCAAAGGCUCAUUUUCCUGCAGGGCCAAAAGUUCCUCCCUUUCUGGCGCCCAAGAUUCAGCAACAUCCUCUUCUCUCAACUGUUCUGUCAUGGCACACUCCUGUUUAAGUUCCUGGGUGGGCUCCAUAUAGUUUCCCACUACCUGUUCAAAUGUUCUGGCCGCAUUAGUCAUCAAAUCCGUCUUCUGGCUUAACUGAUCCAAUAGGGCAUUUAUUUUACAGAAAGCACCCAACAGUGCUUCUGAAAACAUUGUCCUGCAAGGUCACAAGUCCUUUCCCACGGUUGUAAUCUGUGGCAGCUGCAAGCUCCCUAGAAUUAGUUACAAUUUCAUAGUCCCCCUCUAGGGGGAAAACUUCUGGUUGUUCUUUCUUUUAAGGACAAUAGCAACAAAGUUUCUUUUUUAAAAGAUAUUUUGUCAAUAUUUGUUCCUUUAAAAUGCGAAAGGAAACAGUGGAAUCACAAUGUUACUCUUCUUUUAACUAUCUGUCAAAAACAUUUGUCUCUGGUCAAUGAGCUUCAAACGUCAAUUCUGACACCCCGCUCCAGGAUCAGGACGGUGGAAAGUUACUUUACUUUAAACUCACUUCUGCAGGUUUAAACAGUCCAAAAAAAAAUCCCCCUUCUUCUCCUGCUACCAAAGGGGGGGUUCAACGAUUUUAAAUGGUGAAAACCAAUCCUUUGAAAGUGAUUUUCUAAGCUCUAGUUUACGUUGUCUUUGCUUUCUUCUGACUACAAGGAAACGGAAGGCUGACUUCCUGUUUAGAUCUUCCCGUUUCAGUACCAAAUUAAGGUAAAUUUUUAAGUCCAAUUCCUUUCUAAUCGCCAGUUCUUAUUUGAAGUCCAAUUGUUCAAUGUUUAAGUACUCACGGGUGAUUAUUUUAGAUGCCAAAUUGUCCCAGGAAAAAGGCAGCGCUCUCCGGCAACGGCUAUGCAGCUUCGCUCCACGGACAAAGCAAUUGACUCUCAGCACCGCGCCACUUCCCCUCUUCGCCCGGAGCCCGUUAGUGGGUUCCUUUGCGGGUUGGGGGCGCUAAGGGUGCCCGCCGAGUCCCACGGUCACAGGCUUCAUCCGCCUGUGAUUUCUAAAAGGGUCCCCGCUUCGCCGCAGCAGAAAAGACCCGUUUCGCGCGGAGCUGGUCCCUCCUGUUCAGAGGGAGUCCGCCGUUGCCGAUGGCGCCACCCCGGAAGUCGAUAGCACAAUUAUUCAAAGUGGGGGGGGGCGGUCUGGAUAUAUGAGCACCCCUGUUUGAAUUAUAAUAGUUUCAGUCUGAGGUGGGCACAGAUUGGGCUUUGAACUUGCUCGGACUUGAUUUGGGAUCACACCACAUCAAUAGCUCAGCGGCAGAGAGCACUUUGCAUGCAGCAGGUGCCAGAUUCAAUCCUAGGCUUCCCCAGGUUGAACUCUGAAACCCAUUGCUGGCCAGUGCAGUGGACUGAGCUAGCUUGGCAAAUGGUCGGACUCACUGGAACACAACUUCCAAGCAUUUUGAUGAUUGCACGCCUGUGCCAAAUCCAAUGCAACCUUAUGAGCUUAGGAGCCUUGAUGUGAACAAAGGGCUUAUGGUAACAGAGGUAACUGUUCCGUUUAUUUAAAUGGACGCAACCAAGUCACGUGUACAGCUCUUUGAGUAAAGAGAAUUGCUGAUCCAUUUGAGUGAGUGGGUCAUUCGGACACACAAGUGGUCUGUUGAUAAGCGGAUGGCUUUUUUUCCCCCCUCCUCAUGCAACACUGCUUUUCUUCUACAGCCUUUCAGAAUUGCAUACAGAGCUCUGGGCAAAGGGCGAUAACAUUUUGGCAAAACCUAUUGGUUCUUUUGCCUUGGAUUUUGUUUGUAGGAGGCAUUGCUGAAAUAGGCAAAGAAGGAAAAUAAGCACCGAGGAAACUAAUGCAGCAAAAUAAAUCCAUGGCGUGUUUUAACUUAAAAGACUCUUCAAUCCAGGUAAUUUGAUGCCUAAGACAAAAAGUGAGAAAUGUGCAUGUAAACAAUCUUCUUUCUAUAAAAUAACUUGCAAGCUUAAAAAUUGCUUUAAAGUGGUGGGGAGGGAAUGACUGAUGGAAGUAUAGUCAGGAUUCCAGUGGUGUUUGUUCCCUGGACCGAGGUUUUACAAGCACCCAUUACUGGAGCUCCCUGUACCCUGUGAAAAACCAUUCCUGAACUCAGGAAUGGCCUUUGAUGUACCACAAGGACAAAAUAGGACACAGGUUGCCAUAACAGUUGCAUGUGCAAGUUUACAAGUACAAAUGCAAAAUUAUAAAUAAUUGUUAUAAUUUAAAUAGAAACACCAUGGCAGGGGAGACUUUCCAGGUCAUCAGUACGCCUGCUCAGUCUGCUGCCCAGGUGUCAGUAGUUGGGGUGGGGACUUCAAAGCCAUUCCCUGUUCUCUCUGCUUAUGGUUCUUUAUCUUUAAACUGGGCUUGGACUGGAGAGCCCUUCAAACACAGUGUCAUCCUCUGUAAAAUAGGGCACAUUGCCAUCUUUAAAUCUGUUCUUCUUUUGUGUGCACAGUCCUCUUUAGAUUCCUAAAUUUAUAGGAAAAUGUCAGCAAUAUAUCAGUCAUUGCUACAGAAUACUAUACAGAAUAGCUAUUCUGUAGUUUGGAGUAGUGUGUGUCUGGCCUGUUGGAAUUUUGUAAUGUUGUGUUUAUUAAGCUGUCUUGUAAUACUGUGUUUGGUAUGCUGUAUUGAACUUUAUAGAAAACGGAAUGCAAAUCUUGCAAAUGAAUAUUUGCGUGCCCAAGGUUGACUAACAGUUUGAAACCGUCUGUAUUUUACACACUAAAUUGUCCUUAUCAUUAAAAUGCUAAUUAAAUUGUAAACAUCUGUUACAUUCAGAGUUAUAAUGAAAAUUGGCAGCUACAUCUUUCUUGUGUCGGUGUUCUUGCUAGCUUAAGUCCAAUUUGCAUACAAAUUUGAUUGGGCAUUGGUGUAAAUGUCCCUGACCUUUAGAGGAAACGUUGGCGGGAUUCUGUGUUUGAUGUGAUAGUUCUUGAUGGAAGUGAAUAUAGCUGGCCCCUCUGGUUAUCUUUAACCUGCUAGUAUUGUCAGAAAUGUUUAGGGAGAGAGGAGCAAACACUUGCUUGACAGUGGCCUCAGAGUAGAAAGAAAGGGUGGGGUGUUAAUAUAUUUUGCAAGUACUUCUCUCAUUCUAAGGCUGCAAAUCUGUGCACAUGUCUCCCAAGAGUAAGCAGUACUGAACACUGUGAUUUAUUCUAAUGAUCCUAAGCAUGCAUAGGAACACACUCUUGAUUAUUUAAUCCGUGGCUGUCACCCACCUCCUGCAUUUUUCACCCUUGCUCGUUACAUUUUUUUGGUAUGUUCUUGAAUACAAAAUUAGUAGUUUAGCUUGGAUUUCUACAACUGCAGUGAAGUUGCUAGGAGACAGCUCUAGAGCUCUAUGAAGCUCUUAGUGGUAAAAAUGGUUAAACAUACUACAGUCCUAUACACCAGUAGUGGAACCUUCAGACUCUUAUUUUCCAUCAGCCUUAGCCAGCUUGGCCAGUGGCUGGGAAUGAGAGGGCCACAGGUUCCCCACCCUGCUGUGCAUUCCUGCUGAGUUCAAUUGGAAUAACCCCCAGAUAUGCUAAAUAGAAAGGGACGCGGGUGGCGCUGUGGGUUAAACCACAGAGCCUAGGACUUGCCAAUCAGAAGGUUGGCAGUUCGAAUCCCCGCAACGGGGUGAGUUCCCGUUGCUCGGUCCCUGCUCCUGCCAACCUAGCAGUUCAAAAGCACGUCAAAGUGCAAGUAGAUAAAUAGGUACCGCUCCUGCAGGAAGGUAAAUGGUGUUUCCAUGCACUGCUCUGGAUCGCCAGAAGCGGCUUAGUCAUGCUGGCCACAUGACCCGGAAGCCCCUUCGGCCAAUAUAGCGAAAUGAGCGCCACAACCCCAGAGUUGGUCACGACUGGACCUAAUGGUCAGGGGUCCCCUUUACCCUUACCUUUUAUGCUAAAUAGAAUUGUAAUCCAAAACAUUGGGAGGAGGGAGGUACCAGGUUUGCAUAGACUUUAGUCUAAAGCCAUGACUUUAGUGAUUAGGAAUCCCUUGUGGUGGACCUCAGGCUCUUGCUCCCCAUUUCCUCUUCUCAUGAGAGGAGGAGACCAAAUACUUUUUUUAAAGAAAAGAACAAGCUGCAGUUCAUCAUUUAAAAAACAACAACCUUUCCUUAGAACAAACCACUGUUCCCCAAGUUCCUACAAAAUGUUCUAGUUCACACGUAAAGCUAAACCAUGGUUUACAUUAGUGACUCCUCCACUCCCAUCUUCUCCUCUCAUAUGGCCAGGAGAAUGGCGUCUGUGCUUUCCAAGAACUUCAGCUUAUAAUGAUAUCAUUACAUAUCAUUACACACAAACCAGGAGUCCUGGUUUAAAACAAGCCAGCUUCAUAAGUAAUGUUUUAAAGUUAGCUUGCUUAGAAACAAGUAAGAGCUGUUCGACAGUGGAAUUUGCUGCCAAGGAGUGUGGUGGAGUCUCCUUCUUUGGAGGUCUUUAAGCAGAGGCUUGACAACCAUAUGUCAGGAGUGCUCUGAUGGUGUUUCCUGCUUGGCAGGGGGUUGGACUCGAUGGCCCUUGUGGUCUCUUCCAACUCUAUGAUUCUAUGAUUCUAACUGACCAGAGGGUAUUUUUUUUUAACAAUGAUCCUUGGUUUCAACAUCAUGCUAGGCUAAGAUUCUUGCAAAGCAAAACUGUAUUCUGCAGAAGCCCUCCUCUUGGUCACAUGCGGGGGAAAGGACAGGAGAGUACACAAGCCUGAGAUUUCACUCAUGAAGGCUCAUCUGCGCUAAACCAUUAUAUGCAAAUAUUACCAAAAGUGGAAACUUCAAUUUUCUUCCUCUCAUGCGUGAAGAAGGAGAAGGGAGGAUAAGAUGCACAUACAUGUCUGUGGCUCUCUAUAGUACAUUCUCAAUGACCUCUAAACCAUAGUUUGGGAUAACCUAAGAACUGUGACAGAAUGCUGUUGGAACUGUAUUCCAGCAGUGGGUUGGGCAAACCCCAAAGUGGGUGAGUACAGAUACCCACACCUCAAACAUACAUGUAAUCACACAAACAUAGACAUGCCAUAUCUUCUCCCUACUCAGCUGAUCUGUGUAGGAACAGGUGGGUUGUUUUCAUUCAGAUUGGAGCAUGCUGGCUAGAGAAGUUCAACACGCCCCCCCCCCCAAGAUGUAAAUGAAAAUUGCAUCCUCUCUGCUUCUCAGCCGAUUGGUCUAGAUCAACUGAGGAGUUGCAACGCACCCAGGGUGGAGAUGAAAACUGCCUGUUGCUUCAGCCAAAGUGACAGCUGUCAGUUUUCUUCCCAGCCGCAGCAUGAGGAGGUCAAAGCCUCCCCAUGCAGCACUCUGCAAUCACGAUGAAAACUGGACCACCUCUGCGCCUUAGUUGGAUCUAUACUGUUCAGCUAAGAAGUGGGGAGGGUACUGCUUCCAUCCCAGUGCUGGAAUGAGAGAAGCCUGGCAGGCUGGAGUGGGGUCCACAUCCCUAGUUUAUUUGUUUCUUUAUGGUCCUUGCCUAUAUCUUCUCGCCCGGCAUGACCUUGAAAGCAGGUCGUUUUAAAAUAUGUAUAUAAGAAUAAGAUGGACAAAAACCAUAAAGCUGAGCCAAUGAGCCAGUAUUUCUUCUCAUGUCAGUCUUACCUAGAGCCUGUGCAGACAGAAUUGCUGGCUCCCUCUGAAUACUGGCAGCUACAAGAGAUCAAGAAACGGCGACAGGAAUGCAAACUCUCAAGGAGCGACCUAAGUGCUGCUUCAGGACACAUUGGCACCAAUGUCGACUGCGCCUGACGCUUUUUAGGGUUCCCAUUUAGCCAUCAUUUGAAGCUGUGGUUGUGUGUUUGACCCUUGGACUCUUCUCUGGCUUCCGUGAGAAGGCCUACUCAAUGUGUGCACAAUUCCCAAGCUGUGUGCCAAGGCACACACACUGAAGUUUAAGGGUGGGGAGUGUGCUGUGGCUGUCAGAUAUUCAGGGAUCACAGCAUCAUGCCCUGUACCCUAUUAUGUAUCAUUUUUUUGUUUUGUGGGAAGCUUUUCAUUUUGAAUGCUGAUGGCUUCAGGCUAAAUGCUUUUGGGUAUUAAGUGCUCCCUAUUUGCUCAAGUGGUGAUGAGUCAUGGGGAAAUGCUAACUCCCUUGAGGUUAGAAAGCAAUGGGUACCUACAAAUGCAAAUUGUAAGGGUGCUUAAAAGGUAAAGGUAAAGGACCCCUGACAGUUAAGUCCAGUUGCAGAUGACUCUAGGGUUGCGGCGCUCAUCUCGCUUUACAGGCUGAGGGAGCUGGUGUUUGUCCGCCAACAGUUUUUCCAGAUCAUGUGGCCAAUAUGACUAAGCCACUUCUGGUGAAACCAGAGCAGUGCACAGAAAUGCCAUUUACCUUCCCGCCGGAGUGGUACCUAUUUAUCUACUUGCACUUUUGGGCGUGCUUUUGAACUGCUAGGUUGGCAGGAGUUGGGACCGAGCAACGGAAGCUCAUCCCGUUGCGGGGAUUCGAAUCGCCAACCUUCUGAUCGGCAAGCCCAAGAGGCUCAGUGGUUUAGACCACAGCGUCACCUGCAUGCUUACAUACCAGCAAAAUUCAGGUUGCACAACUAAAGUUAAUUUGAUACUCUUGUGUAGCAAACUUGCUCCCUUCUCAGUGUCGCUCCCUUCUCAUUCCCAUGCCAUGGCCACUGCUGUUGUGCUACCUGCCUUCGCUUUUGUUCCUCUACCCAGCUCUGACUUCAUGCAAUUCCAGGAUUGUGACGCAGCACUGCAAAUCCUCUAGUUGGGGCUGUGCAAUGACAUUCUAUUAUACAGAGCGAUAAACAAUUGAUGAGCAUCAGAGUGUACUGACAGACUUCAAUUUGACAAUAACUGUAACAUCCAAUUGAAGGAAAGAUACGUAAUUAAAUAUAACAUGUGGAUGUUGUACUGGACUUAUGGUUAAUUACUCAGAGCGAGCUGUUAAAGCUUUAGACAUUCUCCUCCAGUUUUCUUUUCCUGCUUUCCCCCCCACGUGCAGAUUUACAGAGGAUGGUAUUUGCAUGUUAGAGUGCCUUUAGCAGUAUUUUUUUGUAUUUAUGAAUACACUUGAAUAAGCUCCUGACUUACAGAUAAUUAAGCACAACUGUCAACGUGCUUCUCAGGGCUUAUGCAAACUACAGGCACAGACUUACUUAGAAGAUUUUAAAGAAAGUUUUGCAUUCAGUAAACAAUGGGGGAGGAAAGUUGGGUUGUAUUUUUUGCACAUUAUCUGUCAGGAUAAAUUCCUCAUAAAGUAGAAACACAGCCAGCCGGGUAGGGACAUUAACAACAGUUUGUGAUUAUUCAGUUUGUCAGCCACGUCUCAUGCUAUAUAGUUUUCAAAAUGCUAGUAAUCUCAGUGCCUAUAAAUAAGUGCAAACAUGAGGCCUGAAUGACAACACAAACAACAAGGACCAAGGUAAGUUGCACAAAAGACAAAAGGUGAGAUGGCUCAGCUUUAAGCAAGUCCUUGUUAAGCCAUGUUGACCAGGUACUCAACAGAGUACACAGCAUGAGAGGAAGAAUGAAGGGAGUUUAUUUGACAGGUAUGACCAUUUAUCUAGUGAGUGAGGUUUAAAAGAGCACUCACCAGGGCAUAUAAAAGUGCACUUAAGAGGAGCCCCGCAGGACUAGACCUAAGGUCCAUCAAGUCCACUAUUCUUCUCCCACAACCAAUUUCCUAUAGCCCUGGAAGUAAAACAAAACUCAGCUAAAUUGGCAAAGAAAAAGUGAUUGAUAUGUGAUAUAACAUGGUGCCACCAGAGGGCGCUGUGGAGUCCCAUUUUUCUCUACCUGUUUUUCCCCUGUUUAAAUUUACAACGCAUUUAACUGAAACGCUUCUUUGACGUGUCUCGACCCAGCCUUAGUGGUGAUUGAUUGAUUGAGAUGAGAUGAGAUGCCAAAUCAAGUAAUAUAAUGCUCCAGCAUACACAGAACCGAAACAGCAAGAGAUCUGUGGGGACCUGGCCUUCCCCUUGUUGCUGCUUUGGUGAAAGUUUUAUUCUGUGAACCGCUCUUGAGAUCUUGUGAUGAAGGGUACAUAAAGUUAAUAAACGAAUAAAACUCAUGGAAGCAUUAAUAUAUUAGUAUGUGUCAGAAAUAAUAUCUCCAGGGCAUACUCUCCAACAUUUCUCCAAUGAAACAGGGAUGUCCUGUUCCAUUAUUAUUAUUAUUAUUAUUAUUAUUAUUAUUAUUAUUUAUAUCACUUAUAUCCCACCCAUCUAACUGGUUGCCCCAGCCACUCUGGGCAGAUUCCAACAUAUAUAAAAACAUAAUACAACAUUAAAUGUUAAAAAUAGUUCCCUAUACAGGACUGCUUUCAUACGUUUACUAAAGGUUGUAUAACUGGUUAUCUCCUUGGCUUGGGGGUUGCAUAACUCUGUACCUUCCAGUAUUACUCCGAUGAAGAUAGGGACAUCCUAAGGAAAAGCAGGACAUUCCGGGAUCAAAUCAGAAACCAGGACGGCUUCUAUAAAUCCAGGACUGCCCCUGGAAAAUAGGGACACUUGGAAGGUCUGCCAGGGGGAUGGCUGUUUCCAUCAAAUCACCUUGUGCUAUUUAAUCCCUUGGAAUGUAAGAUGUGGAUGAGGCAGUGAAAGAUUCUGAGGCCAGGUAUGGAGCAUAGGUGAGUAUUCAACAGCCCUUUGGGAUCCUAUGAAUAAAGCAGGGAUCGCUAACCCUUUUAGACUAAUGGGCACAUUUGGAUUUUUGAGCAAGGGAGGGAAAGGGUACCCAUUCUGAGCACUUCAGGACCAAGGGAGUGGCGGUGGUGAACUUUGUGGGCUCCAGGAGAAGAUCUGAAGAGCACCAGUGCACUCAUGGGUGCCAUGUCAGCAACUGCUGGCAUAGAGUUAUUGAGGCAAGUAUCGCAGUGGAGACAUCUAUCCGCCAUCACUAUCAGAAUGGAAUAAUAAGUGAUUUGUACGAAGGAGAAUCUCUGCUUUGGCUUUGUAAUGUGUGCAACUUUUAUAAAAUGGUGCUGAUGUAUCUUUAAGGAACAACUUUUUUGUCCUGUGUAGCCUGUAGAAUAUGAGCUGUGUGUGUGCAGCUAGCAAAGAGCAGCAAGUCUGCUUGUUUUGUGUGCUCCUCCUGUUUCUUCUUAAACAUUUGGCCUUUAGCCUUCAAAUAAAGUCAGUUGAUGCCAUAUAAUAUAUUUGGUGUGUAGCCUGUACUUAACAGGCUUGACAAGUCAUGGUCAGGUAAGUUGCACGUACAGAGGGCACAAUUUUUAAUAUUUUUCUGGAGAGCCAAAAUGCUUGAGGCUAUGAUUGGGCUCUUCGUUUUAUCUUCGUGCUUUGAAACAAUCUGUUGGAAGGUGGAGGAAGACACCCGUUUGAUGGAAACGUAAAUUUGAAGAGCUUUUGUGGCUGGCAGUUUUGAGGAAGGUAGAUCAGUUGACCGAAAACUCAAGGAGGUUUGGCAUAAUGAGAAACGGCAGUAUAUUACUUCCUUAUUAAAACAAGAAUUAUAGAAAAACAUAGGGAGAAGCAUCCAGUAAAGGAUUACUGGAUGAGACUGAUGGGAGUUGAGGUUGUUUUGAUGAGCUAAGUGGGAAAGAUAAUGAACUGGGUGGUUUGAACUGAAAAAGCAGAUGGAUUAUGAAGCUGUCUCAUUGCUUGUCAAACUAAUAUAAUUGAUUCAUAGACAGAGGUUGUAAGGGACUAUGGAUUUGGUAGAUAGUUCAUUGGAGUGGGAUAAUUUAUAGUAGUGCAUUCUUUAAGCCAGUGUGGUGUAGUGGUUAAGAGCGGUAGUCUCGUAAUCUGGGGAACCGGGUUCGUGUCUCCGCUCCUCCACAUGCAGCUGCUGGGUGACCUUGGGCCAGUCACACUUCUUUGAAGUCUCUCAGCCCCACUCACCUCACAGAGUGUUUGUUGUGGGGGAGAAAGGGAAAGGAGAAUGUUAGCCGCUUUGAGACUCCUUGGGGUAGUGAUAAAGCGGGAUAUCAAAUCCAAACUCUUCUUAUGUAGUUAUGACAGUGCUGUGAUAAAUAUAAAUAAUUGUAAUAAAACCUAUUUUUCAUAUGCCUGGUUUUAAUAAUUAGCAAAAUCCUCAGUUGAAUGUGCAAUUAAUUUGCAUCAUCUAAAAAUCAUGUGACCCACAUACAAUGUAGAACAUCGUGCAACAUGUACUUCUUAAGGACCUUUUUAUGAACUGAAACUUCUAGCUUUGGUUGCUGGGGCAAAGUUUCUCAGUUUUGCAGACUCCAAACAGUUCUGAUAAUGUAAAAGUCCAUUUUGUUCUUUAUGAGGACAAAUUGCAUUCAUUCUUACCACCAAAUGGUGAUGUUUAGGUUCAAACAGAAUUCACCAGUAAGGAUUGGGGGCAGGGGCAUGUUUUAAUGCCUACAGUGUGGAUUAAAGUGUGUGGGGAGUUUUAAUUAAAUAAAUCCUUUUUUUUGAAAUAUUUUUCUCUCUGCAGGCAGCACGUGCCACACAACUACGCUCCCUACCCUUGUCCGCACGCCUACGCUCAUGAUGCAGCCCUCGCUGGAUAUCAAACCAUUUAUGUCCUUCCCAGUGGAUGGCAGUCCUGCUGUCGGACUUUUCCCAAAUUUCAAUACCGUGAGUAACCAAUGUUGCAAUUCCCCACCCAUCCACCCAACUGCCCUUGCUUUUUUGCUUUCUUUGCUCCCUACAGUGAAGCACAUCACAUGUUGCUUGUUGCCGAUGGAGUCAUAAAUGUUAGAAAAAGGUAGACUGGCGCUAUGAUCCCAGGAGCAGCAGAGACUGGUGAGGCCAUGGUGGAGCACUAUUCCUCUCCUGGCUUUCCAAUAUGGUGGGUCUCUGGAGCUUACUGAGAGAGCAGAGAGACAGGAAGCUUGGCAGGGUGGUGUGGUGCAGUGGGACCGAUCCGAUGCUGCACCGUGCCAAACUCCUAACUCCCCGCUCCCACUUGGCAAGUCUCAGUUGCUCAUCGUUUUGGAGCACCGGGGUGCCUCCUCACCAGCCACUACCGCCCAGAAAUCUUUGUCCCAGUGCUUAAUGAAUCAUUUGACCUUUGUGAAUGCUUGCCGCCUGUACAACUUGCUUCGUAAACUUUGGCUUGUGAGCGCAGCUUCUUGUGGAAAUAUUGAGAGGUAGGAUGAAAAAUAAGCGUUAUAUUCACCCUUGUUAAUUUUGAUACACCUAAUCUCUCCUCUAUUCACCCUGAUCCCUGUCUGAAACUUUCUACAGAGACUGGUGGAUUAUUUCCUCCCUGGGAAGCCAUUAAAGAGAUAUUUAAACUCCCCCUCCCUUUUGCACUGAGCUUAUGAGACUUGAUCAGUGAAACUGCAGGCAAUGUUUGCCUUCCCUUAGGAUACAGCUUUGCUCACUGUGCUAGGGCAGCCUUCCUCUCCCUGAUGCCCCGAUGAUGCUUUAGAGACCCCCUCUCACCACUCCUGACUAUUGGCCAUGGUGGCUGGGGGCCAAUGGUCCAAGAAAUCUGGAGGGUUAGGAAGAGGUUAGGAAGGCUGCAGUUGUGUCAUAUUGGGGCUGUGCACCUGGUUUUCUGCACCUGUGUUCUGUUUGUGGCACGUUGGUGAUUUGGUGUGUGUAACUCGAGGUUGGGAGAAACAAUGAAUACACAGCUCUCCCUUGGAGAAUGGAAAUUGGUUUGGAAAUUGCAUGUAACUCUACAACUCUCUGGUUUUGUAUCUAGGAAACUGGAGAAGUUAUUGUAGUAUACCUGCCUCUAUAUUAUGUUCCUAAUAACUGUUCAGUCAGUCCGGUUGCAUAAGGCUUAGUGCUAAAUCUUGCAAAAUUGCACAUUUCAGAGUUAGCAAGCAAUAUUUCCACAUUAAUGUUACUCCUUUUUGUUUUGUUUUUUGUUUUGUUUUGAGAAUAUAGUAGAAAGAAAAAGAUAAAGGCAAGCAAAUAAUAAUAAUAAUAAAUAAUAGAACAGUAUUGACAUUAACAAUAAGAAUAUUCUCUUAGUUCUGACCUAAAUGUGUAAAUUAGCAUAAGCAGUCCAAAUGUCCAAAUGAAAUAUAUAAUUACAAGCCAUGUAAUUUAAAAUGGGCAGUGAGAUCUUCAUUGGGUGUUAGGUAGUUGAUGUUUGUCUUUCCAGCCUUGCAGAGUAAUCCUCUUAGCCACCGUGGUCCAUCUGUUAGUCCUUACACACAGGAAUAUAAUAGGAAUAUUUGUGAGUGUUCACAAAUACAAAUGAUCUCUCCAAAACAAAGUUAGUAUGAGCAGUUAUUUUUAUACUGUAAACCACCCUAUGAUCCUCAGAUGAAGCAUUGUAUAUAAAAUAGAUAGAUAGAGAAUUUAUUACGGUCAAAGACCCGCUCGCAUAACACAAUAAAAACAGUGUUCAUAAAGAUAAAAUAUACAAUCAGAGCAGAUUGUAGCAAUAGCUCAUGAGUUAAAAUUGAGAUAUAUACAUACACCCGUACAACUGAGAUUUGGGCUACCAUAAAAAUUGACCCUGAGGCACCCCAAAGGGCAACUUCAGCAUUUCCCUAGUAAGCUGUUUUAUUCUAGAGGAUGAUCUGUGCCUUCAAAUCUGGGAGCAGAAUCUGGCUACCAGCCAGGUCGUCUUGUGUUCUUUGCCUAAGAGGAGAGAAUUAAGUUUAGACUUGUCUGAAAGAUCGGUGAGCUUCUUCAGCAAAGGAUCAAUGGUGUCUCUACAAAUCUCAACAUAAAAAGGACAUCUAAAAAAUAUAUGUUCGUGGCUUUCCUAUUUCCCCUAAUGGGCAGGCGCAAAGUCUCUGUGCGUACGGGACUCUUCUAGAGGAGCCUUCCAGAACCGGUGAGGGCAAGGCUGAGCUUCUAGCAAGAGUGAAAGCCCUUCUUGCGUUUCUGGAUGCGAGGAAAUAGAGAUAUAUUGCUGGAGCAGCUACAUAUCUCCCGUUUUCUAUAAAUAAAUAAAUAAAUUCUAACCCGAGGGCCUCAGUUCAGCUUCAGCCUUUGUCAGAGCAAGUUGCUCGCUAGGAGCUCUUGCUGGUAAAGCGGCAACCAGCCUGCCUUGGCCCCUUGCUGUCUGAGCUCUUUGGGACCACAAUGGGAUCAUUAAGCAUUUAAAUGCUUGAGCUACCAGUGCAGUGUCAUGAAACAUAUUUACAUCAUUACUGCACUGGUCUUGCACAGGCCUCAGUGUGCACUAGUUCUCUUCCCUUGACAAAACGUGCCAUGUUUGUUUAUCUAUAGAGCUUCAUUCAAGCUUCUGUUACUCAACCUGAAGUGCCUGCAUUCUCCCAUUCCUUCUGAACUGGUUUUUUCCCCCCUCCUCCUUUGCCUUCUCUGCCACCUUAUUCUCUUUGCUCACCACCAGUCUUCAUUUUAAGUUCAGGAGUUUCCGCUUUCAUCUCCUGCCUUUGUGCCUUUUCCUUUGCUGCACCUCAUCUUUUGAAUCCGCCCUCCCCAACCCACAGUGUGUGCAUUGUUUCAUCCAUCUCCAUCUCCAUGAAGUGUUGAAAUAUUAUCUUGGCUCAGGCCAUCCUUCCCCCAUAGGAUUUGCUUCUUCUGCCCCUUGCAUUUCCCGACCCCUUAUUUAUCAUGUAUUUCAUCUUAGGCUGACUGUUGGGAACCGUCUCUUUCUAAUCUCUGUAAAGUACCUAGCCUGUGGGUUGGACCUUAAUAAUUUAAUAUUAGGAUGCCAAACUGAUGAAAAAAACUCUCCGCUUAAUCCCUGCAUUAAGUUGUGGGUUGUGUAUACAGUAUACAGCACUGGUUUUGAAGGAUAGCACUUCGCCUCCCCCCUAUAAUUUAGUAAAUGGCAUAACCCACCCACCCCCAAAAAGAGGUAGAGGGGUUUCUUAGCUAAUUUUUUUGGGGGGGAGGGGGAGAUAAGCUUCAAAAAGUCAUAUGUCACUCCUAACCUUCAUUUUUAUAAUUCCUUUUCUUGAUGCUCUCAAAAUAGUUCCCAAAUAGAUUCCAACAGAAUUUUCCUAUAAGCUUAUAUUGCAUACCAUUUAAAACCAAUAACUUGCAUGUUUGCAAAGCCAGCAUUGCCCUGUUGAGGUUAUUCAGCAGGGACCCAUUGUGUAAAUAACAAGCUCAUUGGGAAGAAGAGUGACUCGAGUCAUUUUGUGGAUCAUGCCGUCCAGUGCGUACAUACAGUUUGCUCAUGCAUAAUAGUUACAAGAUAUGCAAAGCAUUAUAUAAUAAUUGUAAUUUCAAGGGUGGGGAGGAACCUCUAUUAUCAGCACCGCCAGACACUGGGGGUUGAACCAACGCCAGCUGUUGCUUUUCAUUCUUCCCCUUUCUGUCUCUCUCCCUCUCAGAAGUUUCCCCUAUUACUUGUAAAUAAAUUCUGCUGACAGACUUUGUGUUUCAGAACAAAGUAUUAGAGAAAGAUGAUAGAAUAGCAUUUGCAGUCUUGAAAACAAGAAUAAGUAAUACCUUUAAAUAUUAAUGUAUUCAUUUCAAAGCAGCCGAAUCUGAGAAUCUGAUAAUAAGUAUGUGGCACAUAUUUAUUUAAAUGUGGGUGACAGUCUGGGAGGUGUCGCUUUGCCUCUCUUUCCUACAUCAAAUAUAUAUAUAUAUUGCUGGAUUUUGUCACACAUGGGCAGUGUCAUGUUAUAAGUGGCAGUGCUGUAGGCUGAAAAACAGGUCAUGAGCCCUUGAUAGUUACUUGAUAGGAGUAGUCACAGUGCAUGGCCCCAGGCAAAACUAUGGGCAAAUAGAAGCUUUUGCUUAUUUAUUUGCAAAAAUGUAUAUACUGCCAGCGCUAAGAAAAAAAUACAUAAUGGCAGUGAACAGCAUAAGAUCAGCAAUAAAAUUAUAUUAAUGAAACAAGUACAAAAUAUAUAACAUUAUAGAAACUAGCAUUGCCACCAAACCUUGAAUCUCCUUCCUUGGAAUCCUGGUGGUUCAUAGUAGCUCAGUUUUGAGAUGAGCAUUACAGCCCCCAAAGAUCUUAUCUGGCUUGGACUUUAACCUAAGAUGGAGAAGAACUUAAGUCAUUUCUCACCCACGCACGUAGAUAGAUAGAUAAAUAGAUAGAUAAUUUAUUACGGUCGGAUACCAGCUUAUAAAACACACUUGGGCGUACAAUCCCAGAAGGAAAACAAACAUUUAAAACAAUGUACAACAAUAAAUUUAAAAUUUAUAAAUGGGAUAAGCGUAUAGACACUUAAAACUAUAAGAUAAGCUACCGCAAAGAGAUGACCCAGAGUCACCCAUGGAACCGAGUUUGGGGAUUUUCUUAACGAACUAGUUUGGGUUGGGGGAUGGUCUGCGCCUACAGAUCUGUACACAGAAUCUGGCGACCAUCCAGGUCGUCUUAUGAUCUUUGCCUAACAGGAGAAGGUCAAAUUUUUGCUUUUCCGGGAGGUCAGCGAGCCUCACCAGCAGGGGAUCAAUGGUCUCACUACGUGCCUCUUCAUAAAAGGGACAUCUAAAGAAUAAGUGCUCUGGGCUUCCUAUAUCCCCCAAUGAUCAGGCACAAAGUCUCUGAGCAUAUGGGACUUUUUUAAAGGAUCCUUCCAGGACCGGCGAGGGCAGAGCCGUACCCAUGCACUUAUUCACCUUCCUUCUCCAUCAGCAGUGAUAUAAUGAAGGAAAGAGAGGGAGGUUUCUCUCUCCUUUGCCACGCUACUGUGGGUACAAGCUAGGCUUCAAGAGUACACAAAAAAAGGAGGAUGUGGUACUCAGACAGAUGUUUCAAUUCCUCCACUGCUGUGUCAACAAGCCAGGUAAGCAGCAGGGUGAGAGGAGAAGGACCAAUAGUUGGGUGGGGAGGAGGAGGCUCAGAGGCUUGCUGAGGAGGUGAGGUUGGAAUGGCAAGACCCAUCUCACACCAGAUGACAUCAACAGGUUUGACAGGGUCCAAUUUCGCUUGGAAUAAGCCAAACUGUUUACUAAGUUUUGGGGUAAAUAGAUUGGUUUUGAAAACCAAUUGUCAGGCUCGACUAGGGGAAUUCCUCCCAUCACUAUCCAAAACCCCAGCAAAAGAGCUUAGGAUUCAUUGUCAGGCAGCUCACUUGGUUUCUAGGAGUGCAUGUUCAGGAAGCUGUCCCUUCAGUACCAUUCCUGAUUUAUUUAUUUUUUUAAUAUCUUCUUGUCAUGUGAAAUAGUUGCACUCUUCACGCUAAACCCAGUCCCAGCAGUACUGGGGUUCAGGUUUGGUCAAACACUGUGAGGCAAGGCUUAAUUGGUGUGCUGGGCUCAGGUUGGAGACUCAGUGAAAGAAGAGCUCAAAUGUUGAGAAGUCAUCCUCAAAAGGAGGUUUCGAUAGGUGCUGCAGCUCUGAAUAGUAGCCAACACUGCCUUCUGUGCCUUCUUCAUUUAUUGGAGUCCAGCCUCCUUUCAUAGUUUUUGGCUCACAGAGCUGGGGAAGGUUCCACGAGGGCUUUGAGCUGGAGUCACUAGGGCAGUGUGACCUCCUUAGGCACAGCAGGCUCCUCUUAUGCUUGUGCUUCUGUUCCCUGGGAACAGAUUCUACUCCUGAUACUUGGCCUCAUUCUCCAAAGGGGUGUGCAUCUCCAACCUCGGGGCCAAGACAGUCCUACUGAUAAAGAAUUCCUGAGCGAAAUAAGUUCCAGCUACUUUGUAUACCGUAGAUGCCACAGGUACAAUGCAGUCAGGCUAAUUCCCUCUUUAACCUUUUGCCUCUAAACCGUGUCAGAAGCAGCUCAAGAGAAGGAGAGACUGCCAACCACAUAGUACAACAGCCUCCUGUCAGAAAAGGGAGAUACUUUUCACGGUACGCUCAGUGCUCACCCAAAACCCUCAUGAUUUAGCAGACAUGGGCUUUGCAAGUUACAGUGGUACCUCGGGUUACAGACGCCUUAGGUUACAGACGCUUCAGGUUACAGACUCUGCUAACCCAGAAAUAGUACCUUGGGUUAAGAACUUUGCUUCAGGAUGAGAACAGAAAUCACGCAGCAGCGGCACAAUGGCAGCGGGAGGCCCCAUUAGCUAAAGUGGUGCCUCAGGUUAAGAACAGUUUCAGAUUAAGAACGGACCUCCAGAACGAAUUAAGUUCUUAACCUGAGGUACCACUGUAUAUUUUCUUCUGGCUCUUCAUCUACUUAGAAUUCUGUAUGGUGUCUUGUGUGAAUAUUGUGCACACAUCACCAGUUAUAAGCAUUUUUUAAUCAGUAUUGCAACAUGCUCCCCACCUCUAGAAUGAGGAUUUGGUACCAACAAUAAGGACUUGCAGACAUUUACAAGGGAAGGUUCUGAACAAGUACAAAUUUUGAAGAGCAGAACUCAACAAAGUUGGAUUUAAUAGUAUUACCUCUACUUAUAAAAUGAAAUAUAUGAAACCAUAAAGGUUUCUGAAAACGAGCUGUUAGCAGUUACCAGGCACCAUGUUAUAUUGUGCAGCAAACAACCAUCUUCCUACUUCCUCUGAUCUACACUAUUUAUUUAUAGCUUUAUGGAUUGAAAGCCCCUUGUCUUUAAUCUCCUCUGUUUAUGAUUUAGGCCUGUUUUCUUUGUCUUCAAGGAGCUGUCUGUCAUUGAUCCUCCUCCAAAAUUAACUUUUAACAUAUGGGGUUGUUGUUUUUUUAAAAAAAGAUGUUGGUUAAUGGCUUUUGCUGAUGAAAUGUUAAUAAUUGACUUUAGCAGAAGGAUGUACUAAUUCACAUAGUGCUUUCGACAGGGCCAACUUUGUACUUUGGAGUCUUGAUACCUUUAUGCUUAAUAUUUUGUAUCUUGAUUUUUUACAACCUUUUUCCCUCUAGCUAUUUUAUUUUGGGAGACAUAGCAAAAUUAGCAGUAUAAGCUGUUAGGCCAUGGAAAGCAGGCACUUGCAGCUUUUUAGCUUAACAGUCUUCAUCGUCGAUCUGAGAUUCCUGGUCUGCAAUAUGCUUUCAUUCUGCUGAGUAUAAAAACAGGAUGAAGUUCCCCCUUCACACUUUAUUGAAAAACCCAUGUUAGAUCCACCAAAUGGGGAAACAGAUCUGAUUGCAGGUCUUCUGUAAUCAGUAUAUGGGUCACUAAUUCUGUGAUUUCUUUAACUAAUUUUGAAGCUCCAGCCAGGUCGCAAAUUUUAUCUUCGGUUCGCAGCAGAAGUAAAAAAGAGCUAGGCAAGGAGUGAGAAGGAAGCAGAUCAGGACAGAGGCAGCCCUACUGUUAGGUCAUUAUAGACAACAAAUUGCCAAUUGUUUUAUUUAUUAUUACGUUUCACCACCCACAAGAGUGACAUUUGGAUUUUCUGCCUUAGGCACCAAAUUGUGUUGGCCCUUGUGUGUAAGGAAGGAAGCUAUACCCUCAGGCCACUGCAGAUCCUAUCCAAUUCCAUCUGUGAUUUCUGACUUUUUAUGUCUACUACCUGCAUAUUUUCUGAACUUUCUCUACAACUCAAAUGGAUAUAAACUGUAGGACUUAGCAAAAAUGCCUUCCCAAAUUGGUGGUCCCACUUGCAGGUGGUAAAUUUGGGAGAACCACUUCAGAGGUUGGGGGCAGGGGAGAGACAGUGAAAUGAUAUGCCAGCUUUACAGGUGGGUACUUACUUGGCAGAGCAAUGGCCCUCCCCACCCCUUAAAAAAUGGUUUGUAGUGGCAGCUGCCUCCCAUUGACCACCCUGAGAAUGAUGCUAUAUCAUUCCAUGGUCAAUAUGAGUGUUUGUGGGAGUCAGCUUGAUAGUUCAGUUGGUUAGAGCAUGGUGCUGAUAACGUCAAGGUUGCAGGUUCGAUUCUUGUAUGGGGCAGCUGCAUAUUCCUGAAUUGCAGGGAGUUGGACUAGGAGUUGGUCCCUUCAAACUCUAUAGUUCUAUGAUGCUAUCUCCUACCUGGUCCUCUUAAAGUAAGGAUACCAAGAAUUGAAGCAGGGACCUUCUAUAUGCAAAGAAUGGACUGUACAGCUGAUCUAUGGCUUCUUCCGUAGAAGAAGCUUCUUACAUCUUCAGAGCAAAGACAUGCUGAAAGAAAGAAAGAGAGAAAGAGAGAAAGAGAGAAAGAAAGAAAGAAAGAAAGAAAGAAAGAAAGAAAGAAAGAAAGAAAGAAAACCUCAUCCAGUAUUAGGGAAUCGGGAUGCAUUGAGCAUCAGAGUGGUGGCAUCACACUACAUAGUAUAUUUGCAUAGGAAUGGAUAACACCUUGUGCUCUCUGUUAUCCCAUAGCUGUGAGGGAAUGAGCUUUAUGUUUACCUGGCACCCUCACCAUUUGCAUUCUUUUGUUACUGCCCAAACUGGGUUUGUCACUUUCAGACAAAAGGGGAUGAGCUUUAGACACAGCAGGAGAAAGGAUAGUGAGGUGGGGGUAGAUGCACAUUCUAAUUUCUUUUCUGAAAGACCACAGUUGAAGAAUAUAAUUAUUUGCUCACUUGGCAACUUAUACACUGCAGGUACUCCUCUCAUUCAGACAAGUUUCUGCUAGUCUGCAUCCAUAUUUCCUUGUUCUGCUCUGCUCGUGAGAGACAGAGCUGUGGCAGGCUUGUCCUUUUUCCUAUAAAGUGGGUUACAGGCGUGUUUAUGGAUAAACUAUGGGGGGAUAAAACUGAAAGAUGGACAAAAGGCAGAGGGGAUAGAAAAAACCUUAAAUACUUCCAGUUGUUUCUCGAACUGAAUCCAUAGAUAUGGGGUGCUUCAGUGCUUUGUUUCCUCCAGGGGGUACUCAGGGGUAUGCAGUGCCGGCACCUCUUGUUGUUAAAAAGUGUGGCGCUUACUGUAACAACGUCAUGGUGAGUACCAGCACCCAUUUUUCAAGGAGGAAAAAGCACUAGGGUGCUGACACAUGGCAUGGCAGCUUACCAUGGAUAUCGUGCAGCUCAUGCAAACAAGAUUUUACAUGAUAUCAUAAAAUGCCAUCUCACCUCAUACAAACACACACACAGUUUAAUGCAAAUUUACAAUUUCUGGGUUGUUACUUUUAACUUGCUGGAUUGUCUGCAUUACUGGUAAAUCCAGAUUAAAUGGCAAAAUAAUAUGGGUCCACACUUUGUUGAGGAUGAUGUCGUGCAGGUGCCCAAGAUAUUUCAGCACCUGAGGUGAACCCCAAAAUGGGCUUCCUCUCCGCCAGGGAAGAAGGGAGUGAGGGAGGAACUACAUCAGGAACAAGGGGCGAGGAAGAAAGAUUGACAUCAGGAUAUCCUGCCGCCUGAGGUGAUCACCUUGCCUCAUGGGUGGGUCAGCCCUGACAAUCUUACAUGAAUAGGGAGCACUGAGUCCCCAAUAGCCUUGUGAAAGUGCCCUCAGUGCUGUGAGGCCCUAUCUUUCAUUCCCAGAUUUAAAGAGGUAAAUUCCUAGGUUCUAAAUAGCAUAUGGAGAAAAUGCAUUUAUCUGCGCGCGCUCUCUCUCUCUGUCUAAUUCCUUGUCUGAUGCUGUGUGGAGAUAAUCAGAGCCACAGCAAUUCAUGGUAUCGGAUAGCUGCAAUGCAGGCGUUAGUUUCCCUCCUAAAUCAUUGAAUUCCUUUUUUUGAAAAAAAUGUGUUUGUGAUGAAAGUUAUAAGAAAUCCCAUUUGGUUUUUUAAAAAUAGAGGUUGUUGUGUUGAAUUCUCCUGCUUUACUGUGCAGGUUGGAGGCAAAUAGUUGGAAGAUCCCAGUGGCUUAGAGCUAGUUUAUCUGUCCUAGGGCCCUUUAAAUUUCCAGAAAAGCAGCCAAGAAACAGAAACAAGGGGUCUUGUUUCAUAGAUAGAUUUUUGUCAUCCCUCAGCCCCCAGGAAUAGGUACAUGAUAGUAUACACUCACCAUACUAAAAAAAAAAAGUUGUUAAUCUGUGCCCCAUAAAACUCCAAGAGCACACAUGUUCAACCAGUUCUCAAAAAUAUUUGAUAAAGUACUUAAAAUAAAGAUUGGUUUUUAUGUUUAUUUUGUGAUUUUACAUAGGCCUAGUUCAGACACAGUGUGAAACUAUAGUUUAGUGCAGGGUUUCCCAAACUUGGGUCUCCAGUUGUUUUUUGGACUACAAUUCCCAUCAUCCCUAGCUAUCAGGACCAGUGGUCAGGGACAAUGGGAACUGCAGUCCACAAACAGCUGGAGACCCAAGUUUGAGAAACAGGUUUAGUGUUAUGUGCAUGAGCAGCAGAUUUAUACACUUGCUCACUCAUUCCUCCAUUCUCCUCCUCCAGUGUGGCCAUCAGGAGAAUACUGAAAUAAUCUGCUCCCCAUUUAAAACUAACUAUAGUUUCUUGUUAUGUCAGAAGUGAGAGAACCAUGGUUAGUUUAUACUGUUGUUUCAGGGCCAGCCCACCCAUGAGGCACAUACCUCAGGAGGCAAGACCCACAGGAGCAGCAAUGUAGAGCUUUAUUUCCACCCUGUUCCUGAUGUAGAACUUCACUCACCCCUUCUUCCCAGGCAAGGAGGGGGGCACCAUUUUGUGGUUCACCUCAGGUGCCAAAAUGUAUUGGGCCAGCCCUGUGUGGUUUGCUAACAAUCCAGCAUGGUUUGAUCCUGACCUAUUUGAACAAACCAUGACUUAUAUUGACCAUAGUGUGCACGAGUUCAGCUAUAACUAGGAGCAACACUCCUUAGUAACAGCAACCCAUUUUUCUUCGUGUAAUGAAAAACUGAAGCUGCUGCUGUCUCUCAGUUAUUAACCAUUAUUGUUUAGUGUUAUGUUCACUAACAGCAGUGAGCCUUGAGCUUGCGUUCUCCCUCCUCCCCUCUCUUCCUCCAGCACAGCCUUAAGGAGGAGAUCAGAAGUUUCCACUCUUAAGCUAAACAGUUUAAUGGUUAUUUAGGUGUGUUGUUUCCAGAACUCCUAGGCAGAAUGUAGUGUGGUAGUCUUAUAGCUAGUAAAAAGCUCCUGAAGUGAGUUAUAUCAUCGUGAUCUUCUAUCAGCCACCAGCUGCUGUAGGAGCCUGAAUCCUUUGAGCUGAGCUAUUGAAACACCGAUCUUAAAUUAUUUCAGGAAGUGAGUUCCUAAAAUCACACACAAACAGAGUCUUCUUUAAAGGUUUGGUACAUAGAGAUUGCCAGCAAUAUCUUUUAGAGCACUCUGAUUUUUGAGCUAAAAAAUGUCCGGUUGCAUUCAGAUGAUGCUGUGAUCCUUAGUAAUCUAGUAGCAACAGAAGCCCUGAGAUUUCAAAAUAAGUAUCUAUUUGGGACUGUUUAGAGAUAGAGGAUUUGACCCAUUCAGUGGGUUGUAUGAGACUAACCUUCACCUCUGCCUAUUUGGUAACUUAGUACUGAUGAGAACAGGCCUUUUCUGUGGUGGCUCCCCAUUUGUGGAAUGCUCUCCCCAGGGAGGCUCGCUUGGCACCUCCAUUACAUAUACAAUCAAACCUCGUUUUGCAGACGGGAUCCGUUCCGGAGACCUGUCCGCAAGCUGAAAAUGAUACACGUCAAAGUGCCGCAUCUGUGCACACGCGCAGCACAAUUUAGCAUGCACGAGCGGCAAACACAGAAGUAACCCAUUCUGGUACUUCCGGGUUUGCCACAGACAUUCACUGAAGCGGGCGCAAGCGGAGGCGGACGCAGAAUGAGGUUUGACUGUAUUUAGAUACAGUGGUACCUCGGGUUCCAUAUGCUUCAGGUUACAUACGUUUCAGGUUACAGACUCUGCUAACCCAGAAAUAGUACCUCGGGUUAAGAACUUUGCUUCAGGAUGAGAACAGAAAUCACACGGGAGGCCCCAUUAGCUAAAGCAGCGGGAGGCCCCAUUAGCUAAAGUGGUACCUCAGGUUAAGAACAGUUUCAGGUUAAGAACGGACCUCCGGAACGAAUUAAGUACGUAACCAGAGGUACCACUGCACCAGGCGAAAACACUCUUCUUCUCCUAGACCUUUGGCCAGUUAAACAAUCUAUGGCCUUUUAAACUAGGGACCAGUAUUUUUUUGUUUGUUAUUACGUCGUGCAUUUUUGUGUUUUCAUACUGUAAACAGCCCUGUUGUCCUUAAUUUGAUUUAUUAAUAAUGGAAUGAAGCUGCAGAAGCAGUAGCUUGUUCAUGAAAGUUGGGCUGAGCAGAGGUUGCGUGAGGAACCAAGCAGGGGCAGAGGAAGGGGGUGCGGUGGAUGCAGUCCGCCCCGGGUCACCACUGAGGGGGGUGACUAAAUGCCGGGCAGCACUCACCGCGGGGCCUGCAGCUCACCUGAGCCCCGCAUCUCUCUGUGCUGCCCAGACGGUCCACCCGCUGCCUCCACCCAGCUGUAGGGCGGCUGAGUGCAGGCAGACUCUGGAGGCCCCGCAGUGCCCUCUCCUCACCCCUGGACACGCCACCCUAGGCAUCCGAGUGGCUCUUCCGCCGCUGAGCAGGGGUGUUCACUUUUGCCCCUAUUUGAGUUCUGGAUGACAUCCCCAAUCACCUGGACAAGAGAGGGAAGCUUUGCUUAAGAUGCCAUGCAGUCCCAUGCAGUUUUGCACAGGUUGACCCAACCUGAUGCCUCUCUCUUGGGCAGAAGUGAUGCUCAGUAGAAGUUGGCUCCUGUGCCACUUCUGGCUGGGAAGAUGAGGAAGAAAAGGUUGUUGUGGUGAAAUCCUUGAAGCUGAAGAUAGACAUGAGUCUCAGUAAGAUCAGUUCUGUUCUUCAAGCAUGUGUGAUAAAGUAGUUUUCUAUUACAUAGCAUGUUUUUGUUAAUUGUACGCUAUAUCUGCAGUUGUAAGUCUUACAGAGGUAUUUUGAUGCAGAGGUGUGUGAAAUAAAUUAAUACUAAAAAUAAGAAAGAGAGUUCUUGUUUGUGUAAGGAUGCAAAACUAAUAUCUGUACUCAUGUGAAGAUGAACAGAUAACUUCAGGCUUUGAAGUGGCUCUGUACUGUUGAUGAAUUUAUAGAAGAAAGAAGGUGGAAUUGCUGGAAUAUGUUCCAGGGUAUUAGUUUAAAUCAAGGCAAUUUAAAUCACCAAGAGAAAAGACUAAUUUAAAUAACUGAUAUAAAUCAAGUUUCCCAUUACUACUUUUCUUAUUUCCUAGGCAGAAGCGCUCAAUAAUUUGUUGGUAGAAGCAUAAAAAACAUGAUCAUUUGCAACCAAAAAGAGCACUCAGAUUCCUAGAACUGUAACCCAAAAGCACACAUGGGGGACCUCUAGAUCAGGCUUCCUCAACCUCAGCCCUCCAGGUGUUUUGAGACUACAAUUCCCAUCAUCCCUCACCACUGGUCCUGCUAGCUAGGGAUCAUAGGAGUUGUAGGCCAAAAACAGCUGGAGGGCCGAGGUUGAGGAAGCCUCCUCUAGAUGUUGUUGACAACUCCCAUCAGCUCCAGCCAGCUUGGUUAAUAGACAGGGGUAAUGGGACUUGUGGUCCAGCAACAUCUGGAGGGCCAGAGGUUCCCCAUCCCUGCUUCAAACAUUUGCUCAAGCAAUCCGUGUUGUUGUUGUUUUGCACAGCAUUAUUCUAUGUUCUUUAUCCAGCCACCCUUAAAUUCUUCACAAAUCAAUGGUGGUCAUGGGGGGACAAAACAAUUGGGCCCAAUCCCUUCAUAAGGUGCAGGUUGAUGCAGUGGUCAGGCCUGGAUCCAGCAGAUUCUGGGCCAACUCAGUCAUGCUGCCUUCAUGCUCUCAAGGUGCCUCAUUUUGGGACCUUCCACUGACAGAGAAUUUGCCACCUGCCCACAACUUCAGCAGCUGGCAAGAGGCUGACUCAGUCAGCAGAACUGAACAAAGACACCUCUGCUCAAGCAUCUGACAUCCCCCAUCCAUCAUAGGGUUGGAUUUAUCUGCCCAUCAGAAAUAAUUUAAGUCCCAUUGAGUUAAGCAUGACUACCUUCCAUUGGAUUAGGAGAAAAGAAGAUUUUAAACAGAUAAAAUGACACUUAUUUGUUUUUUAUGUGUGUACAUGCAAGGACACUAAAUGAGACCUCUUAGUUGAAGAAUGCACCCAGAGUGUUACAGAAUCAACUAAGAAGGGCUAGUAGUUACUAGGCAUAUUGAAAUUGUCCCUAAGAUGGGAAGUGUAUGUCUGUGUUGCUUCUACAAACGUUUAUAUCAGGAGAACUGAGCAAAUUACAGAGCUCUGAAGCUUUAAGAAUAUAAGAUUUAAACUGAGGUAACCGGACAGGCUGGAAAAGAGCCUGGUAAAGUACAAAAUGAUGUCUUAUAGAGAAAAGAAGUGGUUCCCAACAUCUGUAACGAUCGUAGUCUAUGUAGAAUCAAAUCCAUGUUCAUAAACACACCAGACGAUAUGGCAAGUCAUGGACAGUAUUUAUAACACUUGAUCUCAAACGGCACACAGUUCAUUCUUUACCUUAAAGAACUGGCAAAGCCAUUGAUCCAGAUUUAAGAGAAUAUAAACAACAGCUUGCAUUUUAAAUGUUUGCAUUAUAUUCAAACUUUAUUUUAAACUCUUAUUAUUAAACUAUAUGUGAAAUUUAGAAAACACUAAAAAUCUAUACAUUCAUUUUUUAAUUUCCAUUUUCAUAUUUAAAAAUCGUUCAUUUCCACUCACCUUUUAGUGUCUCAUCAAAUUUAAGAAGCAAAAAGGUGGGGAAAUAUAAUGUGGGGAAAUAUUGCAUAGUAAUCCAUGUUAACCAGGGCAAGUGACUCACAUGAAUAGGGAUUAUUUUCCUUUGUAUGGUGCAGAAGAGAACAAGUUGUUUCUGAUUCUUGAUGUACUACUUAUACAGUCCAACAGGUUUGCCUGUCCCUGUUUCAAGCAACUGUUUACAAAAGAGAUUAAACGGAGAAUACACCUGGAACUUGCCUGCACCACUAACCAUGUUAGUUAUAUGUUUUGCCCAUAGCAUCUCUCCAAAACACAGCGAAUACUGGGUUAAACGCUUGUCAGUUUCUUUUCAGCUAAAUAGACCACAAUUAUUAGUACCUGACAAGCUACAUAGUUUCUCUGAGAAGCAAGCAGCAACUAACCACCAACAAAUUAUGCCAGUUACUCAUCAUGGCAUGUUUAAUUUUAUUUAGCAAUCCAAGAUCGGUUUAAAAACACAGCACUAACCUUCUGGCAGACAGGUACUAUUUUGCUAUUCAAACAUGCUGUAAUCCACCCUGCUUUCUGACAUAUUUAAAGAGUAUUAAUUGUUAAUGCUGAGCCUUCUUGAAUUCUGUUCUGGAAGCAGGCUGCAUUCGGUCCUCCAGUUUGGGAAAGAACAUCAGUUUGCUCCCACAGGAGUACUGAUCUUAGCCUCGGGAGACUCUGCCAGCCGUAUUGUUUGUGUGAGUUUCUCCUGGUUGCCGCUUGCUGUUGGAGACGAGGAUUUUCAUCACAGCCUGUGUUGCAUUGUAGUGUUGCCUUUUUAAUUUUAACUACCAACUGCCUGGUGUUACCGCUGCGGAUUAUUAUCUGGAAAUCUCUGGAGGAGCACUGCUGGGUCUUCAAACAGCUCUACAGACGAUAGUGUUUCUUUCUGCCUUUCCUCUUUACUGGUGCCAGCUACUUCUGAUGGUUCAGGUACUUUGCAUUACUGCAGUAUUUUGUGAUUAACAGCUGUGGUAAUUAGCAGACUGAUUAUUUAUUUAUUUAUUUAUUUAUAAAACCCUAAAAGACACCAUGGUACAUUUAAAAAGCUACCUGCUGAUAAGAGAAUUUGCUGCAUAGGUGCAGAAGGAUGUGUGCAUCACCUGUGUACUUAACGAUAUUACAUGCUAACAGAAGCAAUAGCAAAUGGUGAAAAUAAUACUGUGGUACAUCUUGGAGCAGGAAUUGGAUAUUAUUAGUUAAGAAAUGUCUUGGGCAUUUGCAUGUGUAAAUUUAAUAACUUGCCUUAGGGCAUUUAAUGUGUACAGUGAUUUUGUAAGCGUCUGGCUUCAAUAGAAUCUGUUGCUCUGAAGAGCGAUAUUAAAUUUCCGGGUGAAUUGUUUGAAGGUGUAGCUGUUCUCGUGCGGUUGGAAUAGAAACGGGAAGGGUUUCAUUCCAUGUGCAAGAAGUUUUAUUACAAUUAGUGAUUUAGCCCUUGUUACCUGACUACAUGUUGUUAAUAAAAUAUAUUUAAUAAAAUAUAUGUAAUCCUGUUUUGGGGAUCCGCCAGCUGCGGGGCUUUGUGAUUUGGCCAAUGCCUUGCUACACCAGCAGAGCAUAGGGUACACCAUCACUGUGACAGGUGUGCUGGCAAAGCACUUUGGAUACACCAGUGGAACUCUCCGCUACUAGAGGUGUUCCACCAGUGAAGAUAUGCUGGCAUAAUGGCUUAAAUUGGGCAUAAUGGUGGGCUGGAUGUGGGUGGCACAUGGGAAGAGCCAUUUUAAAAGAACUGUACCAUUAAAAAAAAAAGUAGCCACCAUGUCAGUUUACCAUCCCAGCCACAUCACUCUGACAGAGCUGAGCAUUGGAUACCGUGGCCAUUCCACCAGUGUUAUGGCAGCAUAUUUACAGUUCCGGGGUAAUAUGGGUAUAGAAUUGCUUAGCCCAUAACAAAAGCAAAACAGAAUUAUCCAAAUGGUCCUGAAUGAACACAUUUUAGCUGUGAAAUCCCCUUUUAUCUGCCAUUUGGAAGCUAAUUAGUCUCAGUCAUAAACUGGCUGAACACGUGGUGUUAUGCAAAACAGCCUCAUGUGCCUGUGUUCUAGUUCGGUGCAAAUGUGUAUGGAAGUGAUUUGCAUCGGCUUCGUUGAUUGCCUGGUUUGUGUGAUUUAAGCAGGUGGGGGGGGGACCUUCUCCUGCUGCACUUCAGGUGCACAGUUUUCCUAGCGCAAGGCAGAAUCCAGACAAAAUUAAGCACUAGUAGUUGACCCAUGUGGGUGAGGUAUGUGCUUAAACUUGCCCAAUUAAAAUCAUUAAGAUUAUUAUUUUUAAUGCUUUACUUUGGCUCCAUCAUACCCACAGUGAUCAUUUCUGUGUGAGAAAAAAUGUAGUAUGUGAUGCAGCUCAUAAACAAAGCCACUUACCCAUGGGGGCUGGUUAUUUCCAUAGCCCGUGUUCUCUGAUAACUAUCUGAAGGACCAUAUCUCUUUACAUGAGACUGCCUGAGCUUUGAGAUCUUUUGGGGAGGCAUUUCUCUCUGCCCCUCCACGUUUGAAGGCACAUCUGGUAAGGACAGAAAAGAGGGCCUUCUCGGUGGCUGCUCCAAGAUAGCAGAACUCGCUUCCACAGGAUGCUAGGCUAGCUCUCUGUUUGCUUUCCUUUUUUGCCAGCAGCAAAUUCUUUUUUGUUCUUACAGACUUUUUUGGCCACUAACUGGCCGUUGUGAAAGAGUCUUUUAAGUAUUGUAUUGUGUGUCUGUGCUUUCGAAUAGUGGGGUUACUUACUUGAUUAUUUUUUAAAAAAAAUACUUAUAUUUAUUGUGUGUUUUAGUUGUAUCUAUUUUAAUUUCUGCUGGGAGAAAGGCAGGAUAAAAUUUAAAUAAAUAUGUUAUGUAUUUCGUUUAAGGUAAGAGUGGGGGACCUGAACUCAAACUCCCAUCAGCUUGCAGGCAGCAUGGCUAAUUUUUGGAGUCUCAGAUUCCCCUUAUUCCUGGUUUAAGAUAUCACUCCUCAAAUUUGCCACGGGGUGUUAGAAAGGGAUUCACUCAAUGCACCUGUGAGCAAUACCAGAACAUCUGCUGUUUUCCAUGGAGAACCAUGGGACUGCUAGUCUCAGGCCAAUGAGUACCUGUGGCUAUUUAGAAAGACAGCUGUUCAAUUAGGAAAGACAGGCCAUUACUAUGGAAAGUUCAGGGGAAGGGUGAGCUGUAAGCAUCUAAAUGAUCUCAGGAAAUUUGGAGAUAUUGUCAGAAGACCACCUGAUAAAACCUCCUGGCACACCUGGUUUAAUGCAUUCCAGUGGUUUUAAUCAUAUGGAGACAGUGCUGUAUAAGCAACAAUUUGGAGUUGUCCCUGAAAGACAACUAUUUUGAUGGUACCUAAUAAAUCCAUUGGUUUAUUAUGGCCAUUUGGAAGGAACCAAUUGUCUACAAUGGGUUUUUGGUGUAAUUUGUGUUUCAGCCCAGUGUUUUAUGGUGUUUCUUUGCUCAGUUUCGCUUUUCAUUCUUGUGUUGGUAGUUUUACAUUUGUUGAGGUGGAAGCCAAAAGAGGCUGCCUGCUCUGGGUCCAAUAAAGUUCCUGUUGUCUUAUGGUGAGAUGGAUUUAUGGAAGUAUAAUCUAACAUAAGAACAUGCAAUGAUUGUGAUUAAUAGAGCAGUUGGGAAGGGAAUGAGGAAGACCUGAGUUGGGUAAACAGCCUUUUACAGUGCCAUGCCAGGCUUGCACUGGGAUGGCAAAAGUGAAGCCAAAACAGCUUUUCCUUUACUUUUUCCCUUUUCAGUUUGUUACCGCCCUCCAAAAAAAACAUCCCAUCCAUCAUUUCCAGUGAAAGGAAAUGCCUGCAUCAGCUCCAGGGUUGGAAUGUGUAGGGUUUAAAGAUAGGCUUUGGGAUGGGGAAGUUUCUGCAGCAGUAAAAAUAGACCUUUUGGGGAGUCAGAUCACCCUCUCCAAGGGCUGGCUGUCUCCCCACCCAGCCUUUCUCAACCUGUGGGUCCCUAGAUGUUGUUGAACUACAAUUCCCAUCACCCCUAGCUAGCAAGGCCAGAGCUCAGGGAUGAUGGGAGUUGUAGUCCAACAACAUCUGGGGACCCACAGGUUGAGAACCGCUGCCAGAAGACCCAAAACAUCUCAGUGUCUUCCCAUGGACCAUAGAUUGCAGCCAGAGAAAGUAAGCUAGAAAUCAAUUUUCAAACCACAACCACAAACUGUGCAUUAAAAAUCAUGUAAGAAAGAUGAAAAUCAAUUAACCAUGGUGGAAAGAUUAAUUGCCUGCAUAGAUAGGCUUGGCGGAACAGAAAAGUUUUCAUUUAAAAGUUGAAAUAGUUGAAUUACUAUCAAUGUUAUACCUCUCACUAAUGCAAAACAAGUCUUAAAAGUCAUUGUCUGAAUAAUCUUUAGAAUUGCAUCACUUGUUGAUUCUAUAAUAGAGGACAUAGGGGAAUACGAGUCAUUUUUUCCUGGUAUGAUAAAAGUCUAAAGAUGCCUGCUUUGAACAAACACUCUUACCAAAGAUGAGUUUCCCAAUUUAUUUUUUGUGCAAGAGAAAAUGAGAACACUUUUGCAUUUCCUCUAGGAUCAAGAGUGGAGCAAUUUAUCUCCAAGGAAAGAUUAAAGCAUUUAGAGUUUUUUUAGCUUUGGAAGAAAAAAAAGACUUACCAUGGCUUAUAAAAUUAAGGUUGGUUUAGAGAGGAUGGAUAGAAAGGUCUCUCUCUUUCUCUCGUGAAAUGAAACUCAGGCUCACCCACUGAAAUUGGUUGGCACUAGAUUCAGACAAAAGAAAGAACUGUUUCACACAACUCAAAUUAGCUUAUAGACUUCACUACCACCAGGCAAGGUUAUGUGGUCUUUUACAUUAAUCCCACCUUUGUUUUUAUUGGUUCCGCCCACCCCUCAGUUUGAAAAACAGCCUUUCACAUUCCACAGGGGUUUUUUUGCCAGACAGUUCUCAUCUUAAAUUUCAGGCUUCCAGGUCAGUUUAGCAAGACUGGUUUGGCAACAAAUGCAAGCUAAAGAGGUCCUACGUGUAUUAAGCAUAAAAAUUCUCCUCUUCCUUCUCUCUUUUAAAAGGUGGUUUUAAUUUUCUCUUUUCCAAGAGAGCAAAGAAACCGAAGUCCCUUUGCAGUGGUCAGCAUUUGGCAUUCUACAAUAUUUGUCCAUUUUACGAACUGCUUCCCAUAGUCACUUAUAAUUGUUCAUUUGUUUCUGUUCGAUUUGGAAUGCUGUUCGCUCCUCUUAAGAGCAAAGAUUUUUUUCCGGGAACGGGUCUAACUUUCAGCUUUUCAUUUUCUUUGCUGCACUUCGUGUGAAACUGUAACUUGGAUAUUUUAUUUUAUUUUUUAUCUGCUCUCUUCAGAUGGAUCCGGUGCAAAAAGCAGUCAUAAACCACACAUUUGGUGUGUCGCUCCCCACAAAGAAGAAACAAGUCAUUUCUUGUAAUGUCUGUCAACUUCGCUUUAACUCUGACGUGAGUAUCAUCAGCUCUGUGUGUCUUCUUUCAUACUGCUGCUUCCAUGUGCUUGGAAUAAUUUUUUUAACAUGUUCAUCAUACCAGUAUGUGGGGGGGGGGGGGCGGGAUCUGACCGCUCUGAAGUGGAUCUUUGAAUUUAUUCAACUGCUUGAUGUGAUGCCUUCUAGUAUCUGCUAGUUGUUAGAUUUAUCAGAUUGCAUGGGCAGGUUAACGUUUCAUGUUUAAUAAGCAGGGACGCGCAAAGGCAGUGUGCAUUUUCCCUGCUAUUUUCAUCCUAUACGACGAGCCUGUAGCCAAAACUGUUUUGGUGAGGGGCAGGGGAAUCAUUGCAGAGCAGAUAGAACAUAAAUACAGGUAGACUUGAAAGUUUAAUGUCAUUCUGCUGUAUUAAAUAUUGAUAAAAUAUACUUUUAUGAACUUUAAAAAUAAGGGCUUGCCAGUUUCCCUACCGCCUCUGUAUUCCUCGGUGAGCGAGACUGGAAGGUGGGAGCAGACCGGUUUGCCUUUUAAGUGAGUGAUUAGGCAAUAUUCUGCCCACAUGCUUUCCUUCAUAGGUUAGGAAAGGAUAUUUUGUUUACAGGAACCUAUAGCUUCAGGGAAGAAGUCUGGCAUGUCUCUAAGAAGGCUAGUCCCUUACAGUGCGCAUGCACAGCCCUUCCUACAACUCGUAUCGGCUAACAUCCCUUUUCAACUAACCUCAAAGGAAGGUAAACUAUCUAAAAGUGGGUUAGUGAGCAUUGGGUGGGGAUGUGGUUACAGGGGCGAACGAAGGCCUCGUGACACGCGGGGCAGGGCGUCGCUACGUAGGGCGCCGUUUGUAGCAACACCGCACAUGCGCUAUACAUAGCGGUUUGGCGGCGGUGGCACUCCAGCGCCGGACGGACGGUGCCGGGAGCCUCUGCUCGUGGCUGCAGCUGCAAAUGGAGGUUCCUCUAUAUGCGGCUGUAGCGGCGAUGGAGGGAUCCCACCGCCAUCCGUACAGCGCUCAAGCAGUGCCAGUGGCAAACCGCUAUAUACAGUGCAAGUGCAGCAUCGUUACGUACAGCACAUGCGUGUGACGCUGCACAUGCACUGUCCAUAGCAGUUUGCUGCCGACACCAGGCUCCUCUGCUCAGAGCUGAAGCCGUGAACGGAGGAUUCUCCACAUGCGGCUGUGGCGGCGCAAUGGCUGCUCACACCGCUGCGAGCCCCCAUGGGGUGCCUUCUUGUCACCCCCCCCCCCGAGACAUGGCAUUGCCCUCCUAUUGUGACACCACUGUGGUUGUGGGGGGUGUUCCUGUUCUGCGUUCUAGGCCAGCCACACCUAGAGCCAGUGUGGUGUAGUGGUUAAGAGCGGUGGACUCGUAAUCUGGUGAACCUGGUUCAUGUCUCCGCUCCUCCACAUGCAGCUGCUGGGUGACCUUGUUGUUGUUUUUUAAAUGAUAUUUAUUAAAGUUUCAAAAAAAGGUUACAUAGACAAGAAAAAAAAAGAAAAAAAUUAGAAAAAAUAAAAAAUACAAGAAAAAUAAGAGACACUUAAAAACAAAUCAAUCUUUCCAUGCCUUACAUUUCAUUUCCUUGUUUCCCUGACCUCUUCACACCUCCCUUUUUUGUAUUCCAAUUCAGUUAGUUAAUUCAGCAAUUUCUUUCCCUCUUUGUUUUUAUCUUAAUCCUUUAACUUAAUAUAUUAUAACUUUGGAUUCUCACCUGUUAACAAUCCAUUUUUACAUACACCUUUAUAACAUUGCUGCUAAAACCACUUAACUUCAUUCUGACAUCAUUCUAACAUUCAUUAAUUUUGCAAUAUUUCUGUAAAUAGUCUUCUUUCUUCCAAUCUUCUUCCACCGACUCUUCUCCCUGGUCUUGGAUUCUGCCAGUCAUUUCCGCCAGUUCCAUGUAGUCCACAGCUGCUGGGUGACCUUGGGCUAGUUACACUUCUCUGAAGUCUCUCAGCUCAUAGAGUUUUUGUUGUGGGGGAGGAAGGGAAAGGAGAAUGUUAGCCGCUUUGAGACUCCUUCAGGUAGUGAUAAAGCGGGAUAUCAAAUCCAAACUACUUCUUCUUCUUCUUCUUCUUCUUCUUCUUCUUCUUCUUCUUCUUCUUCUUCUUCUUCCAGAAUGCUCUGUUUCAUUUGCCCUCCCUCCUGGUGUUCUGUUCUCCCCCGAGUCGCAUGCCUUUGGCUGCGUAAGGGCAGACCAUUGGGCCAGGGAACAACCCCUAGUGGUGCAGCAGUAAAACUGCUAGCACAUUUGUAAAAGCUAAGCAGGGCCCGGUAUGGUUUCCAAUUGGAUGGGAAACCGCAUGUUGAGAUACCUGCACUGCAGGGGGUUGGACUAGAGGAGCCUUGUGGUCCCUUCCAACUUUACAAUUCUCUGAUUCUUAUGAGUUUGCUGUUAGUACGUUGAAUAUUUGUUCUGAAUAGGGACAGAUGCACAUAUGUGCUGGUGUGCUGCCAUGCCUUUGGUAUUUUACUUGACUGUUGGAAAUAAUAAUGAAAAUAAUAAUAAUGGAAAUAAUUGAUGAUGAUGGAAAUAACAAUAAUAAUACAGACUUGGGCUUAAUAUGAGCAGGGCUGGACAAACGCUGGAGACAUUUGAGAGCCUGUGAGUGUCUGUGGAAUAGUUUACCCCUCACCAGUGGAUAACCUAAGCAGGCAUCACGCAUCUGGGAUUAGGGAGCAGAGCCUCCUGGCUAGAAGACAUGGAUUUUAGGCAGAGCUAAAACUUGAAGGCAGUGCUUCUGUUUUAAGGACUUCUAGGUUUGUCCUCAGUUUUUUGAACAGUUUUUUGUGUUUAUAUAGGAGGCUCAAAACAUUUCACUAGAACAACUCAAAACAAUCCAAAAGAAUUAGGGGGCAGAGAUAAUUACAAUCCCUUUUCAACAGACAUCAUUAGUUUUCUUUGUGAUGAAUUAUAACCUUAUUUUCUUUGUUCGUAUAAAUACAACCUGGGCAGUGUGAUCCUAUGCAUAAAAUCAGAAGUAAAUGUCAGAUUGUGUUCAGUGUGUCUUGAAAUUGUAUGUAAGAUUGCAGCUUCAAAGUACUCUACCAAAUAAUUUCAGUCAAUAUGCAUGUAAUGCACGCACACGCACACAUCGUGGUGACUUCAGUUUCUGUGAAGGUUCUGUGUAAGAGAACCCAGAUCAAACAAUCGAUCCUCCUCAAAUAGUCCUCCUUUCAAAAAGCACAUGAAAUGAAUGCCAAUUAUAAGUUUACAUCUGAUUAACAUUUCCCUUCAGUAGUUAACCUCAAGGCAACUAAUUAUCAUGUGCAACACAUUUAAAACAUUAUUACGCAUAUUACUGAAGAUUGCUGUUGAUGCUGCUUUGCUGUCAUUAUAGCACAGGCAUGACAUAUAACAUAAAGAGCAAGCGUGUGACAUUUUGAAAUCAAAGGGCUUGCAACGUUCGCUUUAGCUUAUUUAUUUGUUAGCUUAGUUUCCAAUCUUCCGUCCAGUUUGCAGAAAGUAGUUUGAGCCUCACAACAACCCUGCAGAGUAAGUGGGGUUUAAGAGAGGGUGACUUUCCAGUCUGCUUGUGAGCGUCAGACCUCAGCAGGAAUUUCAACAUGUCCAUGCCUGAGCCUCACAUCGUUGCUCAAGGCUAGCAGCCAAUGUGCAGCAGACUAUAUAGUGCACUCCACCAGGUGUUUGUUGGACUACAGCUCCCAAUAUCCUUGACCAUUGGCCAUGCUGGCUGGAGCCGAUAAGAGUCCACAACAAGGGGCAUCUUGGAAUCGUAGAGUUGGCAGGGACCCCAGGGGUUAUUUAGUCCAACCUGCUGCAAUGCACACUGGUUAUUUCUCUUCUAGCCGUUUAUACACACUGGCUGCUUCUUAUAACUGCCUUUCCAAACACUUCAGCAAGAACAGCCGCUACGUCAUGUUAAAGUCCCGAAUUCUUUACAAUGCUGUUCAGGAACUGCAUGUGGCUUUUCUCUCAUUUACCUUCUUUGCUGCCGCGGGGCUGGCUCAACAAUUCACCUCGAAGAAAGCAUGCUAAAGAUGUGGUUUAUCACGUUUGGCAGCUCUGUUCUCUGAGGCCAUUUAAUAGUCUUCCCACUCCAAGCCAAGUUCAGAACCAGCUCAGGCUAUAUUAAUCUCCUCUGCCUUUCUUCUAAUUGUGUCCUUUAAACUCCCUGCCCACCACUCCCACUGGUAGUUUCUUGUUAAUCUAUUUAUUAUAACUGUCUUUAACUUUUGGCUUUUGGAAAAGAGAGCAGAAAACACCAACCCCCAAUUUUUGGUUCUUCAACGAAGCGUGAUACUUCUUUCCUUGCCGAUAAGUGACGUAUCUACCAGCUUCAUGCUCUUUGUAUGAUCCAGGACUUUCCCAGUUCAAAUCAUGGCUCUGCCAUGAAUGCAUUAGAUUUUAAGUAAGGCAUUCUCUCUUUGAGUCUCUCAUUGCUCAGUAUUAUUUCUGCAAGCACCAGGACACAAUUCCCUUUGCAUCCUUAUUCUCUCCUUUUCACCUGUGAGGUCAAGGACUCCCUCUUCUGGACUUCUGUCACACUGCACCAUGAUAAACCACUUUGUGCAUGCUGAGAUGCAUGACUUUUUACUGAGUGAGUUUUGGUGCUGAUAACUUUAUAAUACUGCUUGUAACUCGAAUGGCUUGUGAUAAGACGAUAUGUGGGUUCAUGUCUCUAAUGAACCCACCUUUAUGAUGGCUUCAACUGUACCUGACUACCUGACUUGCAAGUUUUCCCCUCUUGGAAUUCUCUAAAUACCUGCCCACCUUUCUGGGUUUUCUUUUUUGAAUCAAAACACUCCCAUUUACUCAUCCACUGAUGCAGAUUUAUGGAACUCUUAGAGAAGAUGGAAAUGGAAAUCAUUCAGCCUUAACUCGCUAUUCCAAAAGAGCUCUUAAUUCACUCAGCUGCUAACCUCUUUGUUUCUUUGAGACUUUGUGAGCAGUUUCCUCUAGAAAGAUCAGUGCACAAAGAUUAGGGGCAAUUGUCAGUAAUUUCAGCCAUGCUGUCAUGUCUUUGGGGGGGGGGCGGAGUGUGGAAAUAACACUAUUAUUAAUAUAUUAAGAGGUGUGAGAGGGCUGUCCCUACCAUUAGGGAGAGUAAUAGAUUGUGGGUGUCACGAAAGGCAGCAUACUAUUUAGUGAUUUAAUUAAUUAUUGCUGCAUUUUUACUACUGUAGAGAGAUGCUUGUGGGAUUUUCCACAUCGGUUGCCAGAAAAAAUGCUUAGCACCAUGCGCCUUGACUUGGAGAAAGGGGUGCCAUUUGCUACUCCACCUGAAACGGCAAAUUCUGUUUGGCCAGCCCAGACGAUACCAUGUACAAUGGAAGUUCAGGAAAGGAGAAGACUUUGUCGUUUAGUCAUGUCCGACACUUCGUGACCCCAUGGACCAGAGUACGCCAGGCACUCCUAUCUUCCACUGCCUCCCGCAGUUUGAUCAGACUAAUGUUGGUAGCUUCAAGAACACUGUCCAACCAUCUCGUCCUCUGUCAUCCCCUUCUCCUUGAGGAUAAGACUGGAUAUGCUUAUUCAUGUCCCAAGAGUGUGUGAUACUGGGAAGAAUUAUGCUGUAUAAGCAAUUGUAGGCACAGAGGUUGCUACUUCUCAAAUAGCCAUUUACAGAAUGGCUUUCAACAAAAGAUCCAAAACCCUUUAGGAUAAAACAAACAUCAAGGUGAAAAGUCCUCCUUUUUCUUACUUUCACAUACAAUUCUUUCAACCGCAUACACAUAAACAUAAAAUCAGGCCAUGAGGUUUCACUUAUAACCUAGGCACACAAACCCUACUUGCUAGUACAUCUGCUUGUGGAGACUUCCAGGAAUGGAACCAGGAAUUUUGCUAUUUGCCAUAUGCACACAUGAAAGUUCAGAUUUUAGAACUAGUUAAAAGUUACACAGGUGUUCAUUUUUUUAAAAAAAAAAUGCAAUUUGCACUGAUCGUUAAUACUUCAAUAAAUGCCUGUAUAUUGGUUUUGUGUAUUCUCUCUCAAGCAUACCUUAUUUUAGUAUGCCGCUUUGAAAAGUAAACGUUCCCGUUCUUAUUUGUAUCACUUACAGCUGAUUGAAUUGAUUUGGUGUCGGUUACCCUUAAACCAAGUCUUUCGAACGUGGAUAAACAAAUGCAGGGAUAUCCUUCGGCCUGCUCAAGUUUCUGUUUCUUUGCAUAUCGCAGAUCUGCAGUUCUAAAACUACAGUGGCACCAAGUGCUCAAGGCUGCUUGUUUCUACGGUGCAGUUGUGCCACUAGAGUCCAUUGUGGUCUGGAUUAAGGAUAUAAAUCUGUGCUUUGUCAAGAAAGGAUCACAUGUAAACAUGUAGACACUGUGAGGUACUGGAGAAAUGCAUGGGAUAAGCUUGUCUGCUUCAGACUGAAGGUGAGGGCCCACAUUAUGGAGUGCUCUUACACACGGGGGGGGGGGGGGACAAAAGCAUAGAAAACUAGUUUUAACUAGCAAACACUGCUACCCUUGCUUGCAUGCUCCCCAAAGAUUGCCAAACGAAGCCUCCUUUUUGUGGAGUAUGAAAACGAUACUUCCUUUCAGCUCUGCUGUUGGAGGCACAAGAACCUUUCCAUUAAAAUGUGGCCACAGCCCAUCAUGUUUCUGGGAUUCCUUCACUUAGCUUCAGGCUCUACAGCCCCAGUGCCUCUGUCUUUCUAUUCAGUUGCCCUGACAACAUUUCUUCUUCUUUUUCUUUGGCGAUCACUCUUAGCCAAGUAAGAUUGUCUUCCAUGAACACAGUCUUAACAGUGAGUCCAUAAGUGACUGUGGAGGCCAAUUCUGAGUUGACGCGUCUUUCCACAGUGGAGACAUAGGUUUCCAGGCGGGAGUUGAUCACGGUGAGGGUUUGCCAAACGUGCCUUCCUCUUAGCACGUUUCUCCUUUUCACCCUGAGUUCAUGCUUCUUGAAAGUCCAUGACAGCUUUGGUGAAGGAUGUUCUCCAGUUGGAGCGCUCGUAGGCCAGUUUUUACCAGUUAUCAGUGCUUAUGCAUUUUUUUAAAGAUUUCUUUGAGAGUGUCUUUAAACCACUUUCGUUGUCCACUGGUAUUUUGCUUUCCAUUCUUAAGUUGGGAAUAGAGUAGUUGCUUUGGAAGAUGAUAAUCAGGCAUCCGAACAACAUAACCAGUCCAACGAAGUUGGUGUUGAAGAGUCAUUGCUUCAACACUGGUGAUCUUUGCUUCUUCCAGUACACUGGCAUUAUUUCACCUAUCUACCCAAGUGAAGUGUAAUUUUUUUUGGAGAAACCGUUGAUGGAAUCUUUUGAGGAGUUGGAGGUGGCGUUUAUAAGUGAUCCAUGUUUCACAUGCAUACAGUAAAGUUGGUAGUACAAUAGCUUUGUAAUCAAGUAUUUUGGUUUCCCUGCAAAUGUCCCGGUCCUCAAACACUCUGUGCGUCAAUCGGCAGAAAGCUGCGCUCACAGAGCUCAGGCGAUGCUGGAUUUUGGCAUCAAUGUUGGCCCUUAUGGAAAUAUAACUGCCCAGGUAGGAAAAGUGAUCAAUAUUUUCCAACAUUACACCAUUAAGUUGGAUUUGUGGCGCUGUAUAGGGGUUGUUUUGUGCUUGUUGGUGCAGCACUUUGGCUUUUUGGAUAUUGAGCGAUAAGCCAUGCUUUGUCGAGUCCUUUAUCUGCUAAGCUGCUAUGAAUGUUUGCGAAGACUUCUUGACAUCACUGCAGUAAGCCAUUGGUUCAAAGAGGCUUGUAUUAAUACUCAGGGAGCAAGGCCAAAAUUUAACCCUUUGUAUAAGUGGAUUUGAGAAGGAGUCCCUUUUUUGGAGAGCAUUACAAUCAAACCUCAACUCCUGAACAGCUCCAUUUUCAAACGAUUCGGCUCCCAAACACCGAAAACCCGGAAGUAAAUGCUCCAGUUUUUGAAGGUUUUUCGGAAGCCAAACGUCUGACGUGGCUUCUGCUUGAGUGCAGGAAGCUCUUACAACCAAUCGGAAGCCGCACCUUGGUUGUCAAACCUUUUGGAAGCCAAACCGGCUUCCGGAACGGAUUACGUUCAACAACCGAGGUUUGACUGUAUUUAUUUGCUUGCUACAUUAAUAUCCUACCAUUCCUCCAAGGAGCUCAAGGUGGCAUACAUGGUUCUCUCCCUUCCCAUUUUAUCCUCAUCACAACCCUCAUAAGAAAGGUUAGACUGAGAGACAGCAACAUCCCCUAGAUCAAUGGCUGAGUGAGGAUUUGAACCCUCAUCUCCCAGAUCCUAGUUUUGACACUGAAACCACUUUGUGUGGUGUUCUCUCAGAUACACCACUGGAGACAAGAGGUCAGUUUCCUUCAACAUCAUGUUGUUUCAUUUACUUAACUCUUGGUGGGAUAGUUUUGACCUGGAUUUUUUUCAGCUGAAGCUCACCGGAGCUCAGUUCCAGCCCUUCUCAUGUAGGCGCCAUUGCCAUUAUAAGAGAACAAGGGAGAAGUUCGUGGUGAGCUCAUCUCUUUUUCUAGAAAAAUAGCACUGGUCUUGUUCUGUAUUAGCUGCCUCACAUUCAACUCUCACCUGUAGUCUGCACCUUCUGACUUGAACCUUCCAUAGAGCUUCCGUUCAAAACAUAGCAAGCCUCUUAAACAUCACACUAGCUUUCACACCAAGUUUGCCUUUUGCUUCUCUCCAGUUUUGGGAUAAUUAUGACAUUUGUAUUCAUAGAUAACAGCCAAUUAAUUAAACAGUGUAUUUGGUCUUUUGGUGUUUCAAUUGACUUUUUUUCCCUAAACAGUGGCAGCAACAUCAAAGCCUUUUUUCUAUCCUUUUCCCUUUCUGUGUUAAGUAACAGAGCGGGUCAACAGUAACAGAGCACGGAGAAAAGAAUCCCAAAUAGCUCAGUUUCAAGAGUGUACAGCUUUACCACCAUCUGCCAUGUGACAGCUAUCCUCUACGGCAGCUGUUCCGUCUUAGGCAGAAUGUCCCUGAAACAGCUCUAUAAUGUCAAGUAUCUAAAAUACAGCUUUUCCAAUCUGCAAAUCCUGCUGUGGAUCUCUAUGCAUACAUCCACCAAGUUGAUAGCUGGCAUUGUUGGCACGGAAAAUGAAGACAGGGAGGCCGUGAUUCACUGCCCCUUCCUGCCCACUCCUAAACACUUGAGGGGUAAACUGAAAGCCUACACCACCCCACUAUCUGUUAGUAAAUGCACAAGAUCCAGGAAAUGGAACUAUGCUGAAAUACUUAAGUGGUACGUCUGGCCAGAUCCAGGUAGCUUAUUAUUGUUAUUGUUUCAACAUCUAUGGACCUGGAGUUUUACAAAGGUCCCUGCACGAAGAGAUAUUACAAUCCAAAUAUACACACAAUCUAAAAUGGAACACAAGAAAGGAAACGAGAGCAGGGUUGAUAGGAGCCAGAGCUCAACAACAUCUGGAGGAAAACAGGUUCUCCAUUCCUACAAUAGUGGGGGGGGACACUUUAAAAGACGUAAUGAUGAUGAAGUAGCCUUAUUUUUUGAGAACUGACAAAGUGGUCUUAAAUGCUGAAGUGGAAACACCCCAAAGAAAAUACUGAAACAUGAAUUAGGAUUAUAAAAACAACCCCAUAAUGGUAGGGUUGAUAGGGACCAAGGGUCAUCUUGCAAUGCAGGUAUCACAGCUAAAGAAUUCCAUACAGGUGGCCCCCCAACCUCUUCUUAAAAACCUCGAAUGAUGGAGAGUCCACCAGCUCAUUCUGCUGUAGAACAGUCUUUUACUGUCAUGUUUAGUCGGAAUCUCCUUUCUUGUGAUUUGAAUCCAUUGGUUCGGUAACCAGUAACUUCUGCAAAUUUCCAGCCGCCAUUGUUAUUUUAUGCAUGCUCCUGGCCUGUACUUUUUCUAAAGGCGAGGACCACAUUUGAAAACAGAUGAAUUGCUAGCGGAUACAAAAGAUGUAGAAGGAAUCAAUAACAUCAAGUGGAAAUCCACCAAAAAAAGUAUAGCUGGAAUUUUUGUCAAGCAUUCCCCACCCCUGUCUAAAUAAGACUAUUUAUAUUGAUUCUUUAAGUUUGGAGGGUAUUGAAGCAGAUAGGUGGUAAUUAAAAGCAUAAAUCUCAGGGAGCCUGUGAAGGUAAUUCUCUUCUUUGCAGACAGAACUGACAAAAUGAUGAACACUUCAGCUCCAACAUGACAGAAAUAUUACAUGAUUACAGGCUGCUGGGGCAUAAUGUGCAGAAAGUUCUCUUCAACAGAGGCUAUUUAACAAAGCUUUUAACAAAAGUUCUUAGUUUUCCAUUUGAAUCAAUUUAAUGGUUAUUAGUAAAGGGUUGAUCUAUGUUUCUCCUGUCUCUGUGUCAUUUUCAGUGAUACCCUGUUUUGCAUUAAUUUUUUUAAAAAUAAACGAAAUGCAAAAAGCACUGAUAAUUUGAGGAGGAGAGGAAACUGUUGCAUUUUGGAAUAUUGUAAGGAAAGCUUUGCAUUAGUUUCACUUGGUCAGUGGGUGGGUCUGUCUAUCUAUCUAUCUAUCUAUCUAUCUAUCCAUCAUCUUCAGAUGGCAAUUCAAAGCAGGUCCUGCCUUGGUAACAACACUCAGUCCUACUUUUCCUUAGUAAGCUUAGUAAGGCCUUCUUGGUAGUGGCACCCACCAUGUGGAACGUCCACCCAUCAGAUGUCAAGGAAAUAAACAACUUUCUGACUUUUAGAAGACAACUGAAGGCAGCCCUUUUUAGGGAAGUUUUUAAUGUUUUAUGUUUAAUGUUGGGAGCUGCCCAGGGUGACUGGGAGAACCCAGCUGGAUGGGCAGCGUAUAAGUAAUAAGUUGUUGUUGUUGUUGUUGUUGUUGUUGUUGUUGUUGUUGUUGUAGUAUUUAAAUGCAGAAAAAUGUGGGCCAGGCAACCAUCUUAACUUGCUCCUGGAUGUAAUCAGGAGAACGAAAUGUACAUAAACAAACUAGCAGCUUUGGUAGUUCCAAAAACAGAGUUUUGCGCUGUUAAAAUUAUAGUAGUCACAUGAGACAGACUCACGAUAUUCACAGUUUGUUUCUGUUCAUGGACCACUAUUGCUGGAUUGAUCUGAAUAUGUUUAGGACGCUGGUGUGAAAGAUUUAUGAAACAGAGUCAAAGUUUCAGUCUCUUUUUUACAUUUUCAAAGUUAGCUUUGGCAAGAGUGAAAUACUCUCCCAUUCCAUAGCUUUCAGUAAUGUGUGGUCUUUAGAAGUAAAUAAAAGUGCUAUUAUAAUGCAAGAGAAUGAUUGAUUCACACAUACAACUGUAAUAAAACACUUGAGGAAGCUUGUGAUUUUUAAAAUUUAUUUUUAACACUGUUUGAUAUUUAGUGCUCACAGUGUUGGGGGUUUCAGUAAGCAAUCUCUAAGCUUUGUGUAGACUACAGGUAUCAUAAACUAAAGGUUAACAAGAUUUCAAAAAGCCCUGCUAUUAUCUUUGGAAUUGUUACUUUUUUAUUCGUUUUACUUUUUCAUGCAUUUGAUUGUUACUUUUUCAUUUCCAUUUCUGGAACUGUGAGGAAUUUCAUACACUGUAUGUGUAGAAUGCACACCUAGGGCUGGUCAUGCUUUUAGUUGAUAUGGACUAAUCUGUUAACAAGUUUGUUUUCAAGGAUUUGGCCUCAGAGUAGUGAAUUUGACUCAGUUUUUUUCAUCCCCAUAACUAUAUAUUCCAAUUUACUGUACAUGCUCCUUAUGUUUAGCAUUAAUGUGAAUGUAUACAUUUUUAGCAGCGUCUAACGAUGAGAAGUUUCUCUGAGCAAUUAGUCUUUAGUUAUAUAAUUAUUUAUAUAAUUAACUCAAAGAACCAGUAUAUCACAAACGCAGCAUAAAGAAUGACAAACAGCACAAUCCUUUGUCACAAACAUAAAAUCAAAGGCAGUGCUUCAUUCUUAAUAUUAUCCUUUGGUGUUGUUCUGUUCCAGGAUUGAAUGAAAGAGUUCCACUGCUCAUCUGACUGGAUUUCUCCUAGCCAUAGUGAUUUAAAAUAAGUUACCAUAUCUUUCCGUCUAUAAGAUGCCCCUAUGCAUAAGACGCCCCCUAUUUUGGGGGACUCAGAUUUAAGGGGGAGUCACUAUCCAUGUAUAAGGCGCCCCAUAAUUUUUGACAUUAUUUUUAAGGGGAAAAACCUAGUCUUAUAUACACGGGAAAAUACGGUAAUUUGCUUAUCAGUGUAAUAUUCCUGAGUGGUUGCUAUAAUGCUGCAAUUUAAAAGACAUUACCAAUACUUUGGAAGUAUUGUAAUGAUUUUUAGAAAAACUGGAAAAGGAACUCUACCUUAUUUAUUAGACCAGUUAAACAUUUGCUAAUAGGAACUUUAUAUGCCAUUUCAGAUAAGCCUCAAAUGAGCCCAAAUCCAGCGAGAAAUUUACUGGAGAUCUGUUAAUGGAGAUCAAUUGGUGUGGAUUAAUGUUCUCCAGCUCUCACUCUCUCUUUUUUGCAAAUUGGUACUCAAUCUAUACGCCUGUAUUACAUAUUUGUACUUUCUGUUUCAUAGCUAUCCAUCCUAACUAAUCACUUGCAGCAAUGGCUCCAUCCCUGGAUUUUGUAAUCUGUGGGUUGUCUCUUUAACAUUAUUUCUCCAGACUCUAGUUUUAAGUAAAGUUGUGAAGCUAGGAGAUUUUCAUUUCUCCAUACAGAACAUCUUCAAAAGAAAUAGCUGCUGUUCAUUAAGACCAAAUCUAAAAUAUUUACACAUAUGAGAAUAGACUUCUUCCCCCAAAUCAUAACACUUUCAUGCCUUGUUCCCCACCCCCAUCCCCGCCACCUCAUCCAGAAGUUUUGAGUGCAUCUAAAAGGCCAGAUUAAUCAAAGGAAUAACAGGUAUAUAUUUUAUGGAGCUUAUAUUUGAAGAGCAGUGGGUGGCAACUGGCUAAUUUGCAUGCCAUUACCCAACCUGGUUACAACCAAGGAAGGCAAGCACCAGGCUCCAUACAUAUAAUUUUUAUAAUUAUGAUUCUAUAUUUUAAAUGAGUGGAAAUAAAAGUCCAACUUAGUGCAAUGUAUCAUUAUGAAGCAGGCCGUCUCUAACGUUAGUCGAGUGAGACACACAGCUUAUUUAGACGGGUAUGACUCAAGGUACUGCUGGUGGUGUUUACUGCCUUGGUUAAAUUAAAAUGCUGCCCAUUCCCAUGUGUUGUUGUAAUAAUAAUAAUAAUAAUAAUAAUAAUAAUAAUAAUAAUAAUAUUUAUAUACCUCCCAUCUGACUGGGUUGCUCCAGCCAUUCUAGGGCGGCUCCCCACAAAAUAUUAAAAACACAAUAAAACAUCAGGCAUUAAAAACUUCCCUGAACAGGGCUGCCUUCAGAUGUCUUCUAAAAGUCAAAUAGUUGUUUAUCUGUUUGACAUCUGAUGGGAAGGCAUUUCACGGGGUGGAUGCCACUACCAAGAAGGCACUCUGCCUGGUUCUCUGUAACUUCACUUCUCAUAGUGAGGGAACUGCCAGAAGGCCCUCGGAACUGGACCUCAGAUCCAGGCUGGACAACGGGGGUACAGUUGCUCCUUCAGAUGGACAGAACUGAGGCUGUUUAGGGCUUUAAAGGUCAACACCAACACACUGAAUUGUGCUUGGAAACAUACUGGGAGCCAGUGUAGAUCAAUAUAACAACAGCACCUUAAACACGCAAGAGUUAACCGGGAUGACUGUUCUUUUAUUUUCAUUUUAAAAAAAUGUCUGUCACUUCUCUGUUUCCUUUCCUUCACAACUAUGACUUUGCCCUCAGGCAGCUGGUAGAGAUGGGGGGGUGUGCUCUCAAUCCUGUCCCUUGGAACGGAGGGAAUAUCAAAACUGCCAAGGAGCUGCUAACCUGCUUCUGUACCUGCCUCCUCCAGAAAUGAAGAUGGCAGCUUCCUUGCUCUCUGCAAGGCACUUUUGUAGCUGAGGCAGGCACCUCGGGGAUUGUGGCGCCUCAGGUAGUUUCCUAGUUUGGUUCUACGAUGUUUCUGUUGAGCCACAUAAAGCUAAUAUUUCACUGUAGUGACCAAUACAGUAAGAAACUAGGAAGCAGUCCUAUACUAAGCUAAGCCUGUUGGUCCAACCAGCUGGCUUUUGUCUAUUAUUUAUUUAUUCAUUAAAUUUGUAUACAGUGGAACCUUGGUUUUUGAGUGUCUCAGAAGCCGAACGCCGAAAACCCAGAACUGAAUGCUUCUGUUUUCAAACGCACCUCGGAAGUCGAACGGCUUCCGAGGUGCGUUUCUCCAUUUUCUCAAUGGAUUUUGCUGACCCCCCCCCCCCCCCGUUGCACCUCGGGUUAGCAAAUGUUUCGGAAGUCGAACAGUCUUCCAGAAUGGAUUACGUUCAACAACCGAGGUACCAUUGUACCACUCUUCAUUUAUAGAUCUCAGGGCGGUUCAUAACAGGUCUAUGCUAGGGGUUCCCAAACUGUGGUACUUGGACACAUGUGUUUCAUUCAAGUGGUCCAUGGCAUGUCCACGUUAAAGAUUCAUACCCAAUCCACAAACACACUAGACAGAGAGGUAUCUGAUGUGUGGCCUUUGUACAUGCAGAAAAGGAAAAAAUCCUAAUAUGAAGCAGACCCCAAAAAUAGAUUACAGAGUUCCUGAAUACAUUCAAGUAGUAAGACAUUACAGACCACAUGUUACAGAGGAGCAGUAACUAAAAAACUUUCAGGCAAAGGGUCCCAUGUUGGGCAGGCGUCUGAAAGCAGUGAGGGGCUGGAUGGGAGCCAAUAAACUGAAGCUGAAUUCUGGUAAAAUGCAAGCACUGUGGAUGCAAGUUCCUGUGUGGACAACCUGUUCUGUCAGAGGUUGCAGUCCCCUGAAGGAGCAGGAUUGUAGUCUUGGGAACACUCCUGGAUUCCAUUUUGCCACUGGCAUACCAAGUGCUUUCUGUGGCUGGAAAUGCUGAGGCCCCACACAGGCCAGCUACAGCCUUCUCUGGAAUGGGAUAGCCUGGUCCCAGUUGUUCAUGCUAGAUUACUGCAAUGCACUCUAUGGAGGCCUGUACUUGAAGAUAAUACAAAAGCUGCAGCUAAUGCAGCUGCUAGGUUGAGUGCGCAGCCCAAUUGUUGCAGGAAAGCCUGCCCUAUCUCACGAGUGAACACAGAAUCACAUGAAAAAGGGAGUCCAAAGUUUAUUUCUGAGCAGAAGUUUGAUCCAGUGGGAUUGCUUCACAAAGACCGGGCCCAGAACAUUGGAGCACACGCCUUUUCAUAUAGUUUAUAUGCAUUCCAAUACAUUUCAAAUCCUCCAUCCAAUCAGAAUGCUUAGUUCCCCUCUCCCUGUUUUCUUAUAAGGCACAUAAGUACAGUCAUACCUCGGGUUAAAGUUGGUUCAGGUUGAGCGUUUUCGGGUUGCGCUCCGUGGCGACCCGGAAGUAACGGAAUGCGUUACUUCCGGAUUCGCCGCAUGCGCAGACGCUGAAAAUGACGUCACGCACAUGCGCAGAAGCAGCGAAUCGUGACCCGCAAACGCAGGUUGCGUUCGCUUCAGGGUGCGAAUGGGGCUCCCGAACAGAUCCUGUUCGCAUCCAGAGGUACAGACAAUGCUGCCUCUCUGUGAUUGGUCUGAUUUUACCGCAGUGUUGAGGAUGUGUACUGUUUCCUUAUGUAUAAGUUUCCUUGUGAUUGGCUAGAGUUUGCCACAAAGCUGAGCAUGCUCAGAACGCCAAAACCUUAUUUGGUGUGUGUAAUUCCCUGUAAUGCAUUACAUCACAAUGGUACCAUGUGCCACAGGUCCUGAAAGUUCUGCACUGACUGCCAGUGAGCUACUGAACCCAGUUCAGGCAGUUGGUGUAAACAGUUUGCUUAAGUAUCUAAAAGACCACCUCAUCCAGUAACAACAAUCUGAGACCUUAGAAUCAGUAGGAGAGGCUCUGCUGGUACUGCUGCCAUGUGGUGCUGCCCAGUUAAUGCCCUGUCAAGUAAGGUGCAUUUGUCUCACUCUUUAUUAAGAUGGGAGGAGGAAUUUAAAGACAUACCUGAUGGCUGAAAUAUACUGUUUCUGGCAACCUUGAAACUGCUAGAUGUGAGGUUAUUAGACUGUUUUUAAAUGUUUCUAGAUAUUCUUAAAUGUUUUUAAAUAUUGUGUUUUUAUUUUUUAUCGUAUUGUUUAGCUUUGGUGUUUGUUGCCCUGGGCCACUUUGGGAGGAAGGAAGAGUUGGAAAAUAAACGAUCUUGUUUUGCAGCCAUCCUUAACUAUGAUUUAGGUAUUCAAACAUAAUGCUUAGCCAUGGUUUGUGAAAACAAACAACAGUUGGUCCUUAUGUUGGUCCAUAGGGAGAUUAUGUUUUGGUUUCUUCAGUACACACAAAAACCAGCAAACUAAAAUUGCGUCCUACAAUACAAACGCAUUCAAAUCAAACAAUAUACAAGGUGGGUCAUGAAAUGCGGGGGGGGGGGGAGUGGGUCAAAUUAUUUUUCAUUACAUCUGCUCCUCUUUUCAUAAUUGCAGUGUUGUUGUGCCUGUUGUCAUUGUAUCUGGCAGGGCAGCUCUGUUGGCUGGCGACAGAAAAGCAAACAAGAAUAUUGUCUGAAAUAUACAUGGCUCUAGUUCUGCUGUGAUGCAGGAUAAUCCUUGAGUGCAAUGAGAAUACUGCUGAAUUACAUCACCACACGAAGUAAUGAGUUGCCUUACGCUUAUUCUCUUACCAUCUGGCUCCUUCAUUGAUGCAAGCCAGUAAGGGGAAAGGGUAUAUAAUUUUGUCAAGAUCAGGUAACAGAAAGCUACAAUUAAAGUUCACAGCACUUCAUGCAUCCAUAUUAAAACAUUAAAAGAAUUCCCAAACUUCUAUUACAAAUCAUGUAAUUUUAACAAUCCAGAGCUAAGAAAGAAAUAUGUACAUAAAGAGAAUUCAAAGUAAUGUCUUGUGCCUGCCUCGAGCCAUUAAAAGCAUCUGAAAAUAUGUUCUCAGAAGGUUCUCAGUAGUGAGUUUCCUUAUGCUCCUUUCACAUAAUCCCUAAUUCAAAUUACUAAGUAGGAAAUAACUGAGAGCAAAACGCUGAAAUUUUAUUUGCUGUUCAUUUCUUAGUAUACUGUACUUUUGUUUUGCUUCUCUCUUGUUAAAUUUGCAAAUCAAAAAAUGGCUUUAAAAAUUAUCCCCCCAAAAAUAUAAUUACAGUCAUAUGGACUAUUUCAGGGGUUCCCAGAUUGUGGUCUGUGAGCAUCAUUCAAGUGCUUGUGGAUCAAUGGUUGAAGGGAGAAGAUGGUGCAUCCAUCUCUUUAAAUAUGUAUAUUAAAUUUUAAUUACAUUUUAGUGCACCUUUAAUUUCUUAUAUUGUGUUUUAUUGUAUUCUAUAGAAUUCAGUUUGUAAUGCAACAAAAUAAAAUAUCUAUGAAAUUAGAAAGCAAUUAAAAUACAAUUAAAAUCAUGCAGCAUUUAGCACAGUGCAUUACACUUGCUCAACAGACUGAUGAUGAUGAUGUGGUCCUCCAAGACCCUUGACAAUUUUUAAGUGCUCCAUGGGAGGGGGCGUGUGGGAAACACUGGACUAUCUUCCUUUUUCUUGAGCUUCCUGCUUAGACAAAGCAUCACAUUCAAACAUAUGUUCUAGAGAUGGAAUGUGGGGUUUCAAGGUAGAUGACUGCUUGUACAACGCUCAGAGACAACCAUCAAUACAGUGAAACACUGAAAUGAAUAUAGGCCCUGUUUUUGCAUCAAUAUCUCUGUUGAACCUGCUGAAUUAGGACAAAUGUUCUUCUAAGAUGCUGAAACAUUACAGUGCCUUUGUGUCGUCACUCCACAGUGUGGCACAACCUUAUGGAUUUCAUUUUGUAGGUAGGUUCAGCCCAAACAUUAGGCAGAGUGAGGCAGAUGUGGCUGGGAGGGAAGGGGGAGUUUGCAGGGAUUGGUGACAAGUUGUGUGCCUAACAGUCUAACUGUGCCAUCAAAGAUAGCUUACUUUCCUCAGGUGUGGUGGAGGACAUUGUCCUAUCAUUGGUGUUUAAAUACAAAUCAUCUGCAAGACCAGUUGGCUUUAGUACAUGGAAUGGGAAGGUGUAAUGUUUUCACCUCGGGAAACAAAAUGUCUUGGUCUGGCCCUGUUUGCAGGAGCCACCUGUUGAAAGUCCCAUCGAAAGGUUGUGAGAUGGUGUAUCUCUGCGGACUGUAAAUUUAGAAAGUAGCAGACCCAAAGCUUUGUGUUUUUUAUAUUGUGAUUUUAUGUUGUGAACCGCCCUGAGAUCUACGGGUAUAGGGCAGAAGAAGAAGAAGAAGAAGAAGAAGAAGAAGAAGAAGAAGAAGAUGCUUACAAAGACAACCAAAGGCUGGUGAAUUUAAAAUAGUACACACACCAAACUGCUUCCCAGUUCUACUUCCCAUAAUGCUCUUGAGCCCUAGGACAAAUUUUGGAGUGGACUCCUGCAUUGCAGGGGGUUGGACUAGAUGGUGCUCAAGGUUCCUUCCAACGCUACAAUUUUAUGAUUAUAUAAUCCUGUAGUUGCUGAGGCUACUUUGAGAUAAUGGUAACCUUUGGAGAACUGAAACCAUCCUAGGUAAAAAGCAGUGCUUUGUAGGUUGUGCUGCAAUAUAUUUUCCAAUGAAAAUCAGUCUAUAUGACAGUAGCUGGAGUUAGUUCUGCAUGCCCCAGUACAUUUGAAAACCUGUGUAUAGCCUUUUAAAAAUAUGACUGAGAUAUUUGUUGCGGGAAACACAACAUAUAAAAAGAUCUUCUGUUAACCCAUCAUUGAAUUAAUGCUAUCUUCACUCGUAGUGGGGAUUUCAGAUUUAAAAGAUUUUGUUCAUGUGUUGUUGUUUUUUUUCUUUCCAUUGAAGUAUCUCACUUGGGUGUUCAUUGGUUAAGUGUUUGAUAUAUUUCAUAACUGAGUUUAUAACUAGUUUAAUAUAUGUCUGGGCUUUGUUUGUUUUCAACAGGUUUCAUGUACAGUAGAUGAGGAAUGAAGUGAAUCAAAGCCAGUAGUAGGUUAUCACUGAUAUUGCAGGCAUCCCCAUUGCCAAUAUCAGCCUUUCUCUUCAGUACGCCUCUGUCUAUCAUGUCGUAGUCUUUUGUUUUUUGCCUUGGGCCUUUUCAGCAGCACAAGCUAUGCAGUAAACAUAGUUACAGUCCAAAAAAUUAAAGGGACACUAUCUAUUUGAAAGUUGCGUAGCCAUUUGAAAGCUUAACAAACAGUCAUGGUAGUUUAAAGGUCUAUUGACCCCAGAAAAUAUCUGCUUCUCAAUUUCCAUGGGCCUUGGCCUCACAUGCUGCUUCAGCCCUUGGAAACUAGGUCAUGUAAACCACGCGCAAGUCAACCCGAGCUUCUUGGAGACCUGGAAGAAUAAAUAAGUAUGUGUAAAUAAAUUAAAAAUACUUACGUAAUAAGAACAGCAGCUGAGAUGGUGGCUCAAGCUCUCCCAACCCUUCCCUUGUCCAUUUCCUCACAAGUAAUGAGUGAACCAAGAGAAACUGCAUUUGUUUGAAUAUGAGAGAUCCCCGACCCUUUGACAAAGAAGCUGGAGAAAACAGGAGAGAGAAAAGAAAUGGGGGACAGCGCCGAAUCUUAACCACUAGACCACCAAGCAUUUGGAUCAUUUCCCUCCAAAAGAAUUGAUAAUAUCAAUAUUUAAUGGUUUCAUCAAGGUAUCUUCCAAACAUUUAAAAUAAAAUCACCUUUUUCAAAAAAGAAAGAGGGUUAUACAGUGGUGCCUCGCAAGACGAAAUUAAUCCGUUCUGCAAGUCUCUUCGUCUAGCGGUUUUUUCGUCUUGCGAAGCAACCCGAUUAGCGGAUUAGCGCUAUUAGCGGUUUAGCGGCUUAGCAGCUAUUAAAGGCUUAGUGGCUUAGCGGCUAAAAAGCUCUUAGCAGCUUAGCGGCUUAGAAAAAGGGGUGGGGAGUGAAAAAAAAUCGCAACACUCGCAAGACGUUUUCGUCUUGCGAAGCAAGCCCAUAGGGAAAUUCGUCUUGCGAAGCAGCUCAAAAACGGAAAACCCUUUCGUCUAGCGGGUUUUCCGUCUUGUGAGGCAUUCGUCUUGCGGGGCACCACUGUAUUUCCUUCUAUCCUCCCAGGUAGAUUUAGCUUCUGGAAAUGAAAUACAGUCAUACCUUGGGAUAAAUACGCUUCAGGAUAAAUAUUUUCGGGUUGCACUCCGCAGCGGCCCGGAAGUAACAGAGCUCAUUACUUCCGUGUUUUGCCGCUCGCGCAUGCACAGUCAAAAUGACGUCACGUGCAUGCGCGGAAACGGCGACCCACGAACACGCAGAUGUGCAGUCGCGUCUUAAGUUCCGUUCAGGAUGCGAACAAGGCUCUGGAACGGAUCCCGUUCGCGUCCCAAAGUACCACUGUAGCUUCAGAGCAGGCCCCAUCUGUUGACACAGUUUUCAUAUAUAGCGAGAGGCAGGACACACUGCAUGUCUUAAGCUCAACAAUUGUUUAUUUAAACCUGCAGAACACAACGUAACUGAAUAAUGUACGGGUUACUGAUUGCCUUCUUGACCAGAACUGCCUAGGACUUUUAAUAACUUAGUGCAGGGGUGGGGAAACUCUGACACACUGACCAGAGUUGGCCCACCAGGGGUUCAAAUUUGGUCUCUAAGGCUGUUUUCUCCAAACCACCCCUCCUCACCCCACCCUUCGACAUCAUAUAUGAUGAUAGAUUGUCUAGCAUCAUACAUGGUGAAAGGCAGUACAGCUGAAGCCUCCUAGGUCACCUGCACAGAUCACACACCUGAUACCUGCAGAAAGCAGGCCUUAGCUGUGUGGGAUGCUUUGAAGUUCCAAUCAAAGCUCCUAAUCAUCUGACACCAAGUGAUUGACAGGUGGGCAGCCCCACCCACUUGUCCAAUCUACAGCCACCAAAAUGGUUCCCUGCCUCUGACUUAGUGGACCUAACCUCUCCCUCAGGCUUUGCAUCCAAAAGUUAAAGCAUUAUUUCCUGUUCCUCUCACAUCCUAGUCCGAGCCAUUCUGGGCUUCAUCUUAAAGAAUCAGUAUAAAUAUUCUGUACAUAGAGCACAUGGUUUGUUUUUCUAUAGCUUCUAGAAAACUAAAAGCAGCUCCAAAAUAGAUAGCGGUGCUCAGAAAUGCAAUGUGAGGAAUACAGAAAACACUUUGUACAGUUUACUUCAAAUACCUCCCUACCGAAAGAAAAAAUAAAUAUUUUUUUAAAUAAAAUUGUAAAGGAUGGUGACGGUGCAAAACCUCCAUCAACCUUUUUAAUAGCAACCCACCAUACAGCAACUUGUUAAUAUUUAAUAAAAGCAUAUAUCUCAAACAAAAUGACCAAUUCAAAAGGUGAAUUGUUGUUUUUAAUUGGUUUAACUUUAAAUGGAGCAGUGUCUCUUUAAGUACUGUACAUGUAAAAGUAAUGAUUAUUCAAUUAACAGUACAAUCCUAAGUUUGCUUACUUGGAAAUAUAUCCUGUUGAACUCAGCGGGACUUACUUCAAAGUAAACAUGUUUAAGAUUGGGCUGCCAAUUAAUCAGAUUCCCUCUUUGUGUGGUGCCUAAUAAUAAUGAAAAGGAUGUAUACUUUUGCAAGCAGUCAUCCUUAGCAUUUCUGCUAUAAAUAUUAUAGCCAGUAUUUUAACAAUUUAUCCUAAGUUUCUAGAUAUCCCCCUCCCCAUGCUAACUCUUUUCUUUUCUUUUUUUAAAAAAAGUUUCUGCACAGUCCCCUACCAAAAAGUACAAUAUAGAAAUACAGUACGUUUUAUUCCUUUUCCAGUUGGAAAAGUUGGUGUUUUGCAUCACAUGCACCUUAAGCCUAUCUGCUGGGUCUUAAUGGCUGUUUUUCCUAGUGCGAAUCCAUGAGGGCUGUGUUGCUGAACACAGAUGUACUUGUGUGUUUUCCCUUCCGUUCCAUCUGUUCCUACCCAUCACUUACACCCAAGUGACGAGGCUUUGUUAUUACACAAUGUCCCUAGGUGACUUUUCAAUGGCACCUAGUUUCACUGAGACUAAUACAGUUGUCCUUCCUAUAGCAACAAGGAUUUAACAACACCCAGAGGGUUUGGAACCCAGCAGAGGUGUUGAGGAAAGUUUGUGCACUUGGUUUUAUGGCUUGUUUUCACUUUUAACACAAUGAGCAAAAGUGCAAUCUUCCUAAUCCAUGUCGGCCACGGUAUUCUUAACAGUACCACCUGCAUGAUACAAGAAAUGUCCCUUGCAUUGUAUUUCUAUAUGUGAGAUGCCAAGUUGUGGCCAUAUCUCUGUGCCCUUUAUGAAAAGCAUGAUUUCUUGUUCGCCCCACCUCUAAACAUGUCAGGUGGGAGCAUUUUGUUGUUGCUGCUGUUAAAAUGAGUGGAGUUUAUUCCCAAUCAAUGUGCCUAUGGAUGGGGGUGUCCUGUGUGUUAGUUUUUAUUGCACUUAUAAUAUUAACUUAAAUAGUUAAUAUGUACACUUCAAUAAUGGCACAGGCAUGUCCAUGUUCUGUUAUUUAAGUUAAGUAAACAUUGGGUUUAAAUAUGUAUCAGGAAAUGUUUUUAGCUCUCUGACCUCAGUCAAAAAUAUUUCAGGAACGAAUUUGUUAUGAUAAUGCUGUAGUCGAUGGAUAAAUUUCCUAUCAUAUUAACAAUGUCUAGGACAUUUAAUACUGAAAAUAUCUGGUUUCCCCACCUACCCUUUAAUGCCAUUAUAGGUUUCGCUUUGUUUCUUAAGAAAUGCAGCAAGAAAACCCAGCAGAUGCCACUGUGCACCUCUGGAAAACAAAAUGCACAAAAGCAACCUUAUAAAGUUAGCAGCUUGAAUCCAAUGCAUGUCUUUUAUACAUGUGGAAGUAAGCCACAUUGCACAUUAAGUUCAGUUUGGCUUACCACCAUAUAAGUUGGCAUUGGAUUGAAGCUGAAUACAAAUGUUCAAAGAUUGUAAAACACACCCAAUAAAUAUAUACAGCAGCCAUCCCUCUAAAGUGGCCUGGCUUUCAAAAAAACACAUCCUGUGAGAGGUUGAGUUAUGGUAUAGUAUGGUGCAAUCCCAUACAUGCCUGCUUAGAAGUAAAUCAUAUUGAGUUCAAUGAGAUUUACUCCCAGGUAAGUGUCCGUAGGAUUGCAACCUGGCCUGUAUAAUUUUGCCAGCAAAUAUGCCUUUUUCCUUAGUAUUAUGAAAGAACCAUACCUUUUAAAUUUGAAUUUUAUAUGCUCCAAAAUCUAUAGCAUUGCUAUAUUUUGAGAAAUAAGGGGUUGGAGUGAUAUCCAACUAAGUUGUACCCAGAGCAAACCCACUUAAUGGAUCUACUCUGAGUAUGACUAAUAACCCAAUUAUUUUAUGCCUUUAAGACUAUAGCAAUAUUUCCCCCAUUAAUAGCAAGAUUUCCCCCAUUAAUUGCCUGAUUAAAUAAUGAAAUGAUGCUCCCCGGAAUGAAGGUUUGUGAGGAAACAAAUCUGUUUCUACCGUUAAAACAAAUGCGGGAGCUCAGUGUGUGUUCAUCAGCACUCUCAUGCCCAUGAGAAAUUGAUGAAUCACAUGGUCUGUCUUAGUAAACCCCAACACACCUGCUGGCAUUGUAGUGAUGUAACUAUUCGUAGCCUUAUGUUGGUACAGGCCUACACAGCUUGCCAGCUCCCAAAAUGAAUGAAAUCUACCAACCGUAUAAGGUGGCUCAAUGGAGGUUCCAUAAAACCUCCUGUUGUUGUUUUUCUGCAAGCCCGGGAGUGCAGAACCGUAGGAAGGAAAGGUGAGUUCCAUGCACAUAGAAGGACAUAAUAUGUGGCUGGCCAAGUGCAUCCACAUUGAUAGGCCUGCAAGCUGUACUAGGGUACACAGAAGAUAAAGGCUUCUGAUGCACAACAAGUAUAUGCAUUAUAUGCACUUAUGUGCAGUGAUUUCUGUAGACUUUGGUACUUCUCUCUGUUUAGGACUGCAGCCUUAGCAAUCAGACUAAUAUGCAUUUUCUAAAUUGGAUAUAUUUACCUCCAAGCAACAGCUUAAGACUUCAGAUAGAAUUCUACUAAGAGAUUAGUAAAGAGGAUGGUCCUCUUUUUGUAUGCCAUAAAAAAAAAAAUGUUCUGCAUUUAAAAAAAAAAUCUCUGUUAAUAUUUAUCUCCUGAAUACAUUAAAAAAGUGAGCUCAAUAAUAUAAAGUGCUACAAAAACUUGUCAGGCAAAGAAAUGUGGUGCCUAUUAUUGAAAGUUGUAUAACUUUUUAUCUCUCUCUCUCUACAUUGUCAUCCAUCAAGUGAUAUGAAGUGCAAAGUGUGAGCCUGAUUUGUUCUCCUUUGUAGAGCCAGGCCGAGGCCCACUACAAAGGAAGUAAACAUGCCAAGAAGGUCAAAGCACUAGAAGCAACGAAAAAUAGACCAAAAGCUGGUGCUUCCAAGGACAGCGCAAAGGCUAAUGCGAACUGCUCUGCUACACCAGUCCCAGCCAGCAUCUCUGACAAAUCAGGUCAAUUUUCAUUCUAUACAUUCUUUGCUUCUUCUUCUUUUGCGUGAGAUUCUGAAUGCAUGCUUCCUAUCCAUUACAGUGUUGAUAAAUACUUUGUGAUGAGAAGAACAAAACCGAUGGACAGUGUUCAUACAUUAGCACGGCAGCUUUUAGAUCUCCAAUGUAACUUCUUCUCCACACAUGCUUGUCGCGUGUCCCCUAAAUCUAUUCUGGGGGUUCCUUCAGCCUCCCUGGAGCACUUUUAGAGAGCAUGUGAGGGUCAUUACACUAGUGUAACUGUUCAACUGGAUACAGCCCUUGUUUUCUUCAAACCACACAGAUGGAAUAUAAGAUUCAAUAUACGUUUUGCAGCUUAAUCCAAAUCUCCGAUUGCAAAAACAAAAAGCAAAACCAAACCACUCCCCCCCCCCCGGCAUAUUUCAUCCUCCUGUGUAAAGUCGGAGAGUUCUACUUAGACCAUAUGAUGAUCAUUAUCAGAAUCACCAUUCUUAGUGCUGCCACCAAGGAUUCAGUGUGUAUUUCAAUAUGACGAGAAAUAUCGUUACAAAGCUGUCUUUUCUGAAAACGGAAACAGAUCAGUUAAAACAGCGGGUCACAUUCCCUGUACAGUUUGACCAGCAUAUCCAUUGUCCAGCUGAACGCAGCCAUUUAGGUUGUGGAUGAGGACAAGCAAAGAUGAAAUUGCCCAGUAGAGAUGUGGCAAUAGUGCUACUUCCCUGUCUACAUUAAAAUCUACCAUCAAAACGGUGGGUUUCAAUUGAGUGCAGGAGGUGAGAUGGUGUGACAGUCCUGCCUUUGGGGUAUGAACAAGGGAGAAAACAGUGCUUCCAAGUGGCAUCAAACAAAUCCUGCUUUGCUGUCUAUGAGCUUUCAUUUGUCUGUGGCUCCAUGCUCUGAGCCUGUUAACACUGUCAGUUAUAUUGAGAUGGAGAUGAUAACCUUAGUCACUUGUGUUUGUAAGAGAAAAUCAUUUUUAUCAAAAGUGAUGUGAAGUGGAGAAAUAGAGCCAUCGGAUAGCUUCUUGACUGUCUUGUUUUCAUCCUGGGAUAAAUGUGGCAUAGCCAACCGAGGUAUGCAAAGAUGGAUGAAGUUAUCUACAUUUGUAGUGAAUUAUCUACGGUAACAACUUGCAGAGAGUCAUCUAGCUUCCUGGAGGUAAAUGCCAGCUCUUUGAUACGGUAACCAGAAGAAGAAAAAUACAUGCUGGUUGUGAUCUAAAGACAUGAACACUCAACAGUGGGCUGCUCAUGGCACUGCUGCAAGCAAUUAAAACUUCAUCUGCUUGCGAACCAAUUGAUGGCCAGUGUUGUGAAACCUAAUGAGCUGCUUCCCUUUCUCCUGAUAGUAGGGAAAGGUGGUACGAAAUUGAGCACCCCCUUGCUCCACAGCUGCCAAAUAGGUGAUCAGAGCUGAGAGGGCUGCUAAUUUCAACUGAUGCUUAAAGACACACACACACACAGAGAGAGAGAGAGAGAGAGAGAGAGAGAGAGCCCUGAGUACUGGAUACAGGGAUUUAGUACCACGGUUCAUAAACACAGCAUCCUUCUAGAGGUGUGGUUCCUCAUCCAGCGUGGGAUACGUAUAUGUGUGGAAUGGAUUGCUUUCACACAUAUGCCGCUGUCACUGGAUAAGUGUGCAUGCCCCAGAGUGGCUCAGAAUAAUGAGCAAGAGGGCUGGGGGUCGGGGCUGGGGGUCUUGCCUAUGUAGCCAGUGCCCCGGGACACUCUGGUGUUUAUUCACAAUAAUAAGCCUGCAGCAAAUAACCUCUGACUCUUCCACAGAUAUUUGGAAGCAAAUAGCCAUGUAAACAAGCCCAUAGGUGCUCCCUAUAGCACAUUUCUCAAGCUCUUGCUUGGUAAUGUUGACAGCAAAAUCUAGUGGGAAGCCGUGCUCUGGUCUUUCUGCAUAAACCAGUAAACCUUGGUAAACCUCAUGAAUAGUCCUGAAACAUUACAGUCCCUUAUAGAGUAGACCAUAGAGGCAUCAUUAGUUCCACAUGCAGUGGAACGAAACAGGCUGCUAUUUCUUUUUGAAUCAUAUUAAGUAGAUGUUAUGAAAUAUAUUCCUACCCCACACAACCCUUACUUUUAUUUAUAAAUGCCAGCUUACAUGUGGACCCUGAGAAGAAAUGUUUUGCACUUCACAAAUUGUGCUUUGGAUAGUAGGGUCGUGGGUUGGGACUCAGGACCAGCAACUGAGUUACAGCUGCCCAUCACUGAAAAUGGUUAAAAUAUGGUUAAAAACUGGGACUCAGGCUACAUGAUUGAGCUAAGGGGUGGUCUGAAGUCUGCAAAGGUUGACGUCCACUGCAAGGUCUUAUUUAUAUUUAUCUAUUGCUCUUCUCUCUCUCCCUUGAGAACUCUGUGACUUAGCUUAAUGUUAGGACUCUUCUACACAGCUGCAAUUAUAACGUUAUAAGUGCAUUAAAAAAAUGUGACACCAGAUGGCAAUGUAGAGCUCAAUGGCAAAUUGCGCACAUAUAUACACACACACACACACACACACACACACACACACAUAUAUAAUAGCGGGGGGUUUUCAUAGCAUUUUCAUAGCGUUUUUUAUAUCUGUGUAGAUCCAGCCUUAGAGUUAGUGACUAGCCCAAUUGGUUCAGGGAUGAUGUACAAUUGAUCAUGUACCAAAUGGAAACUUGCAACUUGGAAAGACAACCACAUGGGACCACCUACCCAUGAAGUGGAGAUGGUUUUAAGAAAGUAUCUUCAGCCACACUUGCUCAGAAAUUCAAAGCAGCCAUCUUUGCCCAUCCCCCCAAUUCAAUGUCCCUGGCAGCCUUAGGAACUGGAGGCUGAUGGAAGGAAGCAAAAGUGGUAGCUCCAAGAAUUAGUAAUUCAGUUUUUAUUUAUACCCCACAAAACCAAUCUUAGCUGUGUGAAUAUGAUAAAAAAUAACUCCUACAAUAAAGACACAUAACACAUGUGCACACACAUUCACAUAUUCUCUCCAGGCAGAAUAAACUGAAUUAAAUAGUCAAGAUACUCAGCUUCGUGAGCUACUGAACAAGAUGAGUGCCCCAGCUACUCAAAACUGCACCUGUUUACUUAUCAAAUGAAAAUAAGGAUCCUUUGAUCACACAUUCUAAAUCAAAACAAAUAUACUUCAGAGUUGGAGGGUCACAAAUUUGAAUUCCACAUUUUUGUAUCUUCCUUUUGUGAUAUAAAGCAUAAGAAAAUAAAUGCAAAUGUGUUGGGGUUUUUUUACAUAAAAGAGAGCAAUAUAUGCUUCUCAGAAUAUAAAUGUAGGGCCUAUUGCUCCCUUUGAGCCUCUCUUGCCUAUGAUCUUGUCUCAGCAAUGUCAACUUGGGCUUAGUUGUGAGAUUUCAAUAUUUAGUCCUAACAGUUCUUUUUCUAGGACUCUGCAAUAUUUUUUAUGCUGUUGGCACCCGUCUGUCUCAAGGGACAAUGGACUGCUUCUCUGGAGGUGAAGACAAACCUCUGUGUUAGCAGCACUGAAGUUUUAAUUAAUUUAAUAAAUUUUAUAUUUAUGUCUUGCGGUCUGGGGCUGCCCAGAUGACAAGACUCCCCUCUCAGCAUCGCUGAUAUGGUAUAAAGCAGAGCAAUACAUUUGGCACCAGCUGAGCUGCAGGAGUUGCCAGGAGGAGGCGUACAAAGCACCAUCCAGCCACCUUAGGGAUUCUAUUCUGGAUUUCUGUAGGGUUUAGUCCUUAGCCUGUUCUUAUCCCAAAUAUAUUCCACUAGGGAGCAGAGGUGUAGGACCAGAGCUUUCCUUCUCCUAGAUGGGCUACCUUCCCAAGUUGAGGAGCCCCAUCCUCACCUCACCUCCCUCUACGAUAAGUGCAGAGACCGCCUUCUUGACCAUGGGACCCACUAUUGGUUUUGUCCACUGAAUCUUCCGGAGCCUGUCUUCGCAUGCAAGGGAAGUCCCUAACUCACCAAGGGUUUGAGACCCAUCAGCUACCCUCACCUGGCAUAGCUGGCCAGUUGAAGCUGUUCCCAGGGUGUGGCCACUGUCGCAUCCUGACAACUUCUAGGAGCCACAGGUGGAGCUGAGAGCAGGGUGGGGACCAAAGGUGAACGGAUUACCCCAGAAAGUGUCCCCCACCAGAGGUGUUAAAGGUAAAGGGACCCCUGACCAUUAGGUCCAGUCGUGGCUGACUCUGGGGUUGUGGCGCUCAUCUCGCUUUAUUGGCUGAGGGAGCCAGCGUACAGCUUCCGGGUUAUGUGGCCAGCAUGACUAAGCCACUUCUGGCGACCCAAAGCAGCGCACGGAAAUCACGUUUACCUUCCCGCCAGAGCGGUACCUAUUUAUCUAUUUACACUUUGACGUGCUUUCGAACUGCUAGGUUGGCAGGAGCAGGGACCGAGCAACAGGAGCUCACCCCAUCGCGGGGAUUCGAACCACCGACCUUCUGAUCGGCAAGCCCUAGGCUCUGUGGUUUAACCCACAGUGCCACCUGCGUCCCACCAGAGGUAUUACACCUCCCCUAAUACCCCAUACAGUUUCAGUUUCAGAUUAUUUCCUUGGCUACUAAUGCUGUGGAGCACUCAGUGGUGUAGCGUGGGGGGUGCAGGGGGGGCCGGCCGUACCGGGCGCAACAUCUGGGGGGGGCGCUCACACUCGCAGCUCUCUGCCCCUACUAAAAUCCACGGGUUAGGGGGCGCAAAUUACUUGCCUUGCCCCGGGUGCUGACAACCCACGCUACGCCACUGGGAGCACUCAUUCUAAUUUGUUGAGAAAAUGUAUUUAACCAUCUGGAAAAUGGGUUGACGGUCCUUGCUUUUAUAUUCACUAUUGAAAAAAGAGGUCCAUUCCACCAUGGCACAGAAAGUCGGGUUGGUGUGUACAGAUAUUAUUAUUAUUAUUAUUAUUAUUAUUAUUAUUUAAAAAAGCUUUUAAAAGUAGGACAUUGCAGGAGUCCCUGUUCUCAUGUUGAAGGGAAGCAUCUCCUGUUCUGAGCACCAGCUCCCAGUUCUUUGCCGGGCAACCAGCACUUCUGCAUGAGAAUCAGCAAGGGGCAGAUGCCACUUUUUCCUUCCCUCAAAAGGACACAGGGCAUUGAAUGAGCAGACCAAAAGGGAAAGCAGCUUUCAUCCCAAAGCAUAACUGACAAUUUAAGAGAUUAACAUUGGACUUUCUGCUCUCAGAAUUUCGAUUCCACGCUUUCAUUCCAGAUUUUAUCUGUCCACCUGUCUUUCCCUCUCUCUCACACACACCUUACAUAUACUCCCUUUAAUUUGCAUCACCUCGGAAAAUAAGAGCUCCUGUGGUUCCACAGGCAUUUCACAAUACAGUGGUACCUCGGUUUAAGAACAGUCUGGUUUAAGAACGAUUUGGUUUAUGAACGCCGCAAAACCGGAAAUAGUGUCCCGGUUUGAGAACUUUACCUCAGUCUAAGAAUGGAAUCUGAACAGUGGAAGGGCACCGGCAGCGGGAGGCCUCAUUAGGGAAAGCGCGCCUCGGUUUAAGAACGGACUUCCAGAACGGAUUAAGUUUGUAAACGGAGGUACCACUGUAGUUGGAAAAAUGAUCUGGAUAAAUUAUUAAGCGGCAACUUUGAUAAACCGUUCAGCAUCUCUCCCCCCACCCCGCCAAUCUUUUAGAUUGUAUGUGAUUAUUCUCAGGAUUAUUCUCAUAUUUUAGGAUAAGCUGCUAGAUUUGCAAUCCCCACGGUGGUUGCCUUGAUCUCUGUUUGCCCCUUCAUCCGCUGAAAAGAAGAUUGGUACCUCUGACCAGUUCUUCUUCCCAGGCCCCUCUCCCCCAACUGUACAUGCAUUAGUCACUGUUUGAGCCUCCGACUGAGCACUAUCAGAAUAUGACCUCCACCUUUAAAAUUGUGGCAGGUAUAAACAAUCCUUAAUUGUACAAUUUAUUCGAAUUUCAGAAUUGGCUUGCAUCAGCUUGAGAUGGUUGAGAAGUGAAUAGAAAGACGUUGUACGGAAAGAGUUAAGAGGUGUUCUGCUCCAAGCUGAUUUGCAUGCAGGUCUACAGGGUUAUUUUAUUUUCUGCACCAUCCCAUGGUUCUUUUUUCCCCUCCCCCCCCUUAAGCCUCAUUUCUCAAUAGAAUGCACAACCGUUUAGGAAGUUGGUACUCUGAGUGACACCCAUUAGUUUCUCAUUAUUCAGAAAAUGGGGCAGUAAAGCAGAAAAAGAAUUGUUCUAAAACUCCUUAUCAAAUCUGCCUAACUUUGUCUUAAUGAAUGUCAAGGAGUAAUGUGGUGCAGUGUUUUUGUUUGUGCAUGUGUGUUUAAUGAUAAUGAAAUUUAGGACAGCAAGCCUUUACAAUUGAAAUAAAAAAUAUCACCUUGAACAACUUUUUAAUUACCCUUUCUUAUACCAUUUAUGGUAUAUGUUAUUAACCCUGCCCUUCAAAUAAACAAUAAUAAUUUUGCAAAUGAGUGAUCCUGAACCUUAAAAACAUUUGGUUGGGGUAGGGAGCCUUCUAAACUAGAACAGUUCCUUCCUUAGUAUUCAGACGGUUGGUCCACAACCCAGUCUUCUAUGACUGUCAGCUAAUUGACUACUUUUCCAAAGUUUCAGUUGCCUUAUUUUGUGUGGGAGAAAGAAAUGCAUUUUGAACAGGUAGAAAAAAAGAAACGUCAAUUUAAAUUUUGUUUCAGAUAUGCCAGGUAUCUAAAGUGUCAACGCCAAACCUUUUACUGAAAGUUACUGACAGAAUUCUUUCUGUAUGUUAAAUAUAUAAAUUCCACUCUCUGUCUGGAAUUAUUUAUUUGAUUUGAUUAGCCUUCCACAGCACCCCAAAGGCUUGUGGGGAAUAAAAAUAGGUAAAAGUCAUACAGCUCCUUAAAGUGAUUUUAAAAACCACCCCUGUUAAGUUGUUCAGUACAUAACAACCCCCAUUGUACCCUUUCCCAGAGCAUCAAUAACUAACAGAUUAAAAAACAAACAAAAACCAACCACCGCUUAAAGACCCUCAAAUUGAGGCCUAAGUCUUACAUUAUGGUUUUAAUUCGACUUCUACAUCAUUCUGGAAAUGUGAAAAGGUAUCAUUUAUGUUUAUAUAUGUAUGGUGAUAGGGUCAUAGCAAAGUAUCACAUUUAACAUCAUCUUGUCUUGCCGCUAAUGACCAUGUGCACUGUUCUUAAUUUUUAAUUUCUUAUAACUCAAAAGUAUUCAACAUCAAUAAAAUGCCAUAGAUUUUAAUUUUUAUGCUGUCAUUUUUAUUUUUAUUAACUAUUUAGGAGUUCUUUACACAUUCAGUAGAGAAGGGUGAAGGGGUGCAGGCAGAGGGGAGCCUUAAACGGCUCAGGACCGCAAUACCUCAUGGACUGACUUUCUCCAUAUGAACCUACCCUGACCCUGAUAGCAUCUCCUGAGGCCCUUCUUCAUGCGCCUCCUCCACAUGAGGUCCGGAGGGUGGCAACAUGAGAACGGGUCUUCUCUGUGGUGGCUCCCCAUUUGUGGAAUGUUCUCUCCAGGGAAGUUCGCCUGGCACCUUCAUUAUAUAUUUUUAGGCACUAGGCAAAAACGUUUCUCUUCCACCGGGCCUUGGGCUGAUUAAUAUCCUACAGCCUUUUAAAUGUGUCUGUGGGAAGGGGGGGGUAUUGUUUUGAUAUUUUGUUUUAAUUAUUUGUUUUUAUUCUGUGAACCGCCCUGAGAUCUUAUGAUCAAGGCCGGUAUAUAAAUCUAAUAAAUAAUAUAAAGAAAUAAGGGUUGGUAGGGGAAUUUUACAGUUUAUCAAAAUAUGAUGGCCUGCAUCUCACUUUCGUACAAAAAAGCACAGCAUAAACGUAGUAGUAUACACAAGCAAACUAUUAAUAAAUGCAUGAAAACUACUUCAAGACAAUGCGUCCGAUAACAUAAGAGACAACAGCUUUUGCCAUAUUCAGCCUAAAGUUAUACUUAAUUAGAGAGAUUUUUUCUCAAGACUUCAGCAUAAAUGGAGUUAUUAUUUAAAAAUAAAUAAAUAAAUGAGAACGAGAAAGGAGUUUACAUAUAUGCCCUUUGCAGGCAAAAGUACAUUCAACGUUUGAAAAAAUUAUCACAAAACAAGUAUUUCCUCUGUUCAUUGCUUAAGGAAUACAAGAACAGUGUCAGACCGGAGGACACAAAAUAUUUCCCAUGUCCAUUUGUGACCAGAUCGUUUUGUUUGCUUUGUAACACAAAAAAAAACCCCUUAAUAAAAACUUAAAACUAAAAAAAAACUCCUUCCCUCCUCAGAAGUGCUGUUGUUACCAUAGCAUUAGGAUUCCCAGAACUGUCAAAGCUUUUCUGCAACAGCUUGUUCAAAUUUCGAAACAAGAACAAAGGGAGAAUACAGUGCACUCUUGAGAAAUAUAUUCCAGUAGGUGCUGUCUGCAGGUGUUUUAGAAGUCUGUACCUCUUUUAUGCGAAUGGCAAAACUAAUGAAAGGCAUGCUCCUAUGCUUUGCUGAGCUGUCAGAGGAAGUAGUGAGGAUGAGGUGGAUUGCAGCCUGCUGCGGAAACAUGUCAGGAUCGCGAGCCCAGGGUGACAGGGUGUCAAAGCUAACUGGGGACAACUUUCCUAGUCACCACUCAUUUCCCCCUGAACGAUGCUAUAGAAGUGGUAAACAGUCGUGUUGUUAAAAUACUCCCCUGCACAGAUAAAUAAGAUGCGCUGCUGCUUCCGUUUUUUACAACCUUGCAUCUCCUACACGGCCAUGCUCUUGAAUGUGCCAGAUUAGGAAAGCAGGAAAGAAAGUUCUCCAAUUUUUUAAAAAAGCCGAGUAUUACGUAGUAGGUGCCUGAUUGUGUUCACUUCUUUGUUUAAAUUACAUUAGAGGUGUCAUGAUUGCUUUGUCAAACUCUGUCUGACAACAUGAUAAUAAAUUGAUUCAUCCCUUGCAAGUUUCCUGUCAGUGGGUUACACUCAUUGUAUAUAACAUGGCUUUAAAAAAAAGAAAAACAGAACUAUUCGUUUAUAUACUGCCAUCAAUGUGCACAGCAUUUCGUAAUGAAACAUACGACAACAGCAACAAACAACCCCCACUUUGAGGAGCUCCCUAUCUAAUAAUUAACACAAGGAGUGGAAACAGAAGGAGGGGAGGAAAAUGUAAGGGAAAUUAUGCUGAAGAACUAAAUAAAAGGUUUAAAUUAGGGUGGCUCACCUGGGCCCUCUAGCGGUUGUUGGCUUGUGACUCCCAUCAGCAAACCCCUCCAGCCAGCACGACCAAUUGUCAGAGAUCAGCAAACAUUUUCAGCAGGGGGCCGGUCCACUGUCCCUCAGAUCUUGUGGGAGGCCGGACUAUAUAUUGGAGGGGGGGGGGAUGAACAAAUUUCUAUGCCCCACAAAUAACCCAGAGAUGCAUUUUAAAUAAAGGGACACAUUCUACUCAUGUAAAAACACGCUGAUUCCAGGACCGUCCACAGGCCGGAUUUAGAAGGCGAUUGGGCCGGAUCUAGCCCCCGGGACUUAGUUUGCCUAUCCAUGGUUUAAAUCAGGGGUCAGCAAACUUUUUCAGCAGGUGGCCGGUCCACUGCUCCUCAGAGCCAGUGUGGUGUAGUGGUUAAGAGCAGUAGACUCGUAAUCUGGUGAACUGGGUUCGCGUCUCCGCUCCUCCACAUGCAGCUGCUGGGUGACCUUGGGCCAGUCACACUUCUCUGAAGUCUCUCAGCCUCACUCACCUCACAGAGUGUUUAUUGUGGGGGAGGAAGGGAAAGGAGAUUGUUAGCCGCUUUGAGACUCCUUCGGGUAGUGAUAAAGCGGGAUAUCAAAUCCAAACUCUUCUUCUUCUUCUUCUUCUUCUUCUUCUUCUUCUUCUUCUUCAGAACUUGGGGGGCGGGGCGGACUAUAUUUUGAAGGGGGGGGGGAACAAAUUCCUAUGCCCCAUAAAUAAACCAGAGAUGCAUUUUAAAUAAAAGCACACAUUCUGCUCGUAUAAAAACACACUGAUUCCCCGACCAUCUGCGGGCCAGAUUUAGAAGGCGAUUGGGCCGGAUCCUGCCCCAGGUCCUUAGGUUGCCUACCCAUGGUUUAAAUGCUUGUGAAGACCCUUUAUUGGGUGGCAUCCUCUCUCUCCUCCUGCCACUCUCCAACACACUCUCUUCUUCACUCUCCAAUCCUGAAGCUUCUCCUGCUUCUAUUGUCUCUCACCCAGUUCACAGAUUCCUUCUCCCAAGCCAGUCUCCAACCCCCUUUCUCCUAGUGCCCACUCAUCAGAAUCCGGCCACAGGAUUUUUUGGGGUAACAAAAGUACAUACAGCAUCUCUGCUUUCAGUUCAUAUAGACCUUUUAACAGAUCAAUGUGAGUCACUAAUGUGAUGGCCAGUGUGAGGUUGGGGGAGAAGAGUGGUGGAAAUUGGAGGAGAGAGAAAACGGUGAGUGGUUGUAAACUUUCAUUCUCUUACAUCUGUUUGUGCAAAGUUUUUGUGUCAGCAUCGUGUGUGUGGGUAGGUUCUUUCUCCAUUCAUUUAUUAGUUUUCAUUGGCGGUGAGAGAGAUUGGGGGGGCCCCAGGGAAUGGUUGGUUGCCUUCAGUUGACUGCAGUGAUCAUUGUUUAUUCCACAUCUCUGCAGCAAUUUAAAAAUUCAAAUCAUGAAAAUUCAUCCGUAUUUUAGGGUCCUAAAAAACACCUUUUUGUAUGCAGUUUUGUAUUUUUUUGCAAGCAACUUCCUCUAAUAUAAUGCAUUUCCCCCACUAAUAUUUAUAUUUUUAUGUGCACCUUCCCCUAAUUCUUGUAAACGCUGUUUGCCUGGAAAACUACAUCACUUGCAGAUUCCAGCAGAAGAGCUGCGUUACAGAUCACAUGUUGCUUCAGAAAAUUCAGUUUGGGUCGAUUGGCCUUUAAGUGUGAACCGAACUGAAUUUCUCUGAGAUAGUGCCCUAAGACUCUGGUCGUGUCUGUUCCUCGUAGCAUCAUCUGGAUUACAGGACAACCUGGCAGCCUAAUAUUCUUUCUCUCUCUCUCUCUUUCAGAAGAUAAGGCAAACCUGACAGUGAAUGGCUCUAGUCAGCUUCCAAAUGCUGAAGUGGUCUCUUUUAUACCUGAGCCUGGAGCUACAGCAGUGCUUGUCACUUCCGCAGCGGUAGCAACAACAUCUACACCCUCGUCAUCAACUUCUUCCAAGAGCACAAAUGGGACUACUAAUGCCAUUUCUGAAUCAGAAGAGGAGAAAGCCAAAAAACUGCUUUACUGCUCAUUAUGCAAAGUGGCUGUGAACUCCCUAUCACAGCUAGAAGCACAUAACACAGGUGAGUAUCUGCCAGAAAUAACUAAAUGCAUCAUUGAGGGGGGGGGGAAGGCCUGAAAGAAGUUAAUAUAAUUGGCAUUUAGACAUAGUGGUGUAUGUAAUAAUUCUUUGCCUCUCCUUUAUUUAUUUUUUAAAGGAGAGGGUGUUUUAUGUAAAAUAUACGGUGGCAAUUACUAGAUUCCUGUCUGCAGACAACACGGGAUGCAUAAAUUCUGUUCUUUAUUAAAGCUCUGAAUCAUCUGAUUAUACAGAAAUAGGCAUCUACUGCAUGCUUAGCGCUGCCAUUUCCUGUGAAUGCGCUUGUUGCCCAGACUGAUGGUUUCGCCCAACUUCCUGGGAUCUGUAUUUCGCCCUCUUACUCCAGGAAAUGCUAUUGCAGAACAAAAAAAUCAGAAGGCAGUUUUCACGAUUUCACAUUUCAAGGAGAACCUCUGAGGGCCACCUCACAUGCAUACCCUCCAACAUUUCUCCGAUGAAAAUAGGGACGUCCUAUUCCAUUAUUCUUAUUACCAUUACCAUUACCAUUGUUUAAUUUAUAGCGCUCCCAUCUGACUGGGUUGCCCCAGCCACUCUGGGCAGCUUCCAACCUAUAUUAAAACAUAACAAAACAUCAAACAUUUAAAAACUUCCCUAUGCAGGGCUGCCUUCAGAUGUCUUCUAAAGGUUGUAGAGUUGCUUAUCUCCUUGGCUCGGGGGUUACAUAACUCCAUACCCUCCAACAUUUCCCCAAUGAAAAUAGGGACGUCCUAAGGACGUGAGUGGCGCUGUGGGUUAAACCACUGAGCCUAGGACUUCCCAAUCAGAAGGUCGGCAGUUCAAAUCCUCGUGACGGGGUGAGCUCCCGUUGCUCAGUCCCUGCUCCUGCCAACCUAGCAGUUCGAAAGCACAUCAAAGUGCAAGUAGAUAAAUAGGUACCGCUCUGGUGGGAAGGUAAACGGCCUUUCUGUGCGCUGCUCUGGUUCACCAGAAGCGGCUUAGUCAUGCUGGCCACAUGACCCAGAAGCUGUAAGCUGGCUCCCUCAGCCAAUAAAGCGAGAUGAGCGCCCAACCCCAGAGUCAGCCACGACUGGACCUAAUGGUCAGGGGUCUCUUUACCUUUAAGGAAAAGCAGAACAUUCCAGGAUCAAAUCAGAAACCGGGAUGGCUUCUGUUAAAUUUGGGACUGUUCCUGGAAAAUAGAAACACUUAGAAGGUCUGCAUAUGGUAACUGCUGAAAAGGCCUUUCCUGAUGUUCUCAGUGACCAGGGUAACACUGGUCAGCUGCUGCUUAUUCAGUGUGUCUCUCCAUUCCUGUGUAGGACCUACACGCCUUUUGUCCUGGUGCAAGGACUAUCCAGUGCUGGCACAGGAAGGGCUCUGUAAGAGACAUUUUAAAAAUAAAUAAUUAAGCCUUCAGAAAUUCUCCCCAUCUGAAUUUGUCCAAGGGUUUUGGAGUUUCAAAUUAGCCCUGUCUCCAAAGCCAAACCAAUGUAAUGGAAACCCUCCAUCACUCAUUUUUAUUAUUUCUUUAUUUUAUACAUGGCACCGUGCAUGUUCAGUUUGCCUCAGCUUUUAGUUCCUUUGUGUCUUUUGAGAGCCAGUGUGGUGCAGUGCUCGAGAGGGUCUUACUUUGGAUUGUGGAGACUCCGAUUCAAAUCUUCACCCAACCAUGGAGAUGGCUGAACGAUGUUGAGUCAGUCACUAUCUCUUUGCCUUGCCUAACUGGCAAGUUUGGUGUGAGGACAGAGGGGCCUUGGUGGAAAGGCAGUAUAUAAAUCUAAUAAAUAAAAUAAUUUCCCCCCUCUCCAAAUUUACCGUGUGCCUUUGCAUCACUGGUAGACACAAUUGCACCAAGACUCCUUUCUUGAAGUGAAGGCCCAAGACAGGUGUUGAUCAUCAUGUGAGCUGCGCACAGGUGGUCUGAAGCGAGCUGCUGCCAUUCCUGUGGAGCCUCCUUUUAUUGUGACAAAUAUGCAAGCUAGGCAGGUACAUUUUUGGGCUGUGACCUUUACACAUCUUCCGUCCUGAAAUCAUGGGGUGGUACAAAGCUAUUUUGGCACCUGUUCCACAGCGUCAUUUUCCCCUUGCACAGUGUAUGACGAAUGGAGACAAAAGGUCUCAGGGAAAAACUUAUAGACAGGACACCGCUAACUUCUGAGACCGCAAAAGGUCCGACAUAGGUGGAACGAUGUACCAGACAGCUGUGGCUUGUCUGGGGGGGGGGGUUUCCCUGCACCCCAAGGUCACGCGUGCAGGCAGACUGUGGCUGCCUGCUGGCGGGGAAGUGUGCUCCCUCCGGACCCCACUCCCCACUCCACGAUAUCCCUACACUUUCUGUGGAGUAUUUUCCCUAUGUGAAUAUUUUGAUUAUUUGUAUUGAUAAAAUAUGGCCAAAAAAGCCCACCAUCCGAUCGUGAUGUGAUUGUAAAGUGUUUGUAUUUUCUCCAAGGGACAUGAGAACAUGUAUGAAUAAGUAAAGCACUUCAUAAAUAAUAUUGAUGUAAGCAUACGUCUUAAAUCUGCUUCCCCUCCCCAGUAUUUUAACUAGGUGUAAGUAUGUUAUUGUGGCAGAAGCCUUUGUGAGCUAAUAUCACUCAUGCAUAAGAAAAAGUAAUGCAUGAGUGGUAUUAAGUAGAUGAAAUGAACCAGGUAACUGAAAGAAUAUAGAUUUUAAAAACCUACUAUUGCUUCUGUGGGAGAAUUUAAUUAUGCCUGUGAAUCUCAUACCUCAAAGUGUUUAUGUGCCUUUGAUUUUUUCUUUCUUUAAAAAAAGACCAAUAACAAGAAGCCAUAUUUUCCUUCUGUUUCCCUCAUGAUGGUAACAAACUGCAGAACAAAAGUCCUGUGUGCCUUUUUUCAUGCAGUCCUUACUUAUUUUCUGGUGAAUAGAAGCUGCUUGCAUAACUUGAAAGUUGUUGGAACCCUAGAAACACGAUUGGUGUUUCCCAGACACAGAAUUGCUGGUUGAGAGUAAAGUGGACUGCAACAGGAGAAUUAAUGGCCAGGGAGUGGGUGGGUGGUUUUUUCCUUGUGCACCAGUUCUCUGCCACAUCUCCCCAGAGAAACUUCCUUCCUCCAUAAAGCUUAUUUCCAGUCAUUGAGCCAAAUGUGGGGUGAAUGGGGGAAAAUGGAGAUAGCUCAGUUGGUAGAGCAUGAGACUAUUAAUCUCAGGGUCGUGGGUUUCAGCCCCACAUUGGGCAAAAGAUUCCUGCAUUGCAGUGGGUUGGACUUAGAUGACCCCGUGUCCCUUCCAACCAUUCUAUGAAUCUAUAAAAUGGAAGGUCACGGGAGAAUCAAAUGAUGGGAGGAAAUGGUCCAGCACCUACACAUCUGCCUACUGAUUCCCCUUUGCCCCCUACAUUAAGCACUUUGAGUCAAACUCAGGAGGACUGGGUUUUCCAACCCUCAUGUAGUUCUGUCCUUCGUUUCUGGUUUUCUCAUGAAAUUCCAUUGUUAGGUGAACAAGCUGAAAAGCUUUCACUUCAGCAAAACAGAUAGGUGAUCUGUUUUGCUGAAUUGAAAGCUUUUCAGCUUUCUUGUGCUUUCAUUUGUAGUACUGGGUGAACAUUAUUUUCCAGCACUUCUCCUUUGUGCUGAAAUGAAAAACUAUUUUUUAAGAUGGCAAAAAUGACUUACAGAUCAAAAGGAAGUAAUUGUGAGGAAAACUCUAUUUCCUGGGGGAAAAUAUUUUCCUCCUCCUAUGCCAAGGAUUCUAAAGUGGUGGAUUCUGGAAGACUCUUUUAGAAGGUCACAAAGAUCUAUAUAGUUGGAACUAUGGAUUAUGUGGCAAAAGAGGAUUUAUCUUAAUCAGUGUCUGUAAUGAUAGGUGGUUCCUGAACAAUCUCACAGUUCUGCAAAGGGUUUCUCAUUGAGAAGCAUUUGAAAACUUAACUUCACAGAACAGGGAUGGGAAACACGAGUCUUCUAGAUGGACUUCCAUCAUCCCUUACCAUUGGCCAUUUUGACCUGGGCUGAUAAGAGCCCAGCAUCAUCACAAGUUCCCUACACAUGGCGAACAAAAAGGCUUAGUAUAAUGUUUGGAAGGUUGCAAUGGCCAAGAAUAUAACUGGUAAACCUUGUGCCAGGAAGGCAAAGAAGCAGUCGAACUUCUCUAUUCUACCUGGUGGAUCUUGAUUUCUUACAUUUCAGAAAACAACCUACACGAUUCCUUACACAAGCCAAGGAGAGAGAUAUGGACUUCUUGAUUAAAAGAAUGGAUUAAAUACAUAAAUGCAGUUAUACUUACCUGUAUAUAAUGUAGUCAUCUCCAUACUGGCUUUCCAUGUUGACGUGUUAAGUUUUCGUUGUUUUAUUCUCUCCUGGGUUGGGUGGGUGGGGUGUUGUUUUGUUACUGCUUGUAAGAAAAUAUUGUUCACUUGCAAAAACCCAAGGAAAAAAGCCUUUGGGCAGGUAACAAAAAAAGCAAAGCCCUUCCUUCAUAUUUACCCUAUGUGUAAAUAUGGAAAGUGAUGGAAAUGGUAUUACGGCUGAAAAUGUUUAAUUGGUCAUUUAAGGGAGAAACAAUCUCUGAUGCUUUUGCAAUGUGGCUCAUCAGGUUCCAAGCACAAGACAAUGGUUGAGGCUCGGAAUGGUGCCGGUCCAAUUAAGUCUUACCCUAGACCAGGAUCCAGGCUGAAGGCUCAGAAUGUCACUAUGGGCUCAGGACUGCAGAACAAAACAUUUCAUUGUGAGAUCUGUGACGUCCAUGUCAACUCAGAAAUCCAACUUAAGCAGGUAUGGCGACAUCAUCAGGAAUCACUGGGUUUGCAUAGCGCAUGCCACAUUCAUAGAUCACGAGAGUCCUUUGUUUCGUAUCACACGCUUGUCGGAUUAAGUGGCUAAUUUUAAUUUGGCAGACCAAAUUCCACUUUCCAGAUGUUAGCAAAGGAAUCCAGCUGCCUUGUGCAAAAAUAGGGUACCAGAUCCUGAAUCUCAGGUUUAGCUUUUAAAUUGGCAGAUAUGUAAACCUCAUAGGUGCUCAAGAACAAGUCUGAAAAUAUUUAGGCAGGAUUUGCCAAUGGCUGAGAGCCACUUCCUCUGCUGAUGAGAACAGCGUGUGUACAGGCUAGGAUGAUUCCAGUCAGCCACUGUGUGCCGGCAUGGUACUGGCUGCAGCACUUGCAGCCUCCCAGUGCUUAAAUAUAUAGGGAUGAGAAUUCCCUUCUUUCCUGGAUCAUUACCAUCCAUCUGCUGCUGGCAAUUUCACAUGGUAAGACUAGUGCUGUCGUCCAGCACCUUCUCCUCUUGCUCUCUUGAUGCACAAUCUAUCGCUUUGAUUUUAUUGUCUCCUAAUGAAAAUCUGAGUAUACACAGAUUUUAAGUAAUAAGUUUGGGAGUUUUUUUAAAUGUACCUGAUUUGUACAAUCAUAAUAUCUAAAUGUUCCGGUUGCAUGGUUUUACAGGGGUUUUACUACUGAAAUCUAAAUCUUCUGCUGGAGCUCUAUGCAGUUUAUUUUCUUGGAGUAAGUUCACAGAUUUGCACAAUAACUGCAGCAGGUGAUAUACAGUGUUAGUCAAACCCAACUGAAAUCAUUGGACUCGUGUAACUGAAGUCCCCUGAUUCCUUUGAGUUUGCUCCAAUUAUGGCUAACAUUAGAUAUCAUCCAGUUUUAGGCAAUGACUUUUAAACUGAACAUUUUUUGUUUUGUUUUACAUUUCCAGCACAUUUCCAGCAGAAGACACAAGGACAGAGUUGCAGGGAAGCCUACAAAACCGAAAUAUAGCCCUUAUAACAAACUACAACGUAGUCCAAGUAUUCUAGCAGUAAGUGUUGCCUGAUCGUAGCAUUAUAUUUUUCCAUAACUGGGGGAUUCCAAGUGCAUUCAAGUUUAGGUGUAUGUCAAAUGUGAAUCUGCCAGUCCACACACAAAGGAAGUUAGCUGCUGCUGGAGGGGAGGAAUAAACCAUCUGAAAUGGAACGAGUAGUGUGUCUUAUUUUUCUUUUUAGAAAUGCACUCCAUCUCUUUUAAAGGCCAAAGCAGUGCACGUUAGGGGAAUACAUUUCUGCCUUUAAGCAAGCCUUUUUGCAAUGUCCCGUUCUUCUCAUGGUUCCAACUGAAGGCAACAGCAGGCAAUACUUAAAUUGAACCCUAGAGGGCAGAACAGACUCCACUGCAUUUCUCUUGAUUGUUUCUCACCUUCCUCUUGCCCAUUCCAACGGCAGCUAUUAAAAAUACUGUGGUGCUACGGAAUAGUUCCAAGUCCUCAAAAAAACAGAGCUUAUCUUGCAAUGUAGAAAUCCUUCCCCACAUAAUUUCUCUUUCGUGGGCACUCAUGUGCAGGAUACAGUGUUGGAAGAUUCUGUGACCAUCUCUGUGUUAGGGAAGAUAUCUAGAAGAGGCUCUCAAGGGCUGCUAGCCAUGAUGGCUAUGCUCUGCCUUAAGGGUCGGAUGCAGUGAUGCUUCUAGAUACCAGUUGCUGGAAAGCACAGGAAGGGAGAGUUUGCUUGGGUCUUGCGUGGCCAGAAGGCUGGAGCAGCUGGGCCACUUCCCUGAUCCGGCAGACUCUUCUUAUGUCCUUACGAUGGGUGUGAGCCUCCUACAGAAAGAGGCUCCCCGCUGAAGUCGGCGACCAUUAUUUUUAACGAACCUGGAGUGCAUCCACGGUGCGCUGCAAGCCAAGGAUGCCUAAGGAACGUAUAUUCUCAGUUUUAAAGUGCAGCACGUUCCAAAUGACCUUUAGAAGCAAGCAAGCAAGCAAACAAACAAACACUAAUAUCCUUGCAUAAUUAUAAAGAAUAAAAUUAAAAUGCUUCAGGCUAUAUCCACUUAUUAGUUUCACGGUAGGGGAGCUGAAGCAGGUGCGUGCUGGAGCACAAGACCCAGUUAAGUGUUUAAUUUGUAUCUGUAAGCAGGCAGUGAGCUCUCAGGACCAACUUCAUACAUUGCUGCUUGUACAAUGUUUUCAGGACUUUUGACCAUCACUGUUGUCUCUGAAAGUAUAGGGUCCAUGAAGCUGACUACCUCAAGAGGUGCUAUCAGGCGACUCUGCAUACACGUCUUUCUCAGUUAAUAAAGUGCAUUAACCACUUGUGCAUGCUAAUUUUAGCUGUAUCAGGGACUGUCGGGGGGAAAUCACCUGCUGACUCCUAUCCACAAAUAGAAGCGAAAACGAAGAAAAUAAACCAGUAAUGGUAGGCUGUCAGUGCCCUUUAGAAAAAUAAUCACAUUAACCUUGGCAAGAAACAUUUUAGUGGGUCAAUUCUGCUAAUCCAUAUAAUGCGCAGCGAUAUUGACAUUCGGUAGAAGGUUAACCUUAAUGCAAAUAGCUAAUUGCAGUCUGCUUUACAGUGUUAUGGUAUCACUUGGAUGUUUUUAACCUCCUGGGCAGAAAAUUUAAAAAAGGAGGAGGUGGAAUUUUAAGGACUUACUCGUUUGCUUAGGUAUUUAUACCCCACUUUUCCAGGCAAAAUCCUCCAGAAAACAGCUUACAACAUGAUCAGUGCAGCACAAUGUGUGUGUAUAUAUAUAUAUAUAUAUAUAUAUAUAUAUAUAUAUAUAUAUAUAGAACCUGCUAAAAAUAACAUUAACAUAUGCAAACCCAAUAAAGAUAAAACACUGAACAAAUAGUAAUGUUUAAAGCAUGUAUAAGCAUUAGCAAUUGAAACAGAAAAAAGUCAGUAAAGUAACUGAAGAAAAGGAAGGGCCAAAUGUACAUCCCAUAGGAGGGAGUUCAGCACUGAUGGGGUCACUAUGGAAAAGGCCCUGCUGUCUCUCGUACUUACUAAUGUAGCUGAGCUUGUAAGGAGGGCAAGGGAACCCCUUGGUUGUCACAAGCUGCUGAACUGGAACUUACAAACCAUCUUCAAAGGGUGCUCCACAUUUGGUGCAUUGCACUUGUCUAGUCUGCAUGUAAGCAGGUAACAAGUAACCAUGGCAAGGUCUGCUUUUCUUUCCUAGGUAGGGGCAGAACAGGUAAACUAGCCCAAGCUGAUAAAAGGCCCUCAUUGCUGCUGGUCUUCGCUGUGGAGGUUGGGGGCAUUUAUUUGUUUUGCCCCCCCCCCCCAUUUUAUAUUGUGAACUGCCCUAAAAUCUUCGCAUAAAGGGCGAUUUAAAAAUUUAAUAAUAAAUAAUAAUAAUAAUAAUAAUUAGUGCUUUUUUCAGCUGGAGCACGCCAGAGCACAGUUCGGGCACCUCUCCCCUCCUGCUUCUUGCGUUUACAUACCUCUGAGAAGCCAGACACAAACAUUUCAUGUCAAAACAGAAGCUGGCCUGCAUAUUUGAGUCUAUACUUCUUCUUUUUUUAGAUCUAUGACUCCACUUAGCUCCUAGCCGCUCCUAGCUAUAAUUGGUCAAGCUAUAGGGCGGGGCCAAUUUGUAUUUCCUUUUCAUCAAUCUGACUCCUGUGUAGUGGCAGCGGGCUUUAAGCUUUCCAGCCAGGCCUCUGCCGUUGCAUGUGUGUGCAUUUGUGCAAGGGCCCUUCCUAGCUGCCCUAGCCAACUGCCUGAGUCUAAGAGAACGAGGGAGGUGAGGGAGUAUUUAUUAGACCUGCACCAGAACCAGGGGCGACCCCCAAACCAGCUAGGGAGACUGCUUGCCAUAGUUUUCAUCACGUCCGCAGGUGGUGAACGUGGCUGUUGUCAAACCUGUUCAGGGCUGCCUCGAGUCUCCCAGAGAUUGACUGUAACAACUUCUUGUUGAGUUCUGCACUUACUGUUCUUGAAAAAACAGCACUGGUUGUUGUUGUUGUUGUUGUUGUUGUUGUUGUUGUUGUGUGGAUUCCCCCCUCCUUUUUGGUGGGUCUCAUAAAUGGGUGAAAUUACCAUUUAAUGUUUUUCGCCCCUUCUUCCUGUAGGCAAAACUUGCAUUCCAGAAAGAUAUGAUUAAGCCAUUGGCCCCUGCGUUCCUUUCGUCUCCUCUUGCUGCUGCCGCUGCCGCUGCAGUAUCUACUGCUUUGACUCUUCCUCCACGUCCUUCAGCGGCUUUGUUCCAGACACCUGCAAUACCCACGGCUCUCCUAAGGGCAGGGCACGGCCCCAUCCGAGCUACUCCCACAUCUAUCCUGUUUGCACCCUACUGAUGGUUGAAUCAACAGCAUCUCAUUGCUACGGCCAUUUGGAAGAGAGACAGGAGGAAGCAAAUAAAGAUUCCGUAUUUUUCCAGUGACUGCGUUUUUAAGGCACUAACGCUUGAAAGCGGGUUGUGGGACUCUGCAUCGACGGGUAUUGCAAUCUAGACAACAGAGGCUUGUUGUUGUUUCGGAGUUGGUUUGGUUUGAUUGUUUCAACGAACACAACUUGGAUCGAUGGUUUACGAAACGUUUAAUUGUGCACAAAAUAUAGCGAGGGUUCAUCUGCUUUUUAACUUAGACACACGACAUGCAUUAAAAAACAAAGAACAUGGGAUAUUUUCCUGUCUGACUUGAAAACUAGGAUCUUCCUCACUGCAGCAAAAACUAGGUGAAACAAAUGCUUGAAUUGCUGACGACAGCUCGAGAACAGAUUGCAACUUAUUUCCUAUGUGCUUCUGUUGCUAGGGAUUGUGUGUUGUUUUUGGGCUCCGUGCUAGUGUAUUUUGUGUAGUACCCAGGUUUUACCUCUCCUUCGAUUUUAAAGCAUUUUAGUUGCCGUGUAAAUGUUUGGAAGCAGAGCAGCCCUGGAGCUUUUUCUUUUAAAGAAUUUAAUGUAUGUCUUUAAUUUAACAUUUUAUUUAGAGAGAUCCAGAAUAAGAAAGCCAUAUAUGAGAUCGUUAAGAUUGUGACUCAUUUACUAUUUUCAUUUAACUUAUUUUGCUUUGGUUCCCACACCCCUCCCACUGGUGUUGCUAAACAACCGUUUCAAAAGAGAGUUUCCUAAUUUAUAUGUUUACCACAUUUUGCGCUUGUUGAGGCAGCGGACCAGUGUAUUUAUUCAUAAAUAUAUUUGCCAUUUCUAAACUUCUUUCCUAUAUGAUGACGCUACAUAGAGUUGUGGCUCCCAAUGCAAUAAUGUACAGAAAAUAAGAUAUUUAUAAAAUUAAGUGUCUCUUCUCUUAAUAUAUUGCUGUUCUGGCCCUUUUCUUCCCUUGGGUUCCCCCACUUCAUUUUAUAAAGGUGAUCCGGAUACCGAAGACACACCAGGUGUCGUUUGGGACAACAAGGAUAAUCUCCAAAAACAUCUUUACCUGCAGUCUGUAAAGAGUAAAAUAUAUGUGUAUUUUUUAAAGAAGGCACGUUUUUAAUAAAACAACAUGGAAAAAUAGCAAACUGUUUAUUAAUGAGCAAAAGAAUUCGCGUGGAACCUUUAAAUGAGACCUCUGUUUGAAAACAGCAUCAUUACGGCACAGCACACUAGGAAGUUACCAAACGGCGGCG